GAAACAACUACCACCACCACCACUCGUGUAGUUUAUAGCUCCACGGCCAUGAGCCGGGGGCGCAUUGGGCAAGAGGAGGCGCCAAAGUUUACUCAACCGCUCAAAAGCGUCUCUGUCAAGGAGGGCCAGGCUGCUACUCUACAGGCGGAGCUUAAGGGUCAACCUGAGCCCACCGUCAAAUGGUUCAAAGAUGACAAGGAAUUGAAGAGUUCGCCAAAGUACAACAUCUCUUUUGCGAAGGGCAAGUGUAUGCUGAAGGUCAGCAAGGCCUCCGCAAAGGACGAUGGACAGUACAAGUGCACUGCAGAAAAUAAGUGCGGAAAUGCAAUGUGUUCCGCCACAUUGCAGAUCCAAGGUGAUUCUAAGCCACCAGAAAUUAUCCAGGGUCUCCAAGGUCAAGAAAAGACCGAAGGUGAUUCCGUUCGGUUUGAGGUCAAGAUCACCGGCACCCCCAAACCGGACGUGAAAUGGUUCCAGAACGGUGACAAACUGGAGAACUCCAUCGAUAUCCAGAUCUCGGACGAGGGUGACAGGUACAUCCUUGUGAUUCCGGAGGUUUUUGACGAGGACGCUGGCGAGUACACCGUCCGAGCCGAGAACGCGGCCGGAAUCUCCACGUCACAGACCAUUUUGAAGAUCAGGAGUAAGUCUGGAACUGCUCCUACUGAAGAGGUUAAGCCGCAACCACCACCACAAGAACAACAAUUGCAGCAACAACCUCAGCAGAAGGAGGAGUCAGCACCACCACAAGAAGAGAAGAAAGCAGACCAAGCCCAACAACCACCACCACAGCCACAACCAGAGGUGAAACCACCAGCACCUCAAGCAGAGGUUAAGAAACCUGAGGCAGAGGUUAAGAUCCCACCACCUCAACCUCAACCUCAGGUUCAGCAACAACCCAAACAACAGGUGCAACAAGAACCAGCACAACCAAAACCACAAGUGCAACAAAAGCAACCACCACCAGCAGCACAUAAAGCAGAACCACCAAAGCAACAGCCACCACCAGCAACACAAAAAGUGGAACAACCAAAACCACCAGCAGCACAAGUCCAGCAGACGAUCGAAAUCAAGAUGGCAGCUCCAACGGAAGCAGCAGCGCCCAAACCAUCGGCACCACCACCACCUGCUGUUACCUCAGGACCUGUCUUCACCAAGACUCUCUCAGAUGUCACUGUCAAAGAGGGUAAACCCGUCAAACUGGAGUGUGCUGUGAAGGGCCAACCUCAACCAGACGUCAAGUGGUACAGAGAGGGCGCCCUUCUGACCCCUUCCCCGGACUUUGAGGUCAAAUACCAGAAUGGCGUGAGCACGCUCACAAUCCUGGAAAUCUUCUACGACGAUGCCGGACAGUACGCAUGUGCUGCAACAAACAGCAAGGGUACCAAAUCUACCUCCUGUAAUGUCAGAGUUUUACCCGGAACCCCACCUCCAUCUGCUCAACAAGCUCAACAACCACCAGCACAGGUUAAUGCAGUCAAUGACACCGCACCUGCAGAGAAAGUCCCCAUUGGACCACCAGAGUUCUCCAAACCCCUCCUUCCUGCUCGCUACUCUGAGGGAGGGAGAUGUCGCUUUGCCUGCACUGUCAAGGGCAACCCAGCCCCAAAGAUCACCUGGUUGAGACAGGGGCAACCAGUCGAUUCUGGCUACAGGUUUGUGAUAAAAUAUGAUGAAAAGACAGGAUCAGCCACUCUUGACAUUACCAUGAUGUUACCUGAAGACAAAGGAGAGUACACCUGUAUAGCCAAGAGCAAAGCUGGUCAGGUCUACCUCACUGCUCCUCUUCUUCUCCCAGCUCAAUAUGACCACUGGGCCCAGGAGUAUGAGGAACAGAAGGCCAUUGAGAAAGCUAAGAAGAAGAAGGAUGUGGUGAACAAAGAACUUGAGACGAAGGUCCAUGAGAAAGGUGGCAAGAUCACACCAAGCCAAGCUACCUACCAAGAUGCUGAUCAGGAUGCUCCUCAGAGAAGACCAAGCCUCUCGCCGUUUCAACAGCGUCUUCAGCAGGAGGUUGAGUAUCGAGAACGCAUCGGUCGUACCAGCAUCUACCAUGCCCCCAUGGAGUGGAAGACAAGCAAGUUGUCACCUUUUGAGAGACGUCUAUUGAGAGAAGUGGAGAUCCGCGAAAUGGAGUCGGGCCCGCGUGGCGGACCAUUUUCCGACCAGGACUCCAAGGCAUCUUCCUUCGAAUCUCGUCUGGAGAAAGAAAUAAAGUUCAGGGAGAGGAAGUCAUCCCAAGACUACGAUGCUACAGAUGCGGUGUGUAGAGGAUUCGAGCUGCAUAAAGGGGGUCCCUUUGAUGUGGCCGCGUUUGAAGCCAGCCUACUGAACCAGAAACAGCCCCAAGAGAGCGAAUCAAUGGAAGCCGAGACGGAGACUGAGCUUGAGUCCGAACUUGAGACCUCCGAAGCCAGUCAACAGAGGGCUCCCCGCUUCCUCAAGGAGCUCAAGAACUUCCGAGUCUCUGAGGGAGGCAAGAUUGCUCUUAGCUGUCGUGUAGAAGGCAGACCAAAACCAUCUAUCCAGUGGUUCAAGGAUGGCUAUCCUGUUCCAAAGUCAAUCCGCUACGACGUCUCCUACAUGGAAGGCUUCUCCCAAUUCCGUAUCGACCCUAUCCUUCCUGAAGACAAGGGUGCUUACACUGUCUUCGCCUGGAACCAGUUUGGCAAGGCAGUCAACACCGGUCGCAUCAAGGUCGAUAGGCAUUUAUCGGAUGAGGUCAGCCAUAUGAAAGGUGCUCUUGGUGCUCGUGUCAGCAUGGAGACUGAAGAGUACCACCUUCCUGAUCGUGAAAGGCAACCCGGUGAGGUCCGAGAGAAGCACUACAAACCUACAUUCAAGGUCAUUCCCAGUGACCUGGAAGUGAAAGAAGGCAAACUAGCCAGGUUCAACUGCAGGGUCAGAGGUCGACCACCUCCAGAUCUUGUCUGGUACAGGAAUGAGAUGCCUGUCUACCCAGAUGCCAACCAUAGGGUAAUUGUUAACGAGGGUGGUGAGCAUGCCCUAAUGAUCAGCCACGCCCGCCCUCAGGAUAGCGGUAUGUACACCUGUAUUGCCAGCAACAGGGCUGGAGAGGCCAAAUUCCAUGUCAAACUCAAUGUAGAUCCCAAGAGGCAAUUAGUGGCACCCUCCUUCAUUGAUCGUAUUGAAAAUGCAACGGUGCGAGAAAAUGAAGCAGUGACCUUGACCUGUAAGGUCACCGGUUGCCCCACCCCUCAUGUCUCAUGGCAACGGGAUCAGAAGCACAUCAUGCCCAAUGUCGGCGGGUACAGAAUGCAAAUGAGUGAGGAUGGAGUGUGCCAGCUGUUUAUUGAGAGAGUCACUCGUCAUGACAGCGCCUGGUACACCUGCACAGCACACAACUCGGCUGGACGCGUCUCGUGUAGAAGUAGAGUCCAAGUGAUAUAUGACAAAUUUAUUAAGGAUAAUGAGCCAGCUCCCAUCUUUCAAAGGCGCCCAACACAGAGCAAAAAACCUCCCCCAGCCCCAGAACAGGAAGAAAUCCCAAGCUAUGUAACACAGUACGAUGGCACACCAGAAACUGACAAGAAAUCAAGCAUCAAGCCGGAGUUUGUCGUCCCACUCAAUGACAACAUGAAGAAGAAGGAGGGUUCCAGUGCACACUUUGCCUGCCGCCUCCAGCCUGCCGGAGAUCCUACCAUGAGGAUAGAGUGGUUCAAGAACAAUACCCCACUCUUCAUCGGAUCAAGAGUGCAAACCAAAUACGAGUUUGGAAUCUGCAGCUUAGACAUCAAAGGAGUCUACCCUGAGGAUGCUGGUACAAUAACGUGCAGAGCAACCAACAAGUAUGGUCAGACUGAGACAACCGGAAAGCUGACUUGCGAGGCUGAGCAGUCACUUAUUCUGGACACUCAACUACCUGAAGAAAUGAGAGGGAUUGAGAAAACUAUCAAGUUUGAUGAAUACCUCUCAGCGGGAGACUUUCCAGAUGAUAGUAAAUUCCCAUCAGAAGAGUUCUGUCGCCCAGAAUUAGUGACGGUUCCGGAGCCAGUGAGCAUUCUGGAAGGCGAGAAUGCACGUUUCUCAUGCCGUAUCUCAGGAGUACCAGCACCAAGAGUAUCAUGGUUUAGAGAGGAUCUGCAGAUCAUAGGGCAAGGGGCUCGUAUGAGAUCUUGGUUUGACGGCAUACACUACAUGGAGAUCACCAAAGCCCGUGUUGGCGACUCCGGAGUCGUCCGAUUAGUCGCUCGCAACAAAUUGGGUAUGGUGGAGUUCAAGACAAAACUAGAAGUCAAACCGAAGGAUGUCCCACCCCCAUUACUGAAACCAACACCGAAAGAAGAGAAAGUUCCACAGCCCAAGCCGAAGAUUCCUGGAUUGCAGAAGACUCAAGCUGCAAAGCUACAUGAGAAACCUAAUGAAUUAGAGGAAGUAUUCAGGCGACGUUCCCAGCAUGCAGCCCCAUUCCUCCUUUCCAGAAAUCAAGUAGGCACCCCAAGGAGGGUCAGUGCUGGCCCUGCACUUGCAGUGAAGCUUAAACCUGUCCCAAAGUCAUCUUCUUUUGAUAUGGCAAAAGAGACUAAUACAAACAGACUGCCCUUCAGGGACAGUCUUAGAAGCACUCCAUCUAAGAAAACUGACAUGAACUUGGAUGAUAGUGCCAAGAGAUAUCCCUCUUUUGCAGAAAGAACACUUGCCAACGAUGAAGAUAUUACACCUGUAGUUGUUGAGAGAAAGGGAUUGGAUGGCAUAAAACUUCCAGAAGAUGAACAAGUAGAAGCUGAAGUUCUUUCGCCUGAAAGAAGUGCCCCUAUGAAUCUUGAUAUGCUCACAGACGCCGACAACAAGGUUCCUGUUGAUGAAAGUGUCACAUCAGAAUCUGUCCACAGUGAGGAGAGCAGUGUUACUUAUCUCUACCAGAAGCUCGGUGGGCGAGAGAGUAAGCUUUCUGUUGAGGAAAAUAUCACUGCAGAAGUUCUCUCAGAUGGUGAUUACGAAGAACUGUCCUUCCCAGACAGCCUGGAACUCAUGCCUUCAGAUGGUACCACUGAUGACUACACCAUGCCCACGUCAAGCAUUUCAGAUAUCACGCAGGCUCAGGAAGAACCACAGAAAUCCUCAAGGAGCGCUAUGUACUUUCAACCAGUUUACAGACAAACAAAGAAUGGAGGAAUAUAUAGUGACUCUGAGACAUCAACACCGGUGUCCUCAGAGGACUACCUUCCAGCUCUUGAGAUUGAAGCACUUGAAGAGGAAAUCCAACCAAGACAACAGAAUCAGCCAGAUCUUUACAGCCAACAUGAUGGGGAUUAUCUGAUCCCCAUUUCACGUGAGGAGGUCAUACCAUUCAGAGAGCAGGCUGUAUUUUCACGUCCGAAACAAAGAGAUAUCUUUGAAAAUGACAGUGACAUCAAAACUGCUUCAUCUUCCGAUGAUGAAGAUGGUUCAGAAGGAGACGGAAGAAGUACACCAGUCAAUUCAGAUCUUUCUACUAACUUAAAAGGGAUUCCUCCUCAAGAGGCUGAUGACUCUCAAACCAGUGACCGCUUUGCAUCUUCAUUUUCAGUGCCCAUCACUCUGGAUGAUGGAACUGACAAAGUAGGGAGUAGUAAACCAUACAUCGUUCAACUCAUGCUAGAGAAACCGCCAAUUGAAAUUGAUACAUUUGAUAGAGCAUUACCGGUAUCAGGCAGGUCUUGCAAAUCAGAAGACUCAGACACAUUCAAAGACCUCUCCAGUCAUACUUCAUCUUCAUCUUCCUCAGAUUCAGAAGAUAAUGUACAGCCCAUCCAUAAAGACUAUGCACCUGGCAGAAAAAAGAAUGAGCAACCAUUUGCUGUGGAAGAUAUGCUUGAGAAGUCACCAAUCAAGGAUGAUAAAGUUGACAAAGUACUUCCUUUUGGAAGUAGCUCCCUUGCACAAGGGCAACACGGUGGAGAUGAACCUUCAUGUUCUUCCUCAUCCUCUUCUAGGUCUUCAUCAGAUUCUGAAGAACUAGAGGAUCUAACUACCAAAGUUCCGAAUUGGAACAAGAGUGAGCCAUUUAUCGUUGAAGUGAUGCUGGAGAAACCUCCAAUUCAGGAUGAUCAAUUUGACAGGGCUUUACCAGUACAACCCGGAACCUUGACACAAAUACAACAUAAACAAAGGAAAUCUUCUAACUCAUCAUCUAGUUUUUCAUCAGAUUCUGAAGAAUCAUAUAAAGAACCCGUUACUAAAGGAGCAGAGGGAGAUAAGUUUGAGCCAUACAUUGCAGAAGUCAUGCUUGAGAAACCUCCCAUUCAAGAUGAUAAAUUUGACAGGGCUUUACCAGUACAACCCGGAACCUUGACACAAAUACAGCAUAAACAAAGGAAAUCUUCUAACUCAUCAUCUAGUUUUUCAUCAGAUUCUGAAGAAUCAUAUAAAGAACCCGUUACUAAAGGAGCAGAGGGAGAUAAGGUUGAGCCAUACAUUGCAGAAGUCAUGCUUGAGAAACCUCCCAUUCAAGAUGAUAAAUUUGACAGGGCUUUACCAGUACAACCCGGAACCUUGACACAAAUACAACAACAUGAAAAAAGGAAAUCUUCUAACUCAUCAUCUAGUUUUUCAUCAGAAUCUGAAGAAUCAAAUGAAGAACCUGUUACUAAAGGAGCAGAGGGAAAUAAGGUUGAGCCAUACAUUGCAGAAGUCAUGCUUGAGAAACCUCCCAUUCAAGAUGAUAAAUUUGACAGGUCAUUGCCAAUAUCAAGAGACCCCUUUCAUCGGAAUCCAUCUGACAAACGCUCUUCUCCCACUUCAUCAUCAUCAUCAUCUCAUUCCUCAUCAUCUGAUUCAGGAGAAUCAGAGCCAGAAUCUGAUCGACAUUCGUACUCUUCAGCCAUUGUGUUUCAAAGUCGGCAAUCAAAAGAAGAACCGUCAUACGUGAGAGAAGACAAUUCAUCAGCUGAUCAUCUGUCAUCAUCAAGGAGUUCUUCAUCUCCUCACUCGUCUGAUGGAGAUGUUACAAAAGUUUCACCAUUAAGGAGAGACAACCAACACUAUACCCCACUGGAUAUUAGUAUAAACACACAGCUCUCAGCUGGAAAUCAGAAAGAAAGGACUCCCUCAAGUUCAUCAUCGGAAUAUGAGCAUGAGGCUCUAGACACCAAAUUAAUGUCCAGGAAGUUGAAAUCAAAUCUCCAAGGUACCAAGGAGGAACGGAAAUUACAGAGGACAUCUUCAUCUUCAUCAUCUCUUUCAUCCUCCUCAUCAACUAGUAGUGAUGAGGAAACACAGGUAUCCAAGGCGAGGAUGAUGCUGCAUCAGGAUCAAGACAAUCAGGAAAAAAUACCACAAAGAACAGUUGCAAGUCCUUCAGAGGAUCCCAGUUUUGAAGUUGUUCUAAAAAUUGCACCAAGAGAAGGUAUUGAAGAAGAAGUCAAGGAAGAAAGUAUUCUGCCAGUCGAAACAUUGCCUCAGCCACAGCUAGAUCAUUCUGUUGAGGAUGAUGAUGCAGUUGGUUUUGAUAUCACCGUAGACUUCAAACCCAAUGAAGAAGAACAGAAACCUCAGUGGAAAAGCUUCUUUGAUGAUGAUGAAGAAGAGACUUUUCCAAGACUUGUCGGGUCACCCUUUGGAAAGAAUUCAGUUAUUUUUGCCAAGGCACGGUCCUCACAAUAUGAUCCCAUAAAGCCAGCGAUUGAAACUGAAACCAUGGCUCAAAGGAAAGAACUGACUGAGAGUUCAACUGAGGAUGGUGGAGAAGAGGAGGUAGAGGGAGUAAACGAGAAUAGGGUGUUAGCGAAAAGGAUAUCCAUGACGCAGAUGAGGGCUUUGAAUCCAACCGGGUCUCCAAUCAUCAAGCAGCGUCUCCAAGACAUCAAGUGUAAGCAAGGCGAGACCAUCACCUUCCACAUAGACUUCACAGGUAUCGCACCAUUCGAAGUGACAUGGUACCAAGAUGGGUACGAACUGGAGGAUUCUGAUGAAUAUGGGAUCCUGGUGAGCGAUGAUUGCAGUUCCUUGAUGGUGCCGAACACUACUCCUGAUGACAACAGUAUGAUUGAAGUCCAAGUCAAGAAUGAUCUUGGUGUUGCUGCUUCUACAGCAAUGUUGACAGUGGAAGAAUAUCAACAACCAAUGCAGCCAACGCAGACUAUGCAGCCAGCACAGGCAGCAGCAGCAGCACAACCAAUGGAACAGAUGCAGCUUGCACCAUGCUUCCUCUCUGCUCCACCUCCCAUGACGGUUGGAGCACCAGGAGAGCCGGUCAGACUGUCCUGUCGUGUUGGAGGGAACCCUGUUCCAAAGGUCAUCUGGUCAAAGGAUGGUCGUCUCCUGACGAGUGUUCCCAGGAUGAAGAUCCUUCAGGAUGAGGAUAUCCACACCCUGCUCAUCUUGGAAUGUCUACCAGAGGAUGCAGGAAACUACACCAUUGAGAUUGUCGGCCCCAGCGGCAAGAAGACAAACUGCUUCAGGAUCCAGAUCAAAGGGGACAAACCAGAUGACUUUGAGCCUCACUACCCAGAGGUACCCCAUCACCACCCUGAGGUACAGCCAAUUGGAUUUGCCACUCUGCCUGAGUUCAGGAGUGUGCUCACAGACUGCAUAGUACCAGAUGGCAGCCCUGUGGAACUCGCCUGUGAAGUCGUCGGAACCCCUCCACCUGUUAUUAACUGGUACCACAACGGAGGCAUCAUCAAGCCAUCACGCUACUUCCGCAUGAGCUACGAUGACGGGAUCGCCCGACUCCAGAUCAAUGAGGUCUUCCAGGAAGAUGGUGGGGAAUACGUCUGCGAGGCGUUUAACAACGCUGGACGUAUAUCCUGCAGUGGAAUCUUGAACGUACAAGUUGAAGAAAUUGAGUCUGCAGCGGAGUUUGCUGUUCCCCCUAAGUUUUUAAAGAAGAUAGUGAAUCUAGAGGUGGCCGAGGGUAGCCCCGCCCGCUUUGAAUGCAAAGUGGUUGGGAGUCCACGCCCUGAGGUCCAGUGGUUUCAUGAGGGAAAGCUGAUUCAGAGCAUGCCCCAUAAGCGGGUCUCCACCGGUUCGGACGGGACCAGCACGCUCUACAUCCCUCAGGUGCUUGCCGACGACUCCGGUCGUAUUUCCGUAACGGCUUCCAACCCGGCAGGACAGGUCACAUGCAGUUCUCAGCUGCUUGUUGAAGUUGAUAUAGAUGCUCCUGCUGGAAAUCUUCUUAGCUUCAGUGAGUCCUAUGGGGCUGAUGUCAGUGCCAGUGUCGACCCAGGUAUGGACUCUGAUACCGACGUUGACCUGGACGACAUCCUACCCUAUGAUGAGACCCUGGUCUUGCCACGGAAGAAGAAACGUACUAGGAAGGAGAGUGAAGAUGAAGAGGGGCAUCCAUUUGCUCAGCACACAGACGACAGUCAAGAAAAAGCAGCGGAUAAGGUGCCAAGCUUAACUAAAGCACAAGCCAAGACCAAACUAUCCUCUAAGAUUGAAGCUUUUCAGAGAGCUGAAGAUCGUGCACAUAAGGACUUGUCACCUACCCGCCCUGUGCGAAAGGAACCCUCACCUACAAGACGUCCUAUGCAAAAGGAUUUAUCUCCUACAAGACGUCCAAUGCAAAAGGAUUUAUCCCCUACAAGACCACCUGCGCCAAGUGAUGUUGGAAGUGUCCGACCACAGCCAAUGCUGCACAUAGAUCAGCCAGAAGUAGCUGAUCUUGGUACACCUCCUGUGGUGUACAUGCCACCUCACACCCAAGGACAAGUGCCACCACCAAAGCAUUAUGUUACACCUUCACUAUUGGCAAAGUUCCAGCAACCAGAGGACACUAAACCACCAGGCCCAUCUAAACCAUCUCUGACAUCAAAACCGUCUGUGACACCAAAACCAUCAGUGCCAUUUAAAUCUUCUCAGGCUCCAGUUACACCAGGCAAACCAGCAACACCAGCACCUAGCACUCCAGCCAAACCAGGUGCAGCACCGAAACCAUCGCCAGGUGCUCCAACAAUGAAGAUACCGGUGACUUCAGACAUCAAACCUCAGGUAACCAAACCAACUAAGGCAGUACCCGUUCAAUCUAAACAGUUUACUAUAAUGCCACCACCACCUGAGGAUCGGAAACCACCAAACUUUCUCAAGUUCAUCAAUCACUGCAGGGUGAAACCUGGGGAGGAAGGUCGCUUUGAAGCACAGGUGUCUGGUAAACCUAUGCCGUCUAUCAAAUGGUUCAGAGAUGGACAAGAGCUAAUACCUUCAAUAAUUUGCAAGGUUGACACUAAGCCAGAUGGAACAACCACACUGACCUUUCCUAAGGUGCAGCCAGAUGACUCAAGCAAAAUCACAUGUAAGAUUGAGAAUGCAGCUGGACUGGCUUCAUGUACUGCAAAGCUGAUCGUUGAAGAUGAGGAGCAACGCAUAGUCCGUGAGACCAAGCAGGCUCGUUUCAUCCAGUCCACACUGUCUGUGGCUCCUGGAGAGGAUAUCUACUACUCAGACCUCGACAUCCAGACGAUACCACCUCCAACCUUCAGGCCAGGAGCCGCUCCAGCUCCUGCUCCACCUAAGCCCAAACCUGCCGAAGUCCAACCUCAACUCCGUCCAAAACCUGCUCAACCUCCAUCCUUCCAGUCAUUUGUAAGCAGUCAGGAGGUUAACGAAGGUGGAACUGCCCGCUUUGAGUGCCACGUCAGUGGUAACCCCAGACCAACAGUCAGGUGGUACAAGAGUGGUAGGGAGCUGAGGCAAGACAGUCGCAUCACCAUCAGGAUCACAGAAGAUGGCACCUGUGUUCUUGAGAUUUCAUCCCUUUAUCCUGAAGACUCUGGGGAAUAUAUCGUCAAGGCCACCAACCAGGCAGGAGAAGCAACGUCUAUUGCACACCUCACAGUUAACCCAUCUUCUUACCGAUACCAGAGGGAUGUCACUGACUCCCAGCAAGAUCUGAAAAUCCAUAUCAAUGUUGAGCAGGAUGGGCUGACCUCCCAGCCAGGAAGUGUAAAUGUGACGUCUCCAGGUGUGUUCCUCACCAGGACAGGUCAGAGAACAACUCAGGGUUUGGAGUACAGGCCAGAUUCGUCAACUCCUACCACAUCUACAACAAGGACCGUAGAGGUCCAUGAGGGGCCCUCAGAUGUUGAGAGAACCACUGAGGAAUUAUCCGCUACUACAAGAAGGACGACUACCAAGACAACCACAAAAAAGACUGUGACAGAGACAGUAACAGAAGAAAGUGAUAUGGAAAUCCCAGGCAUGACCUUCACAAGCCAGCAGUAUGCACUUCCCCCAGGACCUCCUGGCCCUGGAACACCUGGAACCCCAAUGCAAAUAUAUGGACAAACCAUUCCGGGGCAGUUGCCUACCAACAUUAACAUUACAUUAAACAUCUCAGGUUUUCAGGAAGCCAUGCCAGAACCUCCCCAGUUCAGGAGGCUGGUCAAUGAUGUCACUGUUUCUGAAAGCCAGACUGUCCAGCUGGACUGUAUCAUCACAGGAUCUCCUUUCCCCCAGAUAACAUGGCUGAAGGAUGACCAGAUCAUCCAGGACUCACCAGAUUUUCAAUAUAUCAUAAAUGGCAACAGGGUAUCCCUUCUUAUCAAUGUCACUCUUCCAGAAGAUACCGGAGACUACACUUGCAGAGCUACUAAUCCUUAUGGUACAGCUGUCUGUACUUGCAGAUUGACUGUUCGACCUGGUAAGAUGAGGACAGUCAGUGGUGAUGAGGCCUUCUCUGAAUCAGAAGUGAUACGACGAGUAAGGAAAACCACUACAACAACUACUACCAGGGUAGCAGAAAGUGACAUUGAGGCCCCCUCAGAGUACUCCGAGCGUACUUACAGAGUUGUCAGGAACAAGCCACCUAAGUUUCUAAAUGAACUACUAGACAUUGAGGUACUGGAAAACAGUACUGCCAAGUUUGAUUCCAGAGUUACCGGACGCCCUGCUCCACAGAUAAGAUGGUUUAGUGAUGGUAUUGAGAUCCAUCCUGGAGGACGUUACACGUUGCAUUAUGAUGACCAGGGACACUGCUCAUUGACAAUUAUUAAUGUGACUCGUGAUGAUUCUGCAGAAAUCGAAUGUCGGGCUGUGAAUGCAGCUGGAGAAGAAGCAUCUAGCUUUGCUGACCUCAUUGUAAAACCCAUUCCACAGGCAGGCAAAAGGCCCAGAAGAAGACGGGAACACCAGACAUUGCUUAUUCAUGGUCAGAAGCCAAAAUUCACCUCUGAAUUCAAGUCAACACAGGUGACUGAAGGGCACACUGCUAAAUUUGUUGUUAAGGUUUCUGGAACACCCCGCCCUUCUGUGACUUGGUAUAAGAAUGGACGCCCCAUUCCUGCUGAUGAUCGUGUUGUGAUUACAUAUGAAGAAGAUGGAACUUGCACAUUGAUCAUUAAGAAUGUUUGUUCCGAUGAUGAUGCAGAAUACAUGUGCAAGGCCGUCAAUGAGCUUGGAAAAACUAUUACCUAUGCUGACUUGUUGGUUGAAACCACUUCUAGAGAGCGAAUUACCACAAUUCAAGAAGAACCUGAAGAAGAAACAUGGACUGAACGAGUUGAGAAAGUUGUUGAGAGUGACACUGAAAGUGUUCGCACAAUAACAACUACAACAACAACCAAAAAGGUGACGACUGUGUUGAGGGAUGGACAAGAGCCGACCGGUGGUACAGAAAGUAUGACUGUGGAGGUGCGGCCAAGGGAUCGAACUCAAGCUCAACCAAGAACUACACAUCAAACAAUAUUUGAGACUGAUAUUGGUCAGAGGGGACCUGAUGAUUACAAUGUGGAAGAUUAUGAGGUGAUCCGAGAAUAUGGUCCUAGACCAAGGAUGACCCAAGAAGUAAAUAUUCCAAUGAGUCCAGGUCAGCAAGAAGUCACCAUUCCCAUUGGCAAACCACCUGAAAGGUCAACGCAGGAGUUCACUCUUACUCGUCAGAUACAUCCUACUGUUACAGAGAAAGAAGUGUUACCUGACCAAAGACAGCCCGCAGAGUAUCACCCACAAUUAGAUAGGUUUCAGCCACCAAAGGAGGUUGAAGAAGAUGUCUUAUUUGAGGACUUGCAUCCUCAACCAUUUACUCACAUCAAGCUUCCUUUUCAGAAGGAAAAACCACCCACCACAGUUCAUGAGCAAGUCUCAAAGCAAGUUAAGAAACCCGAUUUCACUAUGAAAUCAUUAAGUGACCUUCCUGCUCCAGAGCAAAUACCUUAUGUGCAUGAACCACAGGUUAAGCCAUCCAGUAUGAAACCAGUUGAUAGUCCUGUAUCCUUUAAGGGACUGGAAAAAAGAGAGCAUCCUCAUGUAUUACACGAGGCUCCUUUAUAUCCAGAGGAAGUUGUUCAAGAGCAGAUAUCCCUGACUGAACCAAUUGAGAGAAUGCCACAACCACAUCCUCCAGCUCAAGUAAAAGAAUCUGUGGUUCCUUGUGAAGAAGUACAACCUGAAUUAUACAAGCCUUUUGAUCAGCUACCCAAGCCCAAGGUUCCAGUUAAGGUGAAAGAACCUAGCAUCUUACCUCAAAAAAAGCAGCCAGAAAGAAAACCAGUAAAAUUUCCCAUGCCUGAAUAUCCAGAGUAUGAAGAAGAGGUACCAUUUGAAGUUCAACCAGAGCAGCAAUAUCCAGUAUCUUUUCCUGAGAGGAAGCCCAAGCCUGAAGUUGCUGUUAAGCCUCGAGCUAAGCAACCAACACAUCCAGGAAGACCACAAGUGAUAGAGGAAUUGCAAGAUACUGAGGCUAUUGUAGGAGAAGAAGCUCAGUUGCAGACAAUUAUCAUAGGUCUACCAAGACCCAGGAUCCAAUGGCUGAGAGAUGGACGUCCCAUUGAUGGGGAUCGCUUUGAGACAAUUGUCCAAGAAGAUGGUACAUGCAUACUUGUAAUCAAGAUUGUACUUGAAGAAGAUCAAACAGUUUAUGAAUGCAGAGCCACUAAUCCUUUGGGAACAGUUUCUUCAUUUGGAAAUUUGACAGUUACUAGGCAAGAAACUGUCACAAGAAGAACUGUAACUGAAACUGUCACAACAGAGAUUUAUACCACUGACAGUGAACAAGAACAGUACUAUCCUCAUAGAACACAAAUAGAAAUUGGUCCUGGUCGUGAUAGGCGCAUGUAUAUCCCACCGAGGCAGCCAGGACCAGUCAGUUCUUCUAUUGAGAUAUCACCAGAGGAUAGAACAGAGACAAUGACUACAACUACUGUUACAGAAACCAUCACAAGAUAUGAAGAUGACACUUUGUCUGAUAUCACAACUCAGAGGUCAGAAUAUGAUAUGUACCCUGAAUACCAACGACCUACACAGGAAAUCGAGUUGAUUAUAGAUGGUGUGCAACCUUAUCCUCAAAGACAAACAGCAACUGUGCAAGGAAGACCAAGAGCACCAGAGACCCGUGAAAGGACUACAAUUGAUAUUGAUAGACAAGCUCCUCUUGCACCUGUUGAGUUUAUAAUUGACACAAGGGAAGAUAAACCACAAGAAGAGUAUGAAACUAUUACAAGAAGGAAAAGGACAAGAACUACAGAGCAUAUUACAAGAAGGGAUGUUGAAGAAGAUCAAGAACCUGUAGAAAAGUACUCAAUUGAAUAUCCCCAAGAGCCAAGGAGGCCUGUUGAUUUCUCAUUUGACCUGCCAACUCCAAGUACAGUUGAUUACUCAGAAGAAGAAAUUUUGCCUCGAUAUACAGAACCUCUUAAGAUUGAUAUAGAUAUUCCAGAAUCAUACGAAAUUUGUCCUGGUGCUGAGAAUAUUCAGCACCAAUCUCCAAUCGAUAUGCAAUUUGAGCAACAGCCUGUAGAAGAAAUAACUCUCGGGGCUGAGGAAAUAUUCCCAGCAAGACAUGAGCCAAUUGACCUUACAUUUUCUCAGACACCAGUUGAGGAGAUUGAUGUUGGACCUGAAAAGGUACUACCAAGGGAGAAACCCAAACCUCUUGAUGUGAAAUUUCCCAAACAGGCGGUGCGGAAGGUGCCUAUGGGACCAGAGAAAGUGAUUCCUAAAGAAGUUCCAGAGCCUAUUGAAUUGACGUUUGAAGGAGCACAUGUAGAGGAAAUUUCUUUGGGUCCAGAAGAAGUAUUACCAAAAGUUAAAACAAAACCCCAGAAACCUAUUGAAAUGGCAUUUGAUCAUGCUCCAGUCGAGGAAAUCACUCUAGGUCCUGAAAGGGUUCAGCCCAAGCCACAAGAGAAGCCUGAAUCUUUUCAAAUGGAGUUCAGAACCCCAACUGUACAAGAUGUCCAGCUCAGAGAGGAAAACCUGAUGCCAAAACCAAAGCCUGAAAUUCCACUGCAUCCUGAAUAUGAAGAGUUGGUAAUACCAUCUGAAUAUGCUCCAGAUAUGCCUACCAAACAGAAAACAAUGGUAAAACAGACAGUUGUGCAAGAAGUUCAUCCACAGCCAAGCAAAAAGUUGCCAACUCCUGAAGAGAGAGGUAGGAGUUUUAUUGAAUUAGAAACCCAGCCUCAACCACAUGAGAUUGAGCUCAUCCUUGAUCUUCAACAGCCUGAAGAUGUAACAAGAACUUACACAGAAACUGUGACUACUGAAACAACCACAAUCACUGAGCAUGAAGAACAACCAUCAAUUGAAUAUGAAGAACUUGUUAUUCCCAGCCAGCCUGAAAGGCCAAGAAAACCAACACAGAAAGCUCAAAAGAAGCAAACGGAGCCAAUCACUGUUGAAGAAUCGGACCUCUUGCCAGAAGAUUCAAUUCCUGGACAUACUCCUCUAUCUCCAGAAGAGCUUCCAUUUGCAAGAGCAGCUGUCACCAGGAUACCCCCAGAAGUGUUGACAGCUCCUCAUGAUGUUGAAGUUUCAUAUGGGGAUACAGCUAGGUUAGAAUGUCAGAUUACUGGAGAACCACAACCUCUUGCCAGAUGGAGAAGGGAUGGAACACCAGUGACAGGUAAUAGAUACCUAACACUUGUUGAGAGGGAUGGACGUGUUGUUCUUGUAAUUAACCCAGUUGAAGAAGUUGAUGACACUGAGUUUGAGUGUGUUGCUACUAACGAAGAAGGAACUGUUUCAACAUAUGCUGAUGUACAUGUUCAAGAUAUACCUCAUGAAAAAGUAAAACCUCGCACAGAAAAACGUCCAAAGAGGACAGAAAAAGUGUCUGUUUCUGUGAAACCUCAGAGAAGAGAAACUGCUGAAAUUGAAAUUGAGGAAGACCGACCACUCAAGUCAUUUGAGGUAACUGUUGAUGUUCCUAAACCAAUCUCUCCUGAAGAUCUUCAACAACCGUCGCGUGGACCUGCAGAUGUACCAAUUCACCCAAUUCAAAAAUUCAAACCUGAAAAACCAGAAUAUGAAAUUCUGGUAAUACCAAAGGGAGAGGAAGAAGAAGAAACCAUAACUAUAUCAGAAAGUGUAACAACAGUUGUUGAAACCAAGGAGGUACCUUCAAGGGAGAAGUCCCAGGUUUUAAUUAAUCAAAAACAAAAACCUCUUGCUCCUGUAGAAUUAACACUAGAAAUGCCCAAGCAGGAAGAGCCAGAAUACGAGGUGCUAGUUGUACCAGAAGUGCCUGAAGAUGAGUCUGUGACAACUGUUACUGAAAUCAUAACCACUGUUGUUGAAACUGAAGAAUAUCCUAGUCAACGUGAGACAACGCAAGUUGAAAUGCAAACUCCAAAGAGGCCACUAGCACCUGUUGAACUUACUUUUGAUGCUCCAAAGUAUGGGCAACCUGAAUUUGAAGAAGUUGUAAUUCCAGCCAAGCAGCCUCAGGAACCCAAAAUUCCAAAGACACGACAAACCACACAGGUAAUACUUGAAGAGGAGAAAAAACCUCUCGCUCCAGUUGAGUUGACCUUUGGUAUUCCUAAAGAGGAACAGCCAGAAUAUGAGGUUUUUGUCAUUCCUCAGGAACCACAACCAGAGGAGGAAACUGUCACAACUAUUGAAGAGACUGUUACAACUGUUGUUGAGACACAAGAGGUCCCAGACACACGAGAAACUACACAAGUGUUACUGGAAAAGGAUAAAAAGCCACUUGCACCAGUUGAACUGACCUUCGAUAUUCCCAAAGAGGAACAGCCAGAAUAUGAGGUUCUUGUCAUUCCUCAAGAACCACAACCAGAGGAGGAAACUGUCACAACUAUUGAAGAGACUGUAACAACUGUUGUUGAGACACAAGAGGUUCCAGACACACGAGAAACUACACAAGUGUUUGUUGAAAAAGGCAAACAGCCACUUGCACCAGUUGAAUUGACCUUUGAUAUUCCCAAAGAAGAACAACCAGAAUAUGAGGUUCUUGUCAUUCCUCAGGAAGCACAACCAGAGGAGGAAACUGUCACAACUAUUGAAGAGACUGUUACAACUGUUGUUGAGACACGGGACAUUCCUGAAACACGAGAAACCACACAAGUGUUACUGGAAAAAGAUAAAAAACCACUUGCACCAGUUGAACUGACCUUCGAUAUUCCCAAAGAGGAACAGCCAGAAUAUGAGGUUCUUGUCAUUCCUCAAGAACCACAACCAGAGGAGGAAACUGUCACAACUAUUGAAGAGACUAUUACAACUGUUGUUGAGACACAAGAUGUCCCAGACACACGAGAAACUACACAAGUGUUACUGGAAAAGGAUAAAAGGCCACUUGCACCAGUUGAACUGACCUUCGAUAUUCCUAAAGAGGAACAGCCAGAAUAUGAGGUUCUUGUCAUUCCUCAAGAACCACAACCAGAGGAGGAAACUGUCACAACUAUUGAAGAGACUGUUACAACUGUUGUUGAGACACAAGAGGUUCCAGACACACGAGAAACUACACAAGUGUUUGUUGAAAAAGGCAAACAGCCACUUGCACCAGUUGAACUGACCUUUGAUAUUCCCAAAAAAGAACAACCAGAAUAUGAGGUUCUUGUCAUUCCUCAGGAAGCCCAACCAGAGGAGGAAACUGUCACAACUAUUGAAGAGACUGUUACAACUGUUGUUGAGACACAAGAGGUCCCAGACACACGAGAAACUACACAAGUGUUACUGGAAAAGGAUAAAAAGCCACUUGCACCAGUUGAACUGACCUUCGAUAUUCCCAAAGAGGAACAGCCAGAAUAUGAGGUUCUUGUCAUUCCUCAAGAACCACAACCAGAGGAGGAAACUGUCACAACUAUUGAAGAGACUGUUACAACUGUUGUUGAGACACAAGAGGUUCCAGACACACGAGAAACUACACAAGUGUUUGUUGAAAAAGGCAAACAGCCACUUGCACCAGUUGAAUUGACCUUUGAUAUUCCCAAAGAAGAACAACCAGAAUAUGAGGUUCUUGUCAUUCCUCAGGAAGCACAACCAGAGGAGGAAACUGUCACAACUAUUGAAGAGACUGUUACAACUGUUGUUGAGACACGGGACAUUCCUGAAACACGAGAAACCACACAAGUGUUACUGGAAAAAGAUAAAAAACCACUUGCACCAGUUGAACUGACCUUCGAUAUUCCCAAAGAGGAACAGCCAGAAUAUGAGGUUCUUGUCAUUCCUCAAGAACCACAACCAGAGGAGGAAACUGUCACAACUAUUGAAGAGACUAUUACAACUGUUGUUGAGACACAAGAUGUCCCAGACACACGAGAAACUACACAAGUGUUACUGGAAAAGGAUAAAAGGCCACUUGCACCAGUUGAACUGACCUUCGAUAUUCCUAAAGAGGAACAGCCAGAAUAUGAGGUUCUUGUCAUUCCUCAAGAACCACAACCAGAGGAGGAAACUGUCACAACUAUUGAAGAGACUGUUACAACUGUUGUUGAGACACAAGAGGUUCCAGACACACGAGAAACUACACAAGUGUUUGUUGAAAAAGGCAAACAGCCACUUGCACCAGUUGAACUGACCUUUGAUAUUCCCAAAAAAGAACAACCAGAAUAUGAGGUUCUUGUCAUUCCUCAGGAAGCCCAACCAGAGGAGGAAACUGUCACAACUAUUGAAGAGACUGUUACAACUGUUGUUGAGACACAAGACAUUCCUGAAACACAAGAAACCACACAAGUGUUACUGGAAAAGGAUAAAAAGCCACUUGCACCAGUUGAACUGACCUUCGGUAUUCCCAAAGAGGAACAGCCAGAAUAUGAGGUUCUUGUCAUUCCUCAAGAACCACAACCAGAGGAGGAAACUGUCACAACUAUUGAAGAGACUGUUACAACUGUUGUUGAGACACGAGAGGUCCCAGACACACGAGAAACUACACAAGUGUUUGUUGAAAAAGGAAAACAGCCACUUGCACCAGUUGAAUUGACCUUUGAUAUUCCCAAAGAAGAACAACCAGAAUAUGAGGUUCUUGUCAUUCCUCAGGAAGAACAACCAGAGGAAGAGACUAUCACAACCAUUGAAAAAACUGUUACAACUGUUGUUGAGACACAAGACAUUCCUGAAACACAAGAAACCACACAAGUGUUACUGGAAAAGGAUAAAAAGCCACUUGCACCAGUUGAACUGACCUUCGGUAUUUCCAAAGAGGAACAGCCAGAAUAUGAGGUUCUUGUCAUUCCUCAAGAACCACAACCAGAGGAGGAAACUGUCACAACUAUUGAAGAGACUGUUACAACUGUUGUUGAGACACAAGAGGUCCCAGACACACGAGAAACUACACAAGUGUUUGUUGAAAAAGGCAAACAGCCACUUGCACCAGUUGAAUUGACCUUUGAUAUUCCCAAAGAAGAACAACCAGAAUAUGAGGUUCUUGUCAUUCCUCAGGAAGAACAACCAGAGGAAAAGACUAUCACAACCAUUGAAAAAACUGUUACAACUGUUGUUGAGGUCCCAGAAACACGAGAAACCACUCAGGUGCUAUUCGAAAAGGAGAAGAAGCCCCUUGAACCAGUUGAGUUGACUUUAGAGGUUCCAAGAGAUGAGCAGCCAGAGUAUGAGGAGGAGGUGCCCCAUCAACCUGAAUAUGAAGUUGUGGUCAUACCUAUGGAACCAGAAUCUGAAAUUGAAACCAUCACUACUGUUACCGAAACUGUUACAACUGUUGUUGAAUCAGAACAACAGCCAGACUUGAGACAAACAACACAAGUUAAAAUUGAUCAACAAAAACAACCACUUGCUCCAGUCGAAUUAACCCUUGAAAUGCCAAAAGAUGAAAAACCAGAAUAUGAAGUGUUAGUAAUGCCCAUGGAGCAACCACAGGAGCAGCCUGAAUAUGAAAUAAUUGUACAACCAAUGGAGCAACCAGUGGAUGAAGAAGUCACAACUGAGACUGUUACAACUGUAAAAGAAAUAGUCAGAACUGAAGAGGUUCCAAGUACCAUUGAGACUAGUGAAGUCAUUAUUGAUCAAGAACAGCCUCAUGCUCCCAUAGAACUUACAUUUGAGAUUCCAGAGGAGGAAAAAACAGGGAUCAAAGAUGUACCAAUGCAUGAGGAAUAUGAGAUUUUAGUUAUGCCAUUGGAAGAGGAGGAGAAAACUACAACUACGAUAGUAACAGAAACACUGACAACGGUCAUAGAAUCAGAAAAAAUACCAGAAACUAAAGAGAUUAGUCAGAUGGUAAUAGAUCAAAAACAUAGUCUCGGUGAAGUAGAAUUAACACUUGAAUUGUCUCCAGGCGAACAGCCUGAAGUUGGAGUGGUGCAACCAUUUCAAGAAGAAGCUAUUCAAACACUUGCUGAAGAUAUACCAGAAAGAUCUGAAGCUGUUUCACAUGAUGAGCCAGGUGUUCAAGUUAUUGUCAAGCAGGAACCUCCCCAGGUUAUUAGACCUCUUGAAGAUAUUGUUACUGAUGUUGGGAAGACUGUCAGGUUAACAUCACAGAUUGUAGGUCAUCCUCAGCCUACCAUCCAGUGGCUUAAACAUGGUAAGCCCAUCACCGGAGAGAGAUAUGUAACCCUUAUUGAAAGAGAUGGCAAUACUGUCCUGUUAAUUUCACCAGUCAAGCACGAAGAUGAAACAGAUUUUGAGUGCAUUGGUACUAAUGAGAAAGGAACUGUUUCAUCAAAAUCUGAAAUAUUCCUAGGUCCAAAGAAACCACAUGAAAAGCCUACUGAACCAUCACCCCUUAAGCCUGAAGAAAAAUCUGUCAAGAAACCAGAACCAGAGACAGAAAGUCCAUUGGAGCACAUUCCUGUCAGUGAAGAGGUAACACCUCAAGUAGUAGAGCAGGAGAAACCAACAGGCCCUUCAGAACUACCAGAAAAGCCUGAGGAGCUUCCUGUCACAGAAGAGGUUGUAAUGCCUCAAAAGGUAGAGCAGGAACGCCCAAGAGGCCCUGCAGACUUACCAGAAGAACCUGAAUAUGAAGAGGUUGUUGCAAUCAGUGAAGAAAUGGUGUCUGCUGAAAUCAUACUUAUGGCUGGUGAAGAACCAGAAUAUGAGGAGGAAAUUGUAAUGCCAGAAGAGGAAGUAACAGAAGAAAUUGAAAUAACUACUCGUGAAGUUACUGAUGUACUUAUAGAGAAGAAACCUGAGGGUGUUCAGAUCGAAUUUGAGUUGCCUCAAGAAAAACCAGAAGAAACCUCUACAACAAUUAUCACACAGUCUGCGACAAGUGUCACUGAGACAGUGACUAUCGAACAAGACAAAGGCCCGCAGAGAGCUGAGGUCGUGAUCGACCAAGAGCAACAGCCCUUGCAGCCGAUCGAACUCGUAUUGGACGUGAGAGAAGAAGAAGAAAUUCCAAAGAUGCCAGAGUUUGAAGAAUUAGUUAUACCUAGUGAAGAAAUUCCACAAAAAAUAGAGAGAACUGAAGUGGUGAUUGAGAAAGGGGAGGAUGAGCAAAAACCCAUAGAAAUUGUCUUUGAGGCUCCCCAGCAGCCACUAACAACAGAAGAGGUCUCAACAACAGUAACAGAAUCAGUAUCAGAAGUUGUUGAAACAAGAAUGGACUUUGCCCCAGAACCAACAGAGGUUGUGAUGGAAAUUGAGAUUCCACGUGAACCUGAGGAACAAAGAGAAGUUUCAAAAGUGAUAAUGGAGAAGGGACCAGAAGAAUUGCAAGAUGUUGAGCUCAUUCUGGAUAUCUCGGAAGAAAAAGAGGAACCUAAGGACAAAAUAUUUAUUGAAAUCAUUCGACAUGUUACUGAUAUCAAAGUAGAAAUUGGUGGUCGAGCACAAUUCACUUGCUUGAUACUCGGAAGCCCAAGGCCAACUUUCCAGUGGUUUGCCAAUGGCAGGCCACUCCAGGGUGACCGGUUCAUCUCCAUCUUCAAUCUUGAUGGAACGUGUGAGCUAAUCAUCACUGAGGUACAGGAAGAAGAUGAGACUGUGUAUGUGUGCCGUGCUGAAAACCCUGCUGGAGUUGUCACCACUGAGGCAGAGCUAAUCAUUCCUGGUACUGGUACAGUGGAAGUGGAGCAGACCAAAGAAGUAACAGUAACAACAACAACCACCACCAAGGUAGUGAAAGAGGUCAUUGAUGCUGAAAGAGAACCAGAUGAGGAAAUAGUACCUGUUACUGUAAUCCCUCAAGAGCCAGAAGAAAAGGUGGAUGUUGUGGAAGAAAUCAUCACAAGACCAACUGAAAAUGGUGAGGUGGAAAUAGUGAAGAGGAAAGUAACCACAACUACCAAGACACAAAAGGUGACUGAGGUUGUAGAAGAAGAGGUUGAAGAAGAGGAAGAAGAAGGAGCACCCGAGGAAGAUCGUGAUCUAGGACUACCUCAUGAAAAUAUACUCUUGAAGUUCAUGGAUUCCCUUCCUGAGCAGCAUGUACAAACUGCUGAAGAAAUUGAAGAGCUUGCUCCUACUGAGGUCAAGCCUUCUGAAGUUGAAGAAAUGCCUGCUGCAGUUCUUGAAACACCACAGAAGGAAGAAAAAGUUCAUGAACAAGUACCACAAGAAUUUGCUCCUAUUGAGAUAAAGCCUUCAGAGGUUGAAGAGAUUCCAGCAGCAGUGAGUGAAAUUCCACAAAGAGAAGAACAAAUGACAGAGCAAAUACCUGAAGAACUUGCUCCUACUGAAGUCAAGCCUUCUGAAGUUGAAGAGAUGCCUGCUGUAGUUCUUGAAACACCACAUAAAGAAGAGAAAGUUCUUGAACAAGUACCACAAGAAUUUGCUCCUGUCGAAGUAAAGCCAUCAGAGGUUGAAGAGUUUCCAGCCGCAGUGAGUGAAAUUCCACAAAGAGAAGAACAAAUGACAGAGCAAAUACCUGAAGAACUUGCUCCUAUGAAGGUCAAGCCUUCUGAAGUUGAAGAAAUGCCCGCUGCAGUUUUUGAAACACCACAGAAAGAAGAAAAAGUUCCUGAACAAGUACCACAAGAAUUUGCUCCUGUUGAAGUAAAGCCAUCAGAGGUUGAAGAGGUUCCAGCAGCAGUGAGUGAAAUUCCACAAAGAGAAGAACAAGUACUGGAGCAAAGACCGGAAGAACUUGCUCCUACUGAGGUCAAGCCUUCUGAAGUUGAAGAGAUGCCCGCUGCAGUUCUUGAAACACCACAUAAAGAAGAACAAGUUCCUGAACAAGUACCACAAGAAUUUGCUCCUGUUGAAGUAAAGCCAUCAGAGGUUGAAGAGAUUCCAGCAGCAGUGAGUGAAAUUCCACAAAGAGAGGAACAAGUACUGGAGCAAAGACCGGAAGAACUUGCUCCUACUGAGGUCAAGCCUUCUGAAGUUGAAGAAAUGCCUGCUGCAGUUCUUGAAACACCACAUAAAGAAGAAAAAGUUCCUGAACAAGUGCCAAAAGAAUUUUCUCCUGUCGAAGUAAAGCCAUCAGAGGUUGAAGAGAUUCCAGCAGUAGUAAGUGAAAUUCCACAAAGAGAAGAACAAGUACUGGAGCAAAGACCGGAAGAACUUGCUCCUACUGAGGUCAAGCCUUCUGAAGUUGAAGAGAUGCCUGCUGCAGUUUUUGAAACGCCACAGAAAGAAGAAAAAGUUCCUGAACAAGUACCACAAGAAUUUUCUCCUGUCGAAGUAAAGCCAUCAGAGGUUGAAGAGAUUCCAGCAGCAGUAAGUGAAAUUCCACAAAGAGAAGAACAAAGAACGGAGCAAAUACCUGAAGAACUUGUUCCUACUGAGGUCAAGCCUUCUGAAGUUGAAGAAAUGCCUGCUGCAGUUCUUGAAACACCACAGAAAGAAGAGAGAGUUCCUGAACAAGUACCACAAGAAUUUGCACCUGUUGAAGUAAAGCCAUCAGAGGUUGAAGAGAUUCCAACAGCAGUAACUGAAAUUCCACAAAGAGAGGAGCAAGUUCUAGAGCAAGUACCUGAAGAUCUUGCUCCUAUGGAUGUCAAACCAUCAAGAGUAGAGGAAAAGCCAAUCGCUACUGUCGAAGUUGCCAUUAAAACAGAUGUUAUUCAACAGGAAAUUACAAAGAAUGUGGAUGAGGCUGAACUUAUGCCAGGUGAGACACCCAGUGAAUUGUACACAGAUGAACUUGAAAUUGCACAGCGUGGACCGGCUAGUCUUAUCACUGAAGUUGAAACUGUUUUAAAUUUUGGAGAACCACGUGAAACCACCCUUGCAAGCAUUGAUAUAGAAGGUGCUGAGAUGCCUGACAUUUCUCUGGAAAUAUCAGGGCUCCAACCAGAGGAGACAAAAGAAAUAGAUAUCAGCACUGAAUUAGCUGUCCAUGCUGCUGCAGAAGAUUUACCCGAAGCUGUAGAAGUUGUGAAAGAGGAGCAGCCAUACAUUCUUCAUAAUGUGGAAAGUCAGACUGCAGAGAUUGGAGAUACUGUCCGUCUUACUUGUCAAAUUACUGGAACACCAAUGCCAGAUAUUGUUUGGCACCAAAAUAAUCAGCCUCUCCAGGGUGAAAGAUACAUCACUCUUAUUGAGAAAGAUGGCAGCACAGUGCUGGUAAUAAGUCCUGCGGAAGAAGAAGACAAUACCACUUUUGAAUGCAUUGGCACAAGUCCUAUUGGGACUGUGUCAAGCAAAGCAGAGCUAUGUAUUGGUAGAGAAAUUAUUGAAACUGUUCAAGAAGACAUUGACACCACCACCUCUGAGGUCACUGCAGAAAUGAAGACCGAGAUAGUAGAGGUUUCAGUCACCACAGAUCAAGUUGAUACACCUGUUAGUUCUACACAAGCAAUAAUCAGAGUAGAUGACAUUCAGCUCCCUCAGAGGGAUGAACAAACUUCCCAAUCUAUUCCAGGUGAAGUAGUCUCAAUUGAGGUACCAGUUCAGUCAGUGGAGCAAAUUUCAACUGUUGUGCCAGAAAUUUCUGAAGUAGAGCAACAGACAAUGUAUGGAGCUACUGGUGAAAUAUCUGUAGAGAUCAAACCGCAGCAGGUGGAGGAUGUAAGCACAACUGUUGUUGAGAUAUCUCAUAGAGAAGAAAAGACCAUAUAUGAUAUGCCGAGUGAAUUGGCAGUGAUCGAGAUGAAACCAGAAGAUGUAGAAGACGUUGAAACUACUGUUGUGGAACUUGCUCAACAAGAAGAACAAUUACCUUAUGAAGCUCCAUCUGAACUGACUCUCACAGAAAUACCAAGUAAAGCCAGCGAACAAUUACCAGAAGAAGUAGUGAAAGUUCCACAGGUGCAAGAGGAGAUACCUUACUCAGUCUCCGUAGAAGUACCAGUGGACGAUAUUAAAACAGAUGAAGCCAAACAAUUGCCGACUGUGCUCCUUGAUAUUACUCAGAAGGAAGAGACACCAUUAUAUGAAAGUCCAGCUGAUGUCACAGCUUUUGAAGUUAAACCAGAAAGUGUUGAAGAUUUUCCAGCUGCAGCAGGUGAAAUAUCUCGGGUUGAGGAAAAAACUACAUUCUCAGCUCCAAGUGAACUUGUCUCACUCGAGAUCAAAUCAGAGGAACCACAUGAAAUAACUGAUGCUAUCUUGGGAGCCAGAACACAAGAGACCAAGGAAGGUGUUGCUCUUGAAGUUCUCCUUACUCAGCAGGAAAUUCCAGGUAAAGAUAUCGAAAUAGAGGUCACUUCACAAGAGAUGGAAAAGGAAAGUGUUGCGAUAGAAAUAGAGAGAGCACCCGAUAAAGAGGUCACUGAAAUUACUGAAGUAUCUUUGACUGUUGAGAAGCAGGAACCUGAAUAUCCUGAUAUUACCAUCGAAGUUCAAAAAAUUGAAGAAGAGAAAGAAAUUUCUGGUGUAGGGGAUAUUAAUAUUCCUGUAGAAAAGCCCUCUGAACAAGAAUUGGUCUUUGAAGCACCAUCAAUCAUUGAACCAUUGACAAACAUUGGCCAGAAUAUAGGAGAUACAGUUAUAUUGAAGUGUCAGAUUAUUGGAACCCCCCAGCCAAUUAUAAGAUGGUUCCACAAUGGUGGACCAGUACAAGGCCCAAGAUUUACUACACUUUUUGAGAAGGAUGGUAAGACCGUCCUCGUCAUCAACCCUCUUGAGGAGACUGACAGGGAAUUUGAGUGUGUAGGUACCAAUGAAUAUGGGAGAGUUUCUACUACCUUCAAGAUUGAUUUGACAAAAGGUCUUGAUUCAGAAGAGAAAACAAUUGAAACCACAAGAGUUGAAGUGACCAAAGAUCAGGUAACUGAAGUGGAAGAAACUACUGUUUCUGAACCUAUUGAGAUUAGUAUAUCUACCAUUAAACAUGUUGAGGGGGAUGAAGUAACUGAAACGAUAAGUGCAAUAGAAAUAGAGAGCACCAUGCCUGAGGAAAUAUAUUCUACAAUUGAAAUAACACAACAUGAAGAGCAAAUCCCUCUAGAAUACCCAUCAGAGGUUGAAAUAGGUACUGCAGACCAACCUGAGAGGGCCGAGAAAAUUCAUGCAGCAGGAGCAGAAGUACCUGGUGUUGAAGAAAGAGUACCAGAAACUUUGCAAGAAGAUCUGCUUCCCAUAGUCCAAGAAACUGAUAAAGUGGAGGUCUUGACGGAAGUGAUAAUGGAGACAACACAGAGGGAGAUCAUACUGACUGAGGAAACAACGUCUGAGGUUGCACCAAGUGAUUUAAAACCCAGUGAAGUAGAAGAGAUUACGUCACAAAUGGUUGAACUUCCAGUUGUUGAAGAAACUAGAAUGUACGCUACUCCAGAAGAAGUUGUUUCUAUUGAAAUAAAGCCUGAAGAGAUCCAAGAACUUCCCACUGCAGUAGUUGAAAUACCUCACAAAGAAGAGGCAGUACCUCAAGAAACACCAUCUGAAGUAACAGCAAUUGAAAUAAAACCUGAAGAAGUUGAAGAGGUCUCAGCCAUGACAAUUGAACUUCCUGAAAUUGAAGAGACUUAUAAAUAUACAGCACCUAGUGAAGUUAUUUCAAUUGAAAUAAAGCCUGAAGAAAUUCAAGAACUUCCUACUGCAGUAGUUGAAAUACCUCACAAAGAAGAGGCAGUACCUCAAGAAACACCAUCUGAAGUUACAGCAAUUGAAAUAAAGCCUGAGGAAGUUGAAGAGAUACCAGCCAUGACAAUUGAACUUCCUGAAAUUGAAGAGACCCACAAAUAUACAGCACCUAGUGAAGUUAUUUCAAUUGAAAUCAAGCCUGAAGAAAUUCAAGAGCUUCCAACUGUUGUUGUUGAAAUACCUUACAAAGAAGAGGCAGUACCUCAAGAAACACCGUCUGAAGUUACAUCAAUUGAAAUAAAGCCUGAAGAAGUUGAAGAGGUCUCAGCCAUGACAAUUGAACUUCCUGAAAUUGAAGAGACCCACAAAUAUACAGCACCUAGUGAAGUUAUUUCAAUUGAAAUCAAGCCUGAAGAAAUUCAAGAGCUUCCAACUGCUGUUGUUGAAAUACCUCACAAAGAAGAGGCAGUACCUCAAGAAACACCAUCUGAAGUUACAGCAAUUGAAAUAAAGCCUGAGGAAGUUGGAGAGAUGCAGGCCAUGACAAUUGAACUUCCUGAAAUUGGAGAGACCCACAAAUAUACAGCACCUAGUGAAGUUAUUUCAAUUGAAAUCAAGCCUGAAGAAAUUCAAGAGCUUCCAACUGCUGUUGUUGAAAUACCUCACAAAGAAGAGGCAGUACCUCAAGAAACACCAUCUGAAGUUACAGCAAUUGAAAUAAAGCCUCAGGAAGUUGGAGAGAUGCCAGCCAUGACAAUUGAACUUCCUGAAAUUGAAGAGACCCUCAAAUAUACAGCACCUAGCGAAGUUGUUACAAUUGAAGUAAAGCCUGAAGAAAUUCAAGAGCUUCCAACUGCAUUAGUUGAAAUACCUACCAAAGAGGAGAGAGUACCCGAAGAAACACCAUCUGAAGUAACAACAGUUGAAAUAAAGACCAAGGAAGUUAAGGAGGUUCAACCAACGACUGUUGAACGCCUUGAGGUAGAUGUUAUGUCCACCAAGGUCAAAUCUGAAACAGAAACAAUAUCACUAGAAUUAGGUCAGCCAGAAAAGGCCGAAAUUUGUCUCCAAGUCCAGCCACAAGACAAAGAUGAGAAGACUGAACUCAAAUUGGACAUCACAUCAACAGAAAUUACAUCUGUUGAGUUAGAACAAGUGGAACAACCUGUUGGGACUGAAGUAUCGGAGGUGUCUCUAGACUUUGAAGAAGUCCCUCAGGAGUUUGCACCAGUCGAAAUCACCCUGGAGAAGUCUCCAGAAUCUAUUGAGGAGGUCACCACCAAAAAGACUACUACAAUCACAACGACUGAAGUCACCAAGAUACCAGAGGAUAUCGAGUUGCAGAUCAAAGACACUGCCACCAAGAUAACGGAAGAGAUCAUCAGGGAGGUGACGACUGAGACCAAGCAAGGUCCGGUAGUGGUCCAGGAACUUGUGUCUCAGGAUGCAACUCCCGGAGGGAUUGUGUACUUGGAGUGCAGGUUCACAGGCACACCGCUGCCCACCUUCAAGUGGUUUCACAACGGGAAGGGCCUCAAAGGAGAGAGGUAUGUAGUUAUAAACUACAAUGAUGGGGUGAGUCAGCUGUGCAUCACCGAAGUUACCAAAGAUGAUCAUGGUACCUUUGUGUGUGAAGCUACAAACCCAUUCGGUAGUGCUACUACUGUUGCAGAAAUCCGUGUCUACGAUGAAGUACCCAAACCAGGAGAGAAAGCUGAAAUCAUUCUCCAAGUCGAACAAGAAGCUCCAAAGGACAUUGAGAUUAUCAUAUCUCCUCCUGAGUUUGUCCAACCGAUUGUUGACAUUGAAGUGGUCGAAGGUGAUGAUGUGAAAUUCUUGGCUCAGGUCACCGGGUCACAGCCAAUCACUAUUACAUGGUACCAGGAAACAAAGCCUAUCCAGGAGUCUCCCGAGUUCAAGGUUGCAUUCGAUGGCAAGACCUGUACCCUGGAGGUGCCCGAGGUCUUACCUGAAGAUGCAGGAAAGUACACCUGCAAGGCAUCCAACCCUGCAGGAGAAGUCACCAGUACUGCAGUUCUUACUAUCAAAGCCUUCCCCUCCUCACCUGGUGAGAAGGGAGAUGAAGAGAAACCAGUUGAGGAUGUUUCCAAGCCCAAAGAUGAGAAGAAACCGGAAACCAAGGAACUCAAGCCAGAGGUUGAAGAGAAGACGGAGAUCCUCACGCAAGAGAUCUUGGUAGAGAAGACACCAAAGGAAAUCCUGGCAGAGGAGCUAGAGGAAGCUGCUCGGGGUGAACAGCCCGAGCUGAUGCCUCCCAAGUUCAUCAAAUCCAUCGAGACUGUCGUCGCUGGCGAUGGCGAUGCAGUCAAGUUUAGUGCAACUGUGACUGGCAAGCCACGCCCUGAUGUCACAUGGUAUGUUGACGACACCGAAAUCAAGGAUGAACCUGAGUACGAGGUUGCUUUCACUGACGAUGGCAUUGCUUCGCUCUUCCUUCCAGAAGUCAUCCCUGAAGAUGAAGGGAUGUAUCUUUGCAAAGCUGUCAAUGUGGUUGGAGAAGCUACUUGUAGUGCAGAAUUGUUUGUUGAAGAAUCUAAGCCCACUGAAGACAAACCUAUCACCUUGGAGAGACAUACAGAGACUCGUGGGAAAUCCACGGUGAGCAUGGAGAUAGAUGACACUCGUGAGCCUCGCGAGAUUGAAAUAGAGUUCAAGAAGCCAGAGGAUCAGGAGAUAUCUAUCACCAUGGUAGCACCGCAGUUUACCCAAACGAUCAUCUCUGUGAUGAUCAAGGAUGGCCAACCAGCCACAUUUACGGCAACCGUCACUGGCACGCCGACACCGGAGAUCCUGUGGUUCAGAAGCGGUGCGGAGAUCGUGCCGGAAGAGUGUCCCGAGUUCACCAUCACCUUUGAGAAUGGGGUGUGUACCCUGACCCUUGAGGAAGCCUUCCCUGAGGACUCUGGUCCAUUUGAGUGCAGGGCCAUCAAUCCAGCUGGACAGGCUACCUGCAUGGCUAAGCUGGUUGUCGUAGAGGAAAGUUCUACUGAGGUCGAUACAGAGGUUGAGAUUGCUACGACUCAAAAGGUUGUCACAGUGACCAAGGAAGUCCAGCAGACAGUCAUCGAGGAAGAGGUGACUGAGGAGAUGCCAGUCGCUGAAGUGAAAACUGAAGCCCUUGAAACAGUUAUGGUGAUUGAGCCGACUGAACCUCAAUCAUACAUUGCCAUUGGAAACUACCUUGCUGAGUCCGAUGAGGUCAUGUCCAUGCGCGAAGGUGAGCAGCUCACCAUCCUAGACGAUGGACACGGCGAGUGGUGGAUGGCCCGACGUGAGACAACUGGUGAGGAGGGAUGGGUGCCCAAGGGUUACCUAGCAACCCCUGAGCAAUAUGAUGAGCAUCUUCGCCAGCAGCUUGAAGAGGUCGUGAAGGAGAUGUCUAUUGAUGGAACACCAUUCAAGGGCAAAGCCAUUGCCCCAGAGAUUAUUGAGCCUCUCCAGACCACCAAAGCCAAGGAUGGAAAGCCGGUCACCCUCCAGUGCCGGAUCAAGGGCACCCCGAUGCCCACCGUCGCUUGGUUCCGUCAGAGUACCCAGAUCCCGGCGACGGAGGAGUUCAAGAUGGCCACUGAUGGUGACAUUGUCACGCUGACGAUCGAAGAGGUCUACCCAGAGGAUUCUGGGAAGUAUACCUGCGUCGCCAAGAAUCAGGGUGGUACUGCAUCAACCAGUGCCGAACUGUUGGUUGAAGUUGCUCUUUCUGAUGCAGAGAGUGAUGGAACUCCAAGCCGGAAAAGUCUGUCAAGGGAAUCAACCAUUGAAGAAGGUGAAGGAAUCAAACCAGCUUUCAUGACAGUCGCCAAGAGCCAGGUAGUCAGUGCCGGCAAGGAGAAAGUCACUUUUGAGUUCCGCCUCAUUGCUGCACCCAGACCUCAGAUCCAAUGGUUCAAAGAUGACCAACCCCUCGAAGAGACGCCUCGCCGUCGCAUGAGCAUGUACGCCGAUGUCCAUCUUUACAUUCUAACACUAGAGCUGACCGAUAUUGAGCCCGACGAUGAAGGGAAGUACCGAAUCGUGGCAACCAACAAGGAGGGCAAGGCUGUGGCAUCUGUGUCUCUGGAGGUCACACGCAAGGAGCCAGAACCUCCAAAGUUCAUUGAACCCAUCCAAACCGCAACAGUCACCCAGGGCGACAUGGCGCAUUUCGAGUGCGUGGUGACCGGGCGCCCCAUGCCCGAGAUCACUUGGUUCCAUGGGGAGAAGAUGAUCAAGCCGUCUAACCUGAUCGAGAUCGGUCAGGACAAAGAAGGAAAGAAUUGGGUCGUGGUCCGUCAGGCCACGCCCGAACUCCUAGGUACCUACACUUGCUGGGCUGAGAAUCAGGUCGGACGUACCAUGUGUGGUGCCGAGCUGACUCUAACGUCUGAAGCGGAAGAGAUUUCCAUUGUCUCUGUUGAUAGCAGCGCCAUCGUCGAAGGUCCACAAAGUCGCGAUCUGGUCAGCAUUGACUUUGAAGGUGUGGACGAACUCGAGGAGGAAGGUGUUCCUCCAACUUUCGUCAUGCCUGUCCAGGAUGUUGAAGUCAAACCAGGAGAAACAGCACACUUGAGAGUCAAAGUUGCUGGCAAGCCUACCCCUGAAGUCACCUGGUACAGAGACGGCAAGGUUCUGCAGCCUAGUCCUCGCCACACCAUUAUGUCUGACACCGAAGGCAACGCAUCUCUUGUCAUCUCAGAGGCCAUACCUGGUGACGAUGCAGACUACCUAUGCAAGGCUGUCAAUCCCUUUGGUAUUGUAUCUUGCCGUGCUGAUGUCAUUGUAGAUGAAGAACCAUCUGAAGUGAAGAAGGACAAGCCAGCAAUCCUAGUCCAGGCCGAGAAGGGCAUACCCUUGGAGGCCCAACCCCAAGGACCGAUGGAAAUUACCCUAGAGGUCCGGGGCAAGGACUUAGAAAUUGCCAGCAUCAGUGAAGCUCCAUCGAUUACCUCAGAGGAAGCCUUGGAAACAGAUGUUGAGGAGAAGGAGUUGGAUGAGGCUGAAGCUGCUGUGCCUGAGGUCCAUGAUGAAGUCCAGAUUGAGAUCCAACUGGAGGACCUUGAGAAACAUCCCGAGGAGGUCAUUGUGGAAGUCACCAAGAAGAUGGAGGAGAAACCUCUGAAACAGGAAGUGGUCAUGCCUGUCGAGGUCACACCAACUAAAGUGGAGGUCACACUUGCGCCAACAGAGUUACCUGAGCAGAAAGCUCCAGUCUUCACACAGCCUUUGACCACAGCUGAACUGAAGCCAGGCAAAACGGCGGAGGUCACAUGCAAGGUCGAAGGUCAACCGAGACCAGAGGUCCAAUGGUUUGUAGAUGACAAAGUCAUUGAGCCAGACUCUCACUACCAGACUGAACACAGGCCGGACGGAGUAUGCGUACUGACCAUCCAUGAUGUGGAGAGUAUGGACGAGGGACAAUAUGUCGUCCGAGCAGUCAAUCCGGUGGGCGUUGCCUCCACAGAAUCAGAACUGUUUGUGGAAGUACCAGGUAAAAUGGCUCCAGUCAAGGUUGAAGCCAAGGCUACCAUGGAGGUUGACAAACCUCUUGAGACGGUCCCCAAGCAAGAAGCUGCCGUUGUUGAGGAACAAGUCGUGCCAAUAGAGAAGAAACCAACCGAAGCUGCACCUGAAGUCAUGCCUCAGUUCCAAGUGGAACCCACUCAGAGAGAAAUCACUGAAGUGUAUGAAGCACCUAAGUUUGUUGAAGACAUGGUGGACUUGGAAAUUAUAAAGGGUCAUCCUGCCAGGUUUGAUGUCCAGGUGAGCGGCAUCCCCAUGCCUACACUGCACUGGUAUCGCAAUGGCAAGGAGAUCAAGCCAGACGAUAAGCAUGUGAAAUUUGAAUUUGCAGAGGAUGAAGGAAUUGGUUCCCUGAUAAUUGAUGAAGUCAAAGCUGAUGAUGAUGCUGAAUAUGCCUGCAAGGCAUCGAACAAGGCAGGAUCAGCAGUGUCUAAAGCUGAUCUGUUCCUCCAGGCAGCCCACAAGAAGCGACCAGAGAAGCACCCACCGAAAUUCAUCAUCGACAUGAAGACACUCACAGCAGUAGAAGGCGAUAGCAUCAACUUCUUCUGCAAAGUAGUGGGCAGACCCAUGCCAGAAAUUAGGUGGUUCAAGAAUGGUGUGGAGCUGAAACUCGGACCUCGCAUUUCUAUCGAUUACGACGAACAGGGAAUGUGCACACUCCUCAUCCGCAACACCACCAUGGAUGACGUCGCUAACUACACCUGCAAGGCCAUCAACGAGAUCGGCGAAGCAACAACAACGGCAGAACUGAUCUUGGAAGUCCCCGCCCGAAUUAUGGAGGGGCCCAAGAGUGUGUCUGUCAAGCGUGGUGAAUCAAUCACUGUUGAUAUCCGUAUCGAGGGGUUCCCUCAGCCAUCUGUCACCUGGUACAAAAACUCAGUCGUCGUGGAAACCACUGAAAGAAUCACCACUGAAACAACCCGAGAAACGACCCAGCUGGUCAUCUCUAAAGCCCAGAUGGAGGACGCUGGUGACUAUGUGGUUGUCGUUGAGAACGAGCUUGCUCGAGAUGAACUCCAAGUCAGCAUUACAGUUAUAGACAUCCCAGACAAACCUCGGAAGCUGGAACCAACCCAGGUAACUCCCACCUCCACCACCAUCACCUGGCAGACACCUAUCAUGGAGGACAAAGGCCAGGAGGUGUCCUCCUACAUCGUUGAGAUGCUGGACAGUGCCACCAAGUCAUGGCAGAGGAUAGCCGAGACCCUCAAGGCACCCGUCUUUACCAUCGCUGAUCUGACUCCUGGGGAGGAGUAUGCCUUCCGGGUCAGUGCCUCCAACCAGUUUGGUGUCGGUGAACCCACUGAGAAGGUGGUGGUUCAUCUACCAACAGAAAAGGAGGUUGAAGCUGUACCCCAGGAGGUUGCAGAGGACCAGGUUACCCCAGAAACCAAGGCAAUGAAACCAGAAGAGACAACUCCAGCGGCUGAAGAAGUUGUAACAGUUGAAGCUGUGGAGGUUGUUGUUGCGCCUAAGGAAGAAGUACCCAAAUCUGAAGUUCCAACUGAAGAAGCCCUACCAGAGGAAUUACCUGAAGUAACAGUUGAAAUCCCAGCUCCUGAAGCACCAGAGGUUCCUAAAACACUUCCAGAGGAAGCAAGACCAGAUGUUCAAGAGAAGCGCCCUCAUGAUAUCCCACCAGCUGCUGAGGUUCCGGUGGAAGCUCCCAGACCUGAAGACACUCCUGAUGAUGAAGAUAGGCCAGAAGAGGAGCCUGUAUCAGUGACAAUUGAUGAAGGUCCUUCUGAAAGUGCUCCGUUUGAUGACGAUGAUGAUGAAGAAGAAGAUGAAGAUCUUACAGAGGAAGAUUUAGAGGGAGAGCCAAUUUUGGAACCAGAAUUGCCUCAUGAUGAUGAAAAGGAGUCUGAACCAGAGAAGAAAGAGAAAAAAAAGAAGAAGAAGAAGAAGAAAGAUAAAGAGAAAAAGUUGAAAGUUCAGGUUCGACCUCUGGAUCAGCCUGAUAUUGAAUAUAAAAGGCGUGUAUUCCUUGACACGGUGGAGGAAGAGGAUGAAGAGAUCAAGUCACCAAAAAGAGGUAGAGCCAUCCUGAAGAGGAAGAAACCUGUCACUGAUGAUAGUGCAGUCAUCGAUGUGGAGAAGGCUCCUCAGGUCUCAGAGGAUCAGGAAGCAACCAUUGCACCUGUGACCAAGAAGCCUGAAGAAGUUACUCUCCCAGCCCAAGAACCCAUCGAGGAUGUUCCUGAUGUUGGUAUCUCCGCAAUCACUCCCGAAUCAAAGGAAGUUCCAGUUGAGGAGGCCGUUCCUGAUGAGACACCUGUCGUAACUGUUGCAGAAGUCACUCCCCAAGUAACAGAGCCAAGGCAAACUGCCGAAAUUGUUCUUCCUAUAGAGGUACAGCCUGAGGAGUCGGAAGUCAUCCUUCAGGUUGGCAAACCACAGCAAGCGGAGGAGAUGCAGGAGGUGCAGAUAGAUGUAGGAGUUGAGAAGGUGAAACCCGAGGAAGCUGUUACUCUGCAGAUGCCUCUGGAGAAGGCAGAAAUUAGAGAAGCAGCUCCUGUCAUUGUGGACAAAUUGAAAGACCAGACUGUGAAGUCUGGGGCCUCUGUCCUGCUAACCUGUACUGUGACUGGAGAACCUACACCAGAUGUUGAGUGGUACAAGGAAGGCCAGCUCCUGGAGCCUACACCUACCCAGACACAAACUUAUGAAGCUGGGGUUGCCACUCUUGAAAUCCUCCAAGCCAAACCUGCUGACCAGGGCAAAUACGAAUGCAUGGCGGUCAGUGACGUCGGAGAGGACAUCUCGUCCGCGAAAGUGACCGUCAAGAUUGAGAAACCCAAGCCUACCAAGCCAUCUUUCUCAGAGACUUCUAUCACACUCGAAGUGACAGAAGGCGAAGAUGCGACUUUCAGGUUUACGAUUGAGGGAUUCCCCUACCCGACACUAACAUGGAAUAAAGGUUGGAAAGCUAUCAAACCUAGUACCCAGUACAUCAUCGAAUCGGAAGAGACAACUGGCGAGACCAUCUUCACCAUCACAUCUGCCAAGAUGACUGAUGCUGGCAAGUACGUCUGCAAACUGACCAACCCACAUGGAGAGGCUAAGCUGACGGUUACUCUCGUGGUCAAAGAGAAACCUAAGGAAGAACCGGAAGCAGCGCAGGCUAAACUUAAAAAACCACAACCAGAAGAGAAGAAGCCUGAGGUGGUUGAAUCCAAGGCCGAUAUCGAAAUCUACGAACUGCUUAAGGAUGAGGAGCCAAAAGACUAUGAGAAGAUCCUUCGAAAGCAUGGCAUCAUCGACUUCAAGGUCAUCCGGAAGCACAUUGAAAUGGUGAAGACGAAGAAGGCUGAGGAGGAAGAAAGACAUAGGACAGAAGUUGAGGCUCAGUUGGAGGGAAAACCUGAUACUGAAUUUGCUGAGCAAUUCUCUCUUGAAAUCAAACUGCCAGAAGAGAAGAAGAAACCUAUGACUAAGGAAGAACAGGAGGAGGAAGAAAUCUACCAACUUCUGAAGAAUGUUGAACCUGUUGAUUAUGAAAAGGUUCUACGUAAAAAGGGCAUCAUUCAGUACAAAGCCAUUAGGCAACAUAUUGAAAGGGUUACAAAACAACUUGCUGAGGAGGCUGUCUUGGCCAAGAUGGAGGAAGUGACUGUACAGCCAACCGAGGUUAUUACUGAGGAGACGGCUGUAACCAUUGUUGGUGUCAAGCCAGAAGAAGUUGAACCAACUGAAAUCACUCUUGAAAUAGCUCCUACUAAAGUAGAGGAAGCAGUGCCGGGAGAAGUCUCCCUUCAAAUCAAAAUGCCGGUAGAGAAGAAGAAACCUAUGACUAAGGAAGAAGAGGAGGAGGAAGAAAUCUACCAACUUCUGAAGAAUGUUGAACCUGUUGAAUAUGAAAAGGUUCUACGUAAAAAGGGCAUCAUACAGUACAAAGCCAUUAGGCAACAUAUUGAAAGGGUUACAAAACAACUUGCUGAGGAGGCUGUCUUGGCCGAGAUGGAGGAAGUGACUGUACAGCCAACCGAGGUUAUUACUGAGGAGACGGCUGUAACCAUUGCUGGUGUCAAGCCAGAAGAAGUUGAACCAACUGAAAUCACUCUUGAAAUAGCUCCUACUAAAGUAGAGGAAGCAGUGCCGGGAGAAGUCUCCCUUGAAAUCAAAAUGCCAGUAGAGAAGAAGAAACCUAUGACUAAGGAAGAAGAGGAGAAGGAAGAAAUCUACCAACUUCUGAAGAAUGUUGAACCUGUUGAAUAUGAAAAGGUUCUACGUAAAAAGGGCAUCAUACAGUACAAAGCCAUUAGGCAACAUAUUGAAAGGGUUACAAAACAACUUGCUCAGGAGGCUGUCUUGGCCGAGUUGGAGGAAGUGACUGUACAGCUAACCGAGGUUAUUACUGAGGAGACGGCUGUAACCAUUGUUGGUGUCAAGCCAGAAGAAGUUGAACCAACUGAAAUCACUCUUGAAAUAGCUCCUACUAUAAAACCAGAGGAAGCAGUGAUGGGAGAAGUCUCCCUUGAAAUCAAAAUGCCAGUAGAGAAGAAGAAACCUAUGACUAAGGAAGAAGAGGAGGAGGAAGAAAUCUACCAACUUCUGAAGAAUGUUGAACCUGUUGAGUAUGAAAAGGUUCUACGUAAAAAGGGCAUCAUACAGUACAAAGCCAUUAGGCAACAUAUUGAAAGGGUUACAAAACAACUUGCUGAGGAGGCUGUCUUGGCCGAGAUGGAGGAAGUGACUAUACAGCCAACCGAGAUCAUUACUCAGGAGACGGCUGUAACCAUUGUUGGUGUUAAGCCAGAAGAAGUAAAACCAACUGAAAUCACUCUUGAAAUAGCUCCUACUAAACCAGAGGAAGCAGUGCCGGGAGAAGUCUCCCUUGAAAUCAAAAUGCCAGUAGAGAAGAAGAAACCUAUGACUAAGGAAGAAGAGGAGGAGGAAGAAAUCUACCAACUUCUGAAGAAUGUUGAACCUGUUGAAUAUGAAAAGGUUCUACGUAAAAAGGGCAUCAUACAGUACAAAGCCAUUAGGCAACAUAUUGAGAGGGUUACAAAACAACUUACUGAGGAGGCUGUCUUGGCCGAGAUGGAGGAAGUGACUGUACAGCCAACCGAGGUUAUUACUGAGGAGAUGGCUGUAACCAUUGUUGGUGUCAAGCCAGAAGAAGUUGAACCAACUGAAAUCACUCUUGAAAUAGCUCCUACUAAACCAGAGGAAGCAGUGCCGGGAGAAGUCUCCCUUGAAAUCAAAAUGCCAGUAGAGAAGAAGAAACCUAUGACUAAGGAAGAAGAGGAACAGGAAGAAAUCUACCAACUUCUGAAGAAUGUUGAACCUGUUGAAUAUGAAAAGGUUCUACGUAAAAAGGGCAUCAUACAGUACAAAGCCAUUAGGCAACAUAUUGAAAGGGUUACAAAACAACUUGCUGAGGAGGCUGUCUUGGCCGAGAUGGAGGAAGUGACUGUACAGCCAACCGAGGUUAUUACUGAGGAGACGGCUGUAACCAUUGUUGGUGUCAAGCCAGAAGAAGUUGAACCAACUGAAAUCACUCUUGAAAUAGCUCCUACUAAACUAGAGGAAGCAGUGCCGGGAGAAGUCUCCCUUGAAAUCAAAAUGCCAGUAGAGAAGAAGAAACCUAUGACUAAGGAAGAAGAGGAGGAGGAAGAAAUCUACCAACUUCUGAAGAAUGUUGAACCUGUUGAAUAUGAAAAGGUUCUACGUAAAAAGGGCAUCAUACAGUACAAAGCCAUUAGGCAACAUAUUGAAAGGGUUACAAAACAACUUGCUGAGGAGGCUGUCUUGGCCGAGAUGGAGGAAGUGACUGUACAGCCAACAGAGGUUAUUACUGAGGAGACGGCUGUAACCAUUGUUGGUGUCAAGCCAGAAGAAGUUGAACCAACUGAAAUCACUCUUGAAAUAGCUCCUACUAAACUAGAGGAAGCAGUGCCAGGAGAAGUCUCCCUUGAAAUCAAAAUGCCAGUAGAGAAGAAGAAACCUAUGACUAAGGAAGAAGAGGAGGAGGAAGAAAUCUACCAACUUCUGAAGAAUGUUGAACCUGUUGAGUAUGAAAAGGUUCUACGUAAAAAGGGCAUCAUACAGUACAAAGCCAUUAGGCAACAUAUUGAAAGGGUUACAAAACAACUUGCUGAGGAGGCUGUCUUGGCCGAGAUGGAGGAAGUGACUAUACAGCCAACCGAGAUCAUUACUCAGGAGACGGCUGUAACCAUUGUUGGUGUUAAGCCAGAAGAAGUAAAACCAACUGAAAUCACUCUUGAAAUAGCUCCUACUAAACCAGAGGAAGCAGUGCCGGGAGAAGUCUCCCUUGAAAUCAAAAUGCCAGUAGAGAAGAAGAAACCUAUGACUAAGGAAGAAGAGGAGGAGGAAGAAAUCUACCAACUUCUGAAGAAUGUUGAACCUGUUGAAUAUGAAAAGGUUCUACGUAAAAAGGGCAUCAUACAGUACAAAGCCAUUAGGCAACAUAUUGAGAGGGUUACAAAACAACUUACUGAGGAGGCUGUCUUGGCCGAGAUGGAGGAAGUGACUGUACAGCCAACCGAGGUUAUUACUGAGGAGAUGGCUGUAACCAUUGUUGGUGUCAAGCCAGAAGAAGUUGAACCAACUGAAAUCACUCUUGAAAUAGCUCCUACUAAACCAGAGGAAGCAGUGCCGGGAGAAGUCUCCCUUGAAAUCAAAAUGCCAGUAGAGAAGAAGAAACCUAUGACUAAGGAAGAAGAGGAACAGGAAGAAAUCUACCAACUUCUGAAGAAUGUUGAACCUGUUGAAUAUGAAAAGGUUCUACGUAAAAAGGGCAUCAUACAGUACAAAGCCAUUAGGCAACAUAUUGAAAGGGUUACAAAACAACUUGCUGAGGAGGCUGUCUUGGCCGAGAUGGAGGAAGUGACUGUACAGCCAACCGAGGUUAUUACUGAGGAGACGGCUGUAACCAUUGUUGGUGUCAAGCCAGAAGAAGUUGAACCAACUGAAAUCACUCUUGAAAUAGCUCCUACUAAACUAGAGGAAGCAGUGCCGGGAGAAGUCUCCCUUGAAAUCAAAAUGCCAGUAGAGAAGAAGAAACCUAUGACUAAGGAAGAAGAGGAGGAGGAAGAAAUCUACCAACUUCUGAAGAAUGUUGAACCUGUUGAAUAUGAAAAGGUUCUACGUAAAAAGGGCAUCAUACAGUACAAAGCCAUUAGGCAACAUAUUGAAAGGGUUACAAAACAACUUGCUGAGGAGGCUGUCUUGGCCGAGAUGGAGGAAGUGACUGUACAGCCAACCGAGGUUAUUACUGAGGAGACGGCUGUAACCAUUGUUGGUGUCAAGCCAGAAGAAGUUGAACCAACUGAAAUCACUCUUGAAAUAGCUCCUACUAAACUAGAGGAAGCAGUGCCAGGAGAAGUCUCCCUUGAAAUCAAAAUGCCAGUAGAGAAGAAGAAACCUAUGACUAAGGAAGAAGAGGAGGAGGAAGAAAUCUACCAACUUCUGAAGAAUGUUGAACCUGUUGAAUAUGAAAAGGUUCUACGUAAAAAGGGCAUCAUACAGUACAAAGCCAUUAGGCAACAUAUUGAGAGGGUUACAAAACAACUUGCUGAGGAGGCUGUCUUGGCCGAGAUGGAGGAAGUGACUGUACAGCCAACCGAGGUUAUUACUGAGGAGACGGCUGUAACCAUUGUUGGUGUCAAGCCAGAAGAAGUUGAACCAACUGAAAUCACUCUUGAAAUAGCUCCUACAAAACCAGAGGAAGCAGUGCCGGGAGAAGUCUCCCUUGAAAUCAAAAUGCCGGUAGAGAAGAAGAAACCUAUGACUAAGGAAGAAGAGGAGGAGGAAGAAAUCUACCAACUUCUGAAGAAUGUUGAACCUGUUGAAUAUGAAAAGGUUCUACGUAAAAAGGGCAUCAUACAGUACAAAGCCAUUAGGCAACAUAUUGAGAGGGUUACAAAACAACUUGCUGAGGAGGCUGUCUUGGCCGAGAUGGAGGAAGUGACUGUACAGCCAACCGAGGUUAUUACUGAGGAGACGGCUGUAACCAUUGCUGGUGUCAAGCCAGAAGAAGUUGAACCAACUGAAAUCACUCUUGAAAUAGCUCCUACUAAAGUAGAGGAAGCAGUGCCGGGAGAAGUCUCCCUUGAAAUCAAAAUGCCAGUAGAGAAGAAGAAACCUAUGACUAAGGAAGAAGAGGAGAAGGGGGAAAUCUACCAACUUCUGAAGAAUGUUGAACCUGUUGAAUAUGAAAAGGUUCUACGUAAAAAGGGCAUCAUACAGUACAAAGCCAUUAGGCAACAUAUUGAAAGGGUUACAAAACAACUUGCUGAGGAGGCUGUCUUGGCCGAGUUGGAGGAAGUGACUGUACAGCCAACCGAGGUUAUUACUGAGGAGACGGCUGUAACCAUUGUUGGUGUCAAGCCAGAAGAAGUUGAACCAACUGAAAUCACUCUUGAAAUAACUCCUACUAUAAAACCAGAGGAAGCAGUGAUGGGAGAAGUCUCCCUUGAAAUCAAAAUGCCAGUAGAGAAGAAGAAACCUAUGACUAAGGAAGAAGAGGAGGAGGAAGAAAUCUACCAACUUCUGAAGAAUGUUGAACCUGUUGAGUAUGAAAAGGUUCUACGUAAAAAGGGCAUCAUACAGUACAAAGCCAUUAGGCAACAUAUUGAAAGGGUUACAAAACAACUUGCUGAGGAGGCUGUCUUGGCCGAGAUGGAGGAAGUGACUGUACAGCCAACCAAGGUUAUUACUGAGGAGAUGGCUGUAACCAUUGUUGGUGUCAAGCCAGAAGAAGUUGAACCAACUGAAAUCACUCUUGAAAUAGCUCCUACUAAACCAGAGGAAGCAGUGCCGGGAGAAGUCUCCCUUGAAAUCAAAAUGCCAGUAGAGAAGAAGAAACCUAUGACUAAGGAAGAAGAGGAACAGGAAGAAAUCUACCAACUUCUGAAGAAUGUUGAACCUGUUGAAUAUGAAAAGGUUCUACGUAAAAAGGGCAUCAUACAGUACAAAGCCAUUAGGCAACAUAUUGAAAGGGUUACAAAACAACUUGCUGAGGAGGCUGUCUUGGCCGAGAUGGAGGAAGUGACUGUACAGCCAACCGAGGUUAUUACUGAGGAGACGGCUGUAACCAUUGUUGGUGUCAAGCCAGAAGAAGUUGAACCAACUGAAAUCACUCUUGAAAUAGCUCCUACUAAACUAGAGGAAGCAGUGCCGGGAGAAGUCUCCCUUGAAAUCAAAAUGCCAGUAGAGAAGAAGAAACCUAUGACUAAGGAAGAAGAGGAGGAGGAAGAAAUCUACCAACUUCUGAAGAAUGUUGAACCUGUUGAAUAUGAAAAGGUUCUACGUAAAAAGGGUAUCAUACAGUACAAAGCCAUUAGGCAACAUAUUGAAAGGGUUACAAAACAACUUGCUGAGGAGGCUGUCUUGGCCGAGAUGGAGGAAGUGACUGUACAGCCAACCGAGGUUAUUACUGAGGAGACGGCUGUAACCAUUGUUGGUGUCAAGCCAGAAGAAGUUGAACCAACUGAAAUCACUCUUGAAAUAGCUCCUACUAAACUAGAGGAAGCAGUGCCAGGAGAAGUCUCCCUUGAAAUCAAAAUGCCAGUAGAGAAGAAGAAACCUAUGACUAAGGAAGAAGAGGAGGAGGAAGAAAUCUACCAACUUCUGAAGAAUGUUGAACCUGUUGAAUAUGAAAAGGUUCUACGUAAAAAGGGCAUCAUACAGUACAAAGCCAUUAGGCAACAUAUUGAGAGGGUUACAAAACAACUUGCUGAGGAGGCUGUCUUGGCUGAGAUGGAGGAAGUGACUGUACAGCCAACCGAGGUUAUUACUGAGGAGACGGCUGUAAUCAUUGUUGGUGUCAAGCCAGAAGAAGUUGAACCAACUGAAAUCACUCUUGAAAUAGCUCCUACAAAACCAGAGGAAGCAGUGCCGGGAGAAGUCUCCCUUGAAAUCAAAAUGCCGGUAGAGAAGAAGAAACCUAUGACUAAGGAAGAAGAGGAGGAGGAAGAAAUCUACCAACUUCUGAAGAAUGUUGAACCUGUUGAAUAUGAAAAGGUUCUACGUAAAAAGGGCAUCAUACAGUACAAAGCCAUUAGGCAACAUAUUGAGAGGGUUACAAAACAACUUGCUGAGGAGGCUGUCUUGGCCGAGAUGGAGGAAGUGACUGUACAGCCAACCGAGGUUAUUACUGAGGAGACGGCUGUAACCAUUGUUGGUGUCAAGCCAGAAGAAGUUGAACCAACUGAAAUCACUCUUGAAAUAGCUCCUACAAAACCAGAGGAAGCAGUGCCGGGAGAAGUCUCCCUUGAAAUCAAAAUGCCGGUAGAGAAGAAGAAACCUAUGACUAAGGAAGAAGAGGAGGAGGAAGAAAUCUACCAACUUCUGAAGAAUGUUGAACCUGUUGAAUAUGAAAAGGUUCUACGUAAAAAGGGCAUCAUACAGUACAAAGCCAUUAGGCAACAUAUUGAGAGGGUUACAAAACAACUUGCUGAGGAGGCUGUCUUGGCCGAGAUGGAGGAAGUGACUGUACAGCCAACCGAGGUUAUUACUGAGGAGAUGGCUGUAACCAUUGUUGGUGUCAAGCCAGAAGAAGUUGAACCAACUGAAAUCACUCUUGAAAUAGCUCCUACUAAACCAGAGGAAGCAGUGCCGGGAGAAGUCUCCCUUGAAAUCAAAAUGCCAGUAGAGAAGAAGAAACCUAUGACUAAGGAAGAAGAGGAACAGGAAGAAAUCUACCAACUUCUGAAGAAUGUUGAACCUGUUGAAUAUGAAAAGGUUCUACGUAAAAAGGGCAUCAUACAGUACAAAGCCAUUAGGCAACAUAUUGAAAGGGUUACAAAACAACUUGCUGAGGAGGCUGUCUUGGCCGAGAUGGAGGAAGUGACUGUACAGCCAACCGAGGUUAUUACUGAGGAGACGGCUGUAACCAUUGUUGGUGUCAAGCCAGAAGAAGUUGAACCAACUGAAAUCACUCUUGAAAUAGCUCCUACUAAACUAGAGGAAGCAGUGCCGGGAGAAGUCUCCCUUGAAAUCAAAAUGCCAGUAGAGAAGAAGAAACCUAUGACUAAGGAAGAAGAGGAGGAGGAAGAAAUCUGCCAACUUCUGAAGAAUGUUGAACCUGUUGAAUAUGAAAAGGUUCUACGUAAAAAGGGCAUCAUACAGUACAAAGCCAUUAGGCAACAUAUUGAAAGGGUUACAAAACAACUUGCUGAGGAGGCUGUCUUGGCCGAGAUGGAGGAAGUGACUGUACAGCCAACCGAGGUUAUUACUGAGGAGACGGCUGUAACCAUUGUUGGUGUCAAGCCAGAAGAAGUUGAACCAACUGAAAUCACUCUUAAAAUAGCUCCUACUAAACCAGAGGAAGCAGUACCGGAAGAAGUCUCCCUUGAAAUCAAAAUGCCGGAAGAGAAAAAGAAACCUAUGACUAAGGAAGAAGAGAAACAGGAAGAAAUCUACCAACUUCUGAAGAAUGUUGAACCUGUUGAAUAUGAAAAGGUUCUACGUAAAAAGGGCAUCAUACAGUACAAAGCCAUUAGGCAACAUAUUGAAAGGGUAACAAAACAACUUGCUGAGGAGGCUGUCUUGGCCGAGAUGGAGGAAGUGACUGUACAGCCAACCGAGGUUAUUACUGAGGAGACGGCUGUAACCAUUGUUGGUGUCAAGCCAGAAGAAGUUGAACCAACUGAAAUCACUCUUGAAAUAGCUCCUACUAAACCAGAGGAAGCAGUGCCAGGAGAAGUCUCCCUUGAAAUCAAAAUACCGGUAGAGAAGAAGAAACCUAUGACUAAGGAAGAAGAGGAGGAGGAAGAAAUCAACCAACUUCUGAAGAAUGUUGAACCUGUUGAAUAUGAAAAGGUUCUACGUAAAAAGGGCAUCAUACAGUACAAAGCCAUUAGGCAACAUAUUGAGAGGGUAACAAAACAACUUGCUGAGGAGGCUGUCUUGGCCGAGAUGGAGGAAGUGACUGUACAGCCAACCGAGGUUAUUACUGAGGAGACGGCUGUAACCAUUGUUGGUGUCAAGCCAGAAGAAGUUGAACCAACUGAAAUCACUCUUGAAAUAGCUCCUACUAAACCAGAGGAAGCAGUGCCUGGAGAAGUCUCCCUUGAAAUGAAAAUGCCAGUAGAGAAAAAGAAACCUAUGACUAAGGAAGAAGAGGAACAGGAAGAAAUCUACCAACUUCUGAAGAAUGUUGAACCUGUUGAAUAUGAAAAGGUUCUACGUAAAAAGGGCAUCAUACAGUACAAAGCCAUUAGGCAACAUAUUGAAAGGGUAACAAAACAACUUGCUGAGGAGGCUGUCUUGGCCGAGAUGGAGGAAGUGACUGUACAGCCAACCGAGGUUAUUACUGAGGAGACGGCUGUAACCAUUGUUGGUGUCAAGCCAGAAGAAGUUGAACCAACUGAAAUCACUCUUGAAAUAGCUCCUACUAAAUCAAAGGAAGCAGUGAUGGGAGAAGUCUCCCUUGAAAUCAAAAUGCCGGAAGAGAAAAAGAAACAUAUGACUAAGGAAGAAGAGGAGGAGGAAGAAAUCUACCAACUUCUGAAGAAUGUUGAACCUGUUGAAUAUGAAAAGGUUCUACGUAAAAAGGGCAUCAUACAGUACAAAGCCAUUAGGCAACAUAUUGAGAGGGUUACAAAACAACUUGCUGAGGAGGCUGUCUUGGCUGAGAUGGAGGAAGUGACUGUACAGCCAACCGAGGUUAUUACUGAGGAGACGGCUGUAACCAUUGUUGGUGUCAAGCCAGAAGAAGUUGAACCAACUGAAAUCACUCUUGAAAUAGCUCCUACUAAACCAGAGGAAGCAGUGCCGGGAGAAGUCUCCCUUGAAAUCAAAAUGCCAGUAGAGAAAAAGAAACCAAUGACUAAGGAAGAAGAGGAACAGGAAGAAAUCUACCAAAUUCUGAAGAAUGUUGAACCUGUUGAAUAUGAAAAGGUUCUACGUAAAAAGGGCAUUAUACAGUACAAAGCCAUUAGGCAACAUAUUGAAAGGGUAACAAAACAACUUGCUGAUGAGGCUGUCUUGGCCCAGAUGGAGGAAGUGACUGUACAGCCAACCGAGGUUAUUACUGAGGAGACGGCUGUAACCAUAGUUGGUGUCAAGCCAGAAGAAGUUGAACCAACUGAAAUCACUCUUGAAAUAGCUCCUACUAAACCAAAGGAAGCAGUGCCGGGAGAAGUAUCCCUUGAAAUCAAAAUGCCAGUAGAGAAAAAGAAACCUAUGACUAAGGAAGAAGAGGAGGAGGAAGAAAUCUACCAACUUCUGAAGAAUAUUGAACCUGUUGAAUAUGAAAAGGUUCUACGUAAAAAGGGCAUCAUACAGUACAAAGCCAUUAGGCAACAUAUUGAGAGGGUAACAAAACAACUUGCUGAGGAGGCUGUCUUGGCCGAGAUGGAGGAAGUGACUGUACAGCCAACCGAGGUUAUUACUGAGGAGACGGCUGUAACCAUUGUUGGUGUCAAGCCAGAAGAAGUUGAACCAACUGAAAUCACUCUUGAAAUAGCUCCUACUAAACCAAAGGAAGCAGUGCCGGGAGAAGUAUCCCUUGAAAUCAAAAUGCCAGUAGAGAAAAAGAAACCUAUGACUAAGGAAGAAGAGGAGGAGGAAGAAAUCUACCAACUUCUGAAGAAUGUUGAACCUGUUGAAUAUGAAAAGGUUCUACGGAAAAAGGGCAUCAUACAGUACAAAACCAUUAGGCAACAUAUUGAGAGGGUUACAAAACAACUUGCUGAGGAGGCUGUCUUGGCCGAGAUGGAGGAAGUGACUGUACAGCCAACCGAGGUUAUUACUGAGGAGACGGCUGUAACCAUUGUGGGUGUCAAGCCAGAAGAAGUUGAACCAACUGAAAUCACUCUUGAAAUAGCUCCUACUAAACCAGAGGAAGCACUUAUGGGAGAAGUCUCCCUUGAAAUCACAAUGCCGGGAGAGAAGAAGAAACCAAUGACUAAGGAAGAACAGGAUGAGGAAGAAAUCUACCAACUUCUGAAGAAUGUUGAACCUGUUGAAUAUGAAAACGUUUUAUGUAAGAAAGGCAUCACACAGUACAAAGUCAUUAGGCAACAUAUUGAUAUUGUUGAGGCACGUAAGAAAGAAGAAGAAUCUGCUGCAUACAAAUCUGAUUCUGCCGAUGUAUUUUUGAAAUUUGAAGAUGACCAAUCUACUAUUCAACACAUCAUUAAAAAAACAAAGGAUGGAAAGCUACCAGAAGAAAUGGAAAUCUCUCUUGAAAUAACUACAGAUCAGAUGCCGGUAGGAGACACAACUUCAACUGUCGAAGUUGUUACUAUUGAACCAUCUAAACCAGAAGAAGCGGCUCCCUCUGAAGUACAAAUUAAGAUCGCUCCUAAGAAACCUGAGGAGGAGGAAAAGGUCGAGAUUAAGAUCAUGAAAAAGAAACCAGAAGAAAAAGAAGAAGCUGUUGAGGUAAAGGUACCCGAAAAGAAGAAGCCUCUGACCAAAGAAGAAAAGGAAGCAGAAGAAGUCUUUGAACUUCUUAAGGAUGUACAACCCGAGCAGUAUGAAAAGGUUUUGAGAAAGAAAGGCGUCAUCCAGACUAAGGUCAUCAAGAAACACAUCGAGAUGGUUGAGAAACGUAAGGCCGAAGAAGCAACUCUGGAAGAAAUGGAGAUCACUCUGGACAAACCAACAGAAGCAGCACCAGAGGAGACAGUUGUUACUAUUGAACCAUCUAAACCAGAGGAAGCGGCUCCCACUAAAGUACAAAUUAAGAUCGCUCCUAAGAAACCAGAGGAGGAGGAAAAGGUCGAGGUUAAGAUCAUGAAAAAGAAACCAGAAGAAAAAGAAGAGGCUGUUGAGGUAAAGGUGCCUGAAAAGAAGAAACCUCUGACCAAAGAAGAAAAGGAAGCAGAAGAAGUCUUUGAACUUCUUAAGGAUGUACAACCCGAGCAGUAUGAAAAGGUUUUGAGGAAGAAAGGCGUCAUCCAGACUAAGAUCAUCAAGAAACACAUCGAGAUGGUUGAGAAACGUAAGGCUGAAGAAGCAACUCUGGAAGAAAUGGAGAUCACUCUUGACAAACCAACAGAAGCAGCACCAGAAGAAACAGUUGUUACCAUUGAACCAUCUAAACCAGAGGAAGCAGCUCUCACUGAAGUAGAAAUUAAGAUCGCUCCUAAGAAACCAGAGGAGGAAGAAAAAGUCGAGGUUGAGAUCAUGAAGAAGAAACCAGAAGACACAGAAGAGGUUGUUGAGGUAAAGGUACCCGAAAAGAAGAAGCCUCUGACCAAAGAAGAAAAGGAAGCAGAAGAAGUCUUUGAACUUCUUAAGGAUGUACAACCCGAGCAGUAUGAGAAGGUUUUGAGAAAGAAAGGCGUCAUCCAGACUAAGGUCAUCAAGAAACACAUCGAGAUGGUUGAAAAACGUAAGGCCGAAGAAGCAACUCUGGAAGAAAUGGAGAUCACUCUUGACAAACCAACAGAAGCAGCACCAGAAGAAACAGUUGUUACCAUUGAACCAUCUAAACCAGAGGAAGCAGCUCCAACUGAAGUACAAGUUAAGAUCGCUCCUAAGAAACCAGAGGAGGAGGAAAAGGUCGAGGUUAAGAUCAUGAAAAAGAAACCAGAAGAAAAAGAAGAGGCUGUUGAGGUGAAGGUACCCGAAAAGAAAAAGCCUCUGACCAAAGAAGAAAAGGAAGCAGAAGAAGUCUUUGAACUUCUUAAGGAUGUACAACCCGAGCAGUAUGAAAAGGUAUUGAGGAAGAAAGGCGUCAUCCAGACUAAGAUCAUCAAGAAACACAUCGAGAUGGUUGAGAAACGUAAGACAGAAGAAGCAACUCUGGAAGAAAUGGAGAUCACUCUGGACAAACCAACAGAAGCAGCACCAGAGGAGACAGUUGUUACUAUUGAACCAUCUAAACCAGAGGAAGCGGCUCCCACUGAAGUACAAAUUAAGAUCGCUCCUAAGAAACCAGAGGAGGAGGAAAAAGUUGAGAUUAAGAUCAUGAAGAAGAAACCAGAAGACACAGAAGAGGUUGUUGAGGUAAAGGUACCCGAAAAGAAGAAGCCUUUGACCAAAGAAGAAAAGGAAGCUGAAGAAGUCUUUGAACUUCUUAAGGAUGUACAACCCGAGCAGUAUGAAAAGGUUUUGAGGAAGAAAGGCGUCAUACAGACUAAAGUCAUCAAGAAACACAUCGAGAUGGUUGAAAAACGUAAGGCCGAAGAAGCAACUCUGGAAGAAAUGGAGAUCACUCUUGACAAACCAACAGAAGCAGCACCACAAGAAACAGUUGUAACUAUUGAACCAUCUAAACCAGAGGAAGCAGCUCUCACUGAAGUAGAAAUUAAGAUCGCUCCUAAGAAACCAGAGGAGGAGGAAAAGGUCGAGGUUAAGAUCAUGAAGAAGAAACCAGAAGACACAGAAGAGGUUGUUGAGGUAAAGGUACCCGAAAAGAAGAAGCCUUUGACCAAAGAAGAAAAGGAAGCUGAAGAAGUCUUUGAACUUCUUAAGGAUGUACAACCCGAGCAGUAUGAGAAGGUUUUGAGAAAGAAAGGCGUCAUCCAGACUAAGGUCAUCAAGAAACACAUCGAGAUGGUUGAAAAACGUAAGGCCGAAGAAGCAACUCUGGAAGAAAUGGAAAUCACUCUUGACAAACCAACAGAAGCAGCACCAGAAGAAACAGUUGUUACCAUUGAACCAUCUAAACCAGAGGAAGCAGCUCUCACUGAAGUAGAAAUUAAGAUCGCUCCUAAGAAACCAGAGGAGGAGGAAAAAGUUGAGAUUAAGAUCAUGAAGAAGAAACCAGAAGACACAGAAGAGGUUGUUGAGGUAAAGGUACCCGAAAAGAAGAAGCCUUUGACCAAAGAAGAAAAGGAAGCUGAAGAAGUCUUUGAACUUCUUAAGGAUGCACAACCCGAGCAGUAUGAAAAGGUUUUGAGGAAGAAAGGCGUCAUACAGACUAAAGUCAUCAAGAAACACAUCGAGAUGGUUGAAAAACGUAAGGCCGAAGAAGCAGCUCUGGAAGAAAUGGAGAUCACUCUUGACAAACCAACAGAAGCAGCACCAGAAGAAACAGUUGUAACUAUUGAACCAUCUAAACCAGAGGAAUCAGCUCUCACUGAAGUAGAAAUUAAGAUCGCUCCUAAGAAACCAGAGGAGGAGGAAAAGGUCGAGGUUAAGAUCAUGAAGAAGAAACCAGAAGACACAGAAGAGGUUGUUGAGGUAAAGAUACCCGAAAAGAAGAAGCCUUUGACCAAAGAAGAAAAGGAAGCUGUAGAAGUCUUUGAACUUCUUAAGGAUGUACAACCCGAGCAGUAUGAAAAGGUUUUGAGGAAGAAAGGUGUCAUACAGACUAAAGUCAUCAAGAAACACAUCGAGAUGGUUGAAAAACGUAAGGCCGAAGAAGCAACUCUGGAAGAAAUGGAGAUCACUCUUGACAAACCAACAGAAGCAGCACCAGAAGAAACAGUUGUUACUAUUGAACCAUCUAAACCAGAGGAAGCGGCUCCCACUGAAGUACAAAUUAAGAUCGCUCCUAAGAAACCAGAGGAGGAGGAAAAGGUCGAGGUUAAGAUCAUGAAGAAGAAACCAGAAGACACAGAAGAGGUUGUUGAGGUAAAGGUACCCGAAAAGAAGAAGCCUUUGACCAAAGAAGAAAAGGAAGCUGAAGAAGUCUUUGAACUUCUUAAGGAUGUACAACCCGAGCAGUAUGAGAAGGUUUUGAGAAAGAAAGGCGUCAUCCAGACUAAGGUCAUCAAGAAACACAUCGAGAUGGUUGAAAAACGUAAGGCCGAAGAAGCAACUCUGGAAGAAAUGGAGAUCACUCUUGACAAACCAACAGAAGCAGCACCAGAAGAAACAGUUGUUACCAUUGAACCAUCUAAACCAGAGGAAGCAGCUCUCACUGAAGUAGAAAUUAAGAUCGCUCCUAAGAAACCAGAGGAGGAGGAAAAAGUUGAGAUUAAGAUCAUGAAGAAGAAACCAGAAGACACAGAAGAGGUUGUUGAGGUAAAGGUACCCGAAAAGAAGAAGCCUUUGACCAAAGAAGAAAAGGAAGCAGAAGAAGUCUUUGAACUUCUUAAGGAUGUACAACCCGAGCAGUAUGAAAAGGUUUUGAGGAAGAAAGGUGUCAUACAGACUAAAGUCAUCAAGAAACACAUCGAGAUGGUUGAAAAACGUAAGGCCGAAGAAGCAACUCUGGAAGAAAUGGAGAUCACUCUUGACAAACCAACAGAAGCAGCACCAGAAGAAACAGUUGUUACUAUUGAACCAUCUAAACCAGAGGAAGCGGCUCCCACUGAAGUACAAAUUAAGAUCGCUCCUAAGAAACCAGAGGAGGAGGAAAAGGUCGAGGUUAAGAUCAUGAAGAAGAAACCAGAAGACACAGAAGAGGUUGUUGAGGUAAAGGUACCCGAAAAGAAGAAGCCUUUGACCAAAGAAGAAAAGGAAGCUGAAGAAGUCUUUGAACUUCUUAAGGAUGUACAACCCGAGCAGUAUGAGAAGGUUUUGAGAAAGAAAGGCGUCAUCCAGACUAAGGUCAUCAAGAAACACAUCGAGAUGGUUGAAAAACGUAAGGCCGAAGAAGCAACUCUGGAAGAAAUGGAGAUCACUCUUGACAAACCAACAGAAGCAGCACCAGAAGAAACAGUUGUUACCAUUGAACCAUCUAAACCAGAGGAAGCAGCUCUCACUGAAGUAGAAAUUAAGAUCGCUCCUAAGAAACCAGAGGAGGAGGAAAAAGUUGAGAUUAAGAUCAUGAAGAAGAAACCAGAAGACACAGAAGAGGUUGUUGAGGUAAAGGUACCCGAAAAGAAGAAGCCUUUGACCAAAGAAGAAAAGGAAGCAGAAGAAGUCUUUGAACUUCUUAAGGAUGUACAACCCGAGCAGUAUGAAAAGGUUUUGAGGAAGAAAGGCGUCAUACAGACUAAAGUCAUCAAGAAACACAUCGAGAUGGUUGAAAAACGUAAGGCCGAAGAAGCAACUCUGGAAGAAAUGGAGAUCACUCUUGACAAACCAACAGAAGCAGCACCAGAAGAAACAGUUGUAACUAUUGAACCAUCUAAACCAGAGGAAGCAGCUCUCACUGAAGUAGAAAUUAAGAUCGCUCCUAAGAAACCAGAGGAGGAGGAAAAGGUCGAGGUUAAGAUCAUGAAGAAGAAACCAGAAGACACAGAAGAGGUUGUUGAGGUAAAGGUACCCGAAAAGAAGAAGCCUUUGACCAAAGAAGAAAAGGAAGCUGUAGAAGUCUUUGAACUUCUUAAGGAUGUACAACCCGAGCAGUAUGAAAAGGUUUUGAGGAAGAAAGGUGUCAUACAGACUAAAGUCAUCAAGAAACACAUCGAGAUUGUUGAAAAACGUAAGGCCGAAGAAGCAACUCUUGAAGAAAUGGAGAUCACUCUGGACAAACCAACAGAAGCAGCACCAGAGGAGACAGUUGUUACUAUUGAACCAUCUAAACCAGAGGAAGCGGCUCCCACUGAAGUACAAAUUAAGAUCGCUCCUAAGAAACCAGAGGAGGAGGAAAAAGUUGAGAUUAAGAUUAUGAAGAAGAAACCAGAAGACACAGAAGAGGUUGUUGAGGUAAAGGUACCCGAAAAGAAGAAGCCUUUGACCAAAGAAGAAAAGGAAGCUGAAGAAGUCUUUGAACUUCUUAAGGAUGUACAACCCGAGCAGUAUGAGAAGGUUUUGAGAAAGCAAGGCCUCAUCCAGACUAAGGUCAUCAAGAAACACAUCGAGAUGGUUGAAAAACGAAAGGCCGAAGAAGCAACUCUGGAAGAAAUGGAGAUCACUCUUGACAAACCAACAGAAGCAGCACCAGAAGAAACAGUUGUUACCAUUGAACCAUCUAAACCAGAGGAAGCAGCUCUCACUGAAGUAGAAAUUAAGAUCGCUCCUAAGAAACCAGAGGAGGAGGAAAAGGUCGAGGUUAAGAUCAUGAAGAAGAAACCAGAAGACACAGAAGAGGUUGUUGAGGUAAAGGUACCCGAAAAGAAGAAGCCUUUGACCAAAGAAGAAAAGGAAGCUGAAGAAGUCUUUGAACUUCUUAAGGAUGUACAACCCGAGCAGUAUGAGAAGGUUUUGAGAAAGAAAGGCGUCAUCCAGACUAAGGUCAUCAAGAAACACAUCGAGAUGGUUGAAAAACGUAAGGCCGAAGAAGCAACUCUGGAAGAAAUGGAGAUCACUCUUGACAAACCAACAGAAGCAGCACCAGAAGAAACAGUUGUUACCAUUGAACCAUCUAAACCAGAGGAAGCAGCUCUCACUGAAGUAGAAAUUAAGAUCGCUCCUAAGAAACCAGAGGAGGAGGAAAAAGUUGAGAUUAAGAUCAUGAAGAAGAAACCAGAAGACACAGAAGAGGUUGUUGAGGUAAAGGUACCCGAAAAGAAGAAGCCUUUGACCAAAGAAGAAAAGGAAGCUGAAGAAGUCUUUGAACUUCUUAAGGAUGUACAACCCGAGCAGUAUGAAAAGGUUUUGAGGAAGAAAGGCGUCAUACAGACUAAAGUCAUCAAGAAACACAUCGAGAUGGUUGAAAAACGUAAGGCCGAAGAAGCAACUCUGGAAGAAAUGGAGAUCACUCUUGACAAACCAACAGAAGCAGCACCAGAAGAAACAGUUGUUACCAUUGAACCAUCUAAACCAGAGGAAGCAGCUCUCACUGAAGUAGAAAUUAAGAUCGCUCCUAAGAAACCAGAGGAGGAGGAAAAAGUUGAGAUUAAGAUCAUGAAGAAGAAACCAGAAGACACAGAAGAGGUUGUUGAGGUAAAGGUACCCGAAAAGAAGAAGCCUUUGACCAAAGAAGAAAAGGAAGCUGAAGAAGUCUUUGAACUUCUUAAGGAUGUACAACCCGAGCAGUAUGAGAAGGUUUUGAGAAAGAAAGGCGUCAUCCAGACUAAGGUCAUCAAGAAACACAUCGAGAUGGUUGAAAAACGUAAGGCCGAAGAAGCAACUCUGGAAGAAAUGGAGAUCACUCUUGACAAACCAACAGAAGCAGCACCAGAAGAAACAGUUGUUACCAUUGAACCAUCUAAACCAGAGGAAGCAGCUCUCACUGAAGUAGAAAGUAAGAUCGCUCCUAAGAAACCAGAGGAGGAGGAAAAGGUCGAAGUUAAGAUCAUGAAGAAGAAACCAGAAGACACAGAAGAGGUUGUUGAGGUAAAGGUACCCGAAAAGAAGAAGCCUUUGACCAAAGAAGAAAAGGAAGCUGAAGAAGUCUUUGAACUUCUUAAGGAUGUACAACCCGAGCAGUAUGAAAAGGUUUUGAGGAAGAAAGGUGUCAUACAGACUAAAGUCAUCAAGAAACACAUCGAGAUUGUUGAAAAACGUAAGGCCAAAGAAGCAACUCUGGAAGAAAUAGAGAUCACUCUGGACAAACCAACAGAAGCAGCACCAGAGGAGAGAGUUGUUACUAUUGAACCAUCUAAACCAGAGGAAGCGGCUCCCACUGAAGUUCAAAUUAAGAUCGCUCCUAAGAAACCAGAGGAGGAGGAAAAAGUUGAGAUUAAGAUCAUGAAGAAGAAACCAGAAGACACAGAAGAGGUUGUUGAGGUAAAGGUACCCGAAAAGAAGAAGCCUCUGACCAAAGAAGAAAAGGAAGCAGAAGAAGUCUUUAAACUUCUUAAGGAUGUACAACCCGAGCAGUAUGAAAAGGUUUUGAGGAAGAAAGGUGUCAUACAGACUAAAGUCAUCAAGAAACACAUCGAGAUGGUUGAAAAACGUAAGGCCGAAGAAGCAACUCUGGAAGAAAUGGAGAUCACUCUUGACAAACCAACAGAAGCAGCACCAGAGGAAACAGUUGUUACUAUUGAACCAUCUAAACCAGAGGAAGCGGCUCCCACUGAAGUAGAAUUUGAGAUCGCUCCUAAAAAACCAGAGGAGGAGGAAAAGGCUGAGGUUAAGAUCAUGAAAAAGAAACCUGAAGACAAAGAAGAGGCUGUUGAGGUAAAGAUGCCCGAAAAGAAGAAGCCUUUGACCAAAGAAGAAAAGGAAGCAGAAGAAGUCUUUGAGCUUUUAAAGAACGUUGAACCUAAAGAUUAUGAAAAGAUUUUGAGGAAAAAGGGUAUCAUCCAAAUGAAGCUUAUUCGGAAACAUAUUGAUGCAGUAGAGAAGCGCAAAGCAGAGGAAACUGCAAAGCUUGCUUCUCAGGAGGUAGAAACUGAGGUCACCCUUAAAGUUUCAGAAGAGGCACCAUCUGAAAUUGUUGAAGCAUCGGUCAUUGAACCUGUUGAAGCUGCACCAGUAGAGUCUGCUCCCGUUGAGGCGGUCCCUGAAAAGAAAUUUAAACCAGAGGAAUGGAAAUUCACAGAGGAUCUCAAACCUUCUAAGGGCUUCAAGGGAGACACAUGCGAACUCAUGUGUGAAGUCAAUGACGAAAAUGCAGUUGUUGAAUGGGUCAAACAUGGCAAGGUUCUGAAGUCAGGUGACAAGUACGAGCUGAAGGAAGAUGGUACCAAGAGAAUUCUUGUGAUCAAAGAUGCUGUCCCCGUUGAUGGCGCUAGAUAUACAUGCCAGCUUCCAAAGACUAAAACCGCUGCAUCCCUUGAUGUCCAAAUCCCGGCCAAGAUUGUGGGAGAGUUAAAACCACUGACUAUUACCGAAAGGGAAACUGCCGAGCUCAUCUGUGAGGUGAGCAAUUCUAAGACUGACUUCACAUGGCUCAAAAAUGGCGAACCUAUCGAUGUGUCCCUCGACAAGUAUGAAGUCAAAGACGAAGGUCGCCGCAAGAAAUUGAGGAUCAAGAAUAUCAGUCCAGAGGAUGCUGCGGAAUACACCUGCCAACUUCCUCGAGAUACCUCAACAAUGAAUUUGACAGUUGAAGAAACCAUUAAGAUCACCAAGCCUCCCGAAGACGUAGACUCUCGUGAAAAACAGACCGCUACGUUUGUCUGCGAGCUUUCUGGCGAUGCAGCUAAGGCAGAUAUCAAGUGGAAGAAGGGUGGUCAAAUCGUGAGAAAGGACAAACGCCACAAGAUCAUCAAUGAGGGGCUUGUUUCGACCCUAUUGAUUGAGGAUCUGUCACCAUCUGAUGCAGGAAAAUAUUCUGUCCUGGUAGAUAACAUUGAUGUCCCCUUCAAUCUGAGUGUCCAAGCCUUGAAGCCACCUGUAUUUACUACUAAACCAAAAGCUGUAGACACACAAGAGGGUAUGUCUGCUGUAUUCCGGUAUGUCGUCACGGGUUACCCUGUACCUGAAAUAAAGUUUACCAAAGACUGGAAGGAAAUCACGCCAGAAAACUCUGACGUCACUUACCAGUUUGAUGAAGCCACCCGAGAACACAAGAUCAUUUUCCAUGAGGUAACACCCAAGGAUGCUGGAAAGUAUAUGGUGAUUGCCAAGAAUGAGUCCGGAGAAGUAAAGCAGGCUGUUUCCAUGAUGGUGACCCCAAGACCUCCUGAAGAGAUCAUGAAGAGAAAGAUGUCUCUCAAAGCACGUGCAUCAGAGGGAGAGAUUAGUGAGGAAGGAGAGAUAGACAUUGAGGAAAUCCUCAAAGAUAUUCAACCCAAAGACUAUGAGACAGUUCUCAAGAAACAUGGCAUCUAUGACUUCCGUGCAAUCCUCAAACACCUCCAAGCGAUGAAACAAAGGGCGGAGCAACCAACGGAACUGGAAACAGUCAUGGAGGAACCAGAGAUUCCUGAACAACUUGAAUCCCUGGAACUGGCUGCUCUUGAGAUGGCGCAAGCUCCGAUGGUCAUGGGAAGAGGGAAACCGGAAGAAAGUGAGCGAAUGUCCCAGGCCGAGAUGUUCAGAUCUUUGUUGGACAUCGCUACCAAGUUAUCGGACGAUACCACAUUGGCAGCUGCUGAGGAACCAAGUAGCAUCAAAGAGAGCAGGGAAGAGAUGCUUCUUUGUAAACCCCUAGAAGAAGAGGAACCUAUAAAGACCGAACCUGAAGAGGUUAAAGAAGAGGUUGUCUUGCCCAUUGCUACACCAAAGGUUGAAGCUGGUGCUGAAAUUGAUCUCCAGGCGCCAAAAGAACUGGAAACUCUUAUUGCUGAAGGAGAAGAUGUUACUCCUUUGGCUGAUGCCAAGGUGCCAGAGAAAAUUGCUGCCAAAUUUGAGUGUGAUGUAUCUGGUGAUGUCAAAGAUGAAGACAUUAUUUGGAUGAAGGAUGGCAAGGAGAUCACCCCAGAUGAAAAGUUCCAAGUCAAACGUGAUGGUCGUCGUCUCUCUCUGACCAUCCAAGACACAGCUCCACAAGAUAGUGGCCAGUAUACCAUCAAGAUUGGUGACAAGACACAAAAAGCCGACCUUAAAGUCCAAGCUGCCGAGUUUGUCAAACCACUCAAUAACACAUCUGCCGCCGAGUAUGAUGAAACUAUUGUCCUUGAAUGUGAGCUUUCCAACGAGCUUGUUCCUUGCCAGUGGUAUAAGGAUGACACGCCUGUCACAAUGGGACCAAAGGUAGAGGUCAUUGAUGAUGGAAAGAAGAGGAAGUUGGUUCUCCAUGAUGUUCGUCCAGAAGAUGCAGGGAACUUCCGCUGUGUGGUGGGUGACAAAGAGUCCUCAGCUACACUUGACGUUAAAGCUUCUGAGAUAAUGAAGCCUCUAGCGGAAGUCAUAGCUCCUGAAUUUGCCGAGACUGCCGUGCUAGAGUGUGAGGUCUCCCACCCGAAAACCGAGGCCACCUGGCUUAAGGACGGUCAGCCCAUAACACCCGAGGAGCUGGCCAGUAAGAAGUAUGAGGUGGUCAGUGAUGGACGCAAGAGACGUCUCAUUAUUCAUGAUGUUGUCAAGGAUGAUAACGCUGAGUUCACAUGCAAGGUUGGAGACAACCAAACUGCAGCCAAUGUCAAUGUCAAAGUACCAUCUAUCAUCAAACCCUUGGAGGACACCACCACACCCCUUGAGACCACUGUGGUCCUGGAAUGUGAGGUGGACAAUGAGAAGGCUCCUGUGAAAUGGAUGAAGAAUGGCAAAGAGAUCACCAAGAUGCCAAAGUACCUCAUGGAAUCCAAGGGGAAGAAGCGCCGUUUGACCAUCUUCGAGACAAUACCGGAGGACGAGGGAGAGUAUACUUGCGUAGUGGGAGACGAAUCAACAGUGGCUGUGCUUGCUGUCGAGCCUGCCCCCAUCGAGUUCCUGUCUGAAAUACAACCCUUCCAAGCCGUCGAGGAUGAGUCUGCUGUCUUCACCUGUGAGAUCUCAGAUGAGAAUGCAGAGGUCACCUGGCUGAAGAACGGUGAGGAGAUCAAACCAGAUGACGAGAAGUAUGAGUUUGUUGUCAGUGGAAAGAAACGCGGUCUUAAGAUCAAAUCAACCGAUGUAUCUGACAAUGCAGAAUUCACGUGCAAGACAAAGGAUAAAACAUCAUUAGCUUCCCUCACUGUAACUGAGAAACCAGUCGAGUUCCUCGCGCCUCUACCGACGGAGCAAUCUGCCAUCCCUGGUGAUGAAAUCACCUUUGAAGUUGAACUUUCCAAGGACACAGAGGAUGUGUUCUGGCUCAAAGAUGGCAAGAAGAUCAUGCCAGGUGACAAUGUCAAGAUCGUCAAAGAUGGCAAGAAGCAUAAACUGAUCAUCAAAAAGGUUGACUUUGAUGACGAUGCAGUCUACAGCUUCAAUGCUGGAGAUCAGAAGUGUGAUUGCAACCUGAAAGUAUCAGCUCCUCCAAAGAUCAAUGUGGAUCCUAAACUGACAAAUAUUAGCGUCAAGGCUGGCACAAAGAUCGCUAUCGAAGCAACAGUCACUGGUUCACCUGCUGCUGUGACAACAUGGUCAAAGGGCGAGACACCAAUCGAAUCCACCAAGAGAUUCAAGAUCGAAGCAGGAAAAGGACCCAAGGCUUCGAUCAGACUGACCAUUGACAAGACAGAGAGGUCAGAUCUUGGAACCUACACACUGACUGCAGCCAAUGACUUAGGAACAGAUACUGCAAUCAUUGCCAUUAUAGUCCUUGAUAAACCACAACCACCAACCAACCUGUCCAUAACAGAGACCACGCCUGAAUCUGUAACGCUGGUUUGGACUGCACCAGAGGAUGACGGCGGCAGUCCAGUCAUUGAUUUCAUCAUUGAAAAGCGGGACAUGAAAAGAAACACGUGGACCAAGGUUGACUCCACAUCUGAACUUACCAGCAGGGUUCCUAAGCUUGUGGAAGGUAAUGAGUACCUGUUCCGUGUCAGUGCCAGGAACGAGUUGGGAACCAGUGAACCAAUUACUACCUCAGAACCAGUUACUGCUAAGUAUCAGUUUGACGUACCACAUGCUCCAGGCAAACCAGAGACAUCAGAUGUCAUUCAUACAGAGAUGACAAUAACAUGGACCCCACCUGACUUCAACGGUGGCAGCGAGAUCACUGGCUACAUCAUUGAAAGGAAAGAAGCAGAUAAGACACGAUGGGUGAAGAUCACUAAAGAACCUGUCACUGAACUGACCUUCCGUGCCAAGGACUUGAUUGAAGGAACCAGCUAUGAGUUUAGAGUGUAUGCCAUUAACAAGGCUGGUACAAGCAAGCCAAGUGAGCCAUCAACACCUACCAAGGCUAAGGCUCCUUAUGAUGUGCCAGGAGCUCCUGAAAAACCAUCCUGUGAGAACAUCAACAAAACUACCAUCACAGUAUCCUGGACCCCUCCAGGGGAUGACGGUGGCUCGCCCGUCACUGGGUAUAUCAUUGAGCGUUGUGAUGUCUCCAGGGGUCGCUGGGUCAAAUGUAACAGUGAUAAAGUCACUGAACUUACCUUCACUGUCUCUGAUCUGACAGAUGGUGGACAAUAUCAGUUCAGGGUGUCUGCAGAGAAUGCUGCAGGAGUUGGAAAACCAAGCCCUGUUUCUGAUACCUUCACAGCGAAGCUACCAUUUGAUGCCCCUGGAGCCCCAGGUAAGCCACAGGUCACUGAGUACAACAUCACCAAGAUGACAAUCACUUGGACUCCUCCUGAAUCAGAUGGUGGUAGCCCAAUUACUGGAUACAUUGUAGAACGCAAAGAGAAGACUUCAUCUCGAUGGGUCCGUGUCACAAAGGAGACAGUUACUGAGACGACGCUCACAGUAACUGGUUUGACUGAGGGUUCCGAGUACCAGUUCAGAAUCAUUGCUGAGAACUUAGCAGGUCCCGGACCUGCUAGUGAGCCAUCCGAUCUGCAGAAGGCCAAGCUGCCAUUUGAUGUUCCCUCUGCACCUGGAAAGCCAGACAUCACUUCUGUUGAUAAGACAGAGAUGGAACUAACCUGGACUGUACCAGAAUCUGAUGGUGGCAGUCCAAUCACUGGUUAUACCAUCGAAAAGAAGGAGAAGACUGGAAAGUGGACAAAGGCUAUCAAAACCGUGGUUACUGAGACAACAACUACUGUGACAAACUUGAGUGAGAAGAAGGAAUACCAAUUUAGGGUUGCAGCCAUUAAUCUUGCUGGAACUGGUCCUUUCAGUGAACCCUCGGACAACAAAAUGGCCAAGGCACCUUAUGAUGUACCUGGCCCACCUUCUAAACCUACUACUGAAAACAUCAACAAGACAACAAUUACAGUUACCUGGACACCUCCAGAAAACGAUGGCGGUUCUCCUGUCAUGGGCUACAUUGUUGAGAAGUGUGAGGCAGCCCGAGGUCGCUGGGUGAAGUGUAAUAAAGAUCUAGUGACUGAACUGACACUGACCAUAUCUGACCUGCACGAAGGUAACGAAUAUCAGUUCAGAGUGUCAGCUGAGAAUGCAGCAGGAGUUGGUCAACCAAGUCCACCAUCAGACACUGUGAAGGCCAAGUUGCCAUUCGAUGCCCCUGGAGCCCCAGAUAAACCACAGGUCACUGAGUACAACAUCACCAAGAUGACAAUCACUUGGACUCCUCCUGAAUCAGAUGGUGGUAGUCCAAUUACAGGAUACACUGUAGAACGCAAAGAGAAGACUUCAUCUCGAUGGGUCCGUGUCACAAAGGAAACAGUUACUGAGACAACACUCACAGUAACUGGUCUGACUGAGGGUUCUGAAUACCAGUUCAGAAUCAUUGCUGAGAACUUAGCAGGUCCCGGACCUGCUAGUGAACCAUCUGAUCUACAGAAGGCCAAGUUGCCAUUUGAUGUUCCCUCUGCACCUGGAAAACCAGACAUCACUUCUUUUGACAAGACGGAGAUGGAACUAACCUGGACUUUACCAGAAUCAGAUGGUGGCAGCCCUAUCACUGGUUAUACCAUCGAGAAGAAGGAGAAGACUGGAAAAUGGACAAAGGCCAUCAAAGCGGUUGUUACUGAGACAACAACAACUGUCACAAGCUUGAUUGAGAAGAAAGAAUACCAAUUCAGGGUAGCAGCCAUCAACCUGGCAGGAACUGGUCCAUUCAGUGAACCCUCAGACAACAAAAUGGCCAAAGCACCAUAUGAUGUACCUGGCCCACCUUCUAAACCUACUACUGAAAACAUCAACAAGACAACAAUUACAGUUACCUGGACACCUCCAGAAAACGAUGGCGGCUCUCCCAUCAAGGGCUACAUCGUUGAGAGAUGUGAGGCAGCCCGAGGUCGCUGGGUGAAGUGUAAUAAAGAUCUAGUGACUGAACUGACACUGACCAUAUCUGACCUGCACGAAGGUAACGAAUAUCAGUUCAGAGUGUCAGCUGAGAAUGCAGCAGGAGUUGGUCAACCAAGUCCACCAUCAGACACUGUGAAAGCCAAGUUGCCAUUCGAUGCCCCUGGAGCCCCAGGUAAACCACAGGUCACUGAGUACAACAUCACCAAGAUGACAAUCACUUGGACUCCUCCUGAAUCAGAUGGUGGUAGUCCAAUUACAGGAUACACUGUAGAACGCAAAGAGAAGACUUCAUCUCGAUGGGUCCGUGUCACAAAGGAAACAGUUACUGAGACAACACUCACAGUAACUGGUCUGACUGAGGGUUCUGAAUACCAGUUCAGAAUCAUUGCUGAGAACUUAGCAGGUCCCGGACCUGCUAGUGAACCAUCUGAUCUACAGAAGGCCAAGUUGCCAUUUGAUGUUCCCUCUGCACCUGGAAAACCAGACAUCACUUCUUUUGACAAGACGGAGAUGGAACUAACCUGGACUUUACCAGAAUCAGAUGGUGGCAGCCCUAUCACUGGUUAUACCAUCGAGAAGAAGGAGAAGACUGGAAAAUGGACAAAGGCCCUAAAAACGGUUGUUACUGAGACAACAACAACUGUCACAAGCUUGAUUGAGAAGAAAGAAUACCAAUUCAGGGUAGCAGCCAUCAACCUGGCAGGAACUGGUCCAUUCAGUGAACCCUCAGACAACAAAAUGGCCAAAGCACCAUAUGAUGUACCUGGCCCACCUUCUAAACCUACUACUGAAAACAUCAACAAGACAACAAUCACAGUUACCUGGACACCUCCAGAAAAUGAUGGCGGUUCUCCUGUCAUGGGCUACAUCGUUGAGAGAUGUGAGGCAGCCCGAGGUCGCUGGGUGAAGUGUAAUAAAGAUCUAGUGACUGAACUGACACUGACCAUAUCUGACCUGCAUGAAGGUAACGAGUACCAGUUCAGAGUGUCAGCUGAGAAUGCAGCAGGAGUUGGUCAACCAAGUCCACCAUCAGACACUGUGAAAGCCAAGUUGCCAUUCGAUGCCCCUGGAGCCCCAGGUAAACCACAGGUCACUGCGUACAACAUCACCAAGAUGACAAUCACUUGGACCCCUCCUGAAUCAGAUGGUGGUAGCCCAAUUACUGGAUACAUUGUAGAACGCAAAGAGAAGACUUCAUCUCGAUGGGUCCGUGUCACAAAGGAGACAGUUACUGAGACAACACUCACAGUAACUGGCCUGACUGAGGAUUCUGAAUAUCAGUUCAGAAUCAUUGCUGAGAACUUAGCAGGUCCUGGACCUGCAAGUGAGCCCUCCAAUCUACAAAAAGCCAAGUUGCCAUUUGAUGCUCCUUCAGCUCCAGGAAAGCCAGAAGUGACAUCAGCAGAUAAAACACAGAUGGAACUCACCUGGACUGUGCCUGAUUCAGAUGGUGGAAGCCCAAUCACGGGAUACAUCAUCCAGAAGAUGGAAAACAAUGGCAAAUGGACACAGUCCUUGAAGACAACCACUACUGAGACUAAAGUUACUAUCAAGAGUCUGAUCGAGAAGAAGGAAUAUGAGUUCCGUGUUGCAGCUGUUAACCUUGCUGGCACUGGUCCCUUCAGCCAACCAUCAGAUUCCAAAAUUGCAAAAGCACCAUAUGACGUUCCUGGUCCUCCUGGAAAGCCAAACAUACUGGAAGUGGACAGCACAUCAAUGACAAUAACCUGGACACCACCUGAAAAUGAUGGUGGUUCCCCAGUCACAGGCUAUGUGGUGGAGAAGAGAGAUCGCGUGUCUUCAAGAUGGACAAAGGUCAAGGAGACAUCGAUCGAGGAGGUGGUGUACACGAUCAUUGACCUCAAGGAAGGCAACGACUACCAAUUCAGGGUUUCGGCUGAAAACAAAGCUGGCAUUGGUAAACCCAGUGAGCCAUCUGACCAGCGCAGGGCCAAACCACCUUAUGAUGUACCAGGACCACCAGGCAUUCCAGACAUCAGUGAUGUUGACAAGACCCGCAUGACCCUAACAUGGACACCACCUACAGAUGAUGGCGGUGCUGAAAUCCUGGGCUACAUUGUGGAGAAAUGCGAUGCCGAUCGUAAACGUUGGACCAAGGCCCACAAAGAAGACCUUGUCACUGAACUAACACUCACUCUCAAUGACCUCACAGAGGGUAAAAACUACAUGUUUAGGGUCAGUGCUGAAAACGCCGCAGGUGUUGGCGAAUCAAGUCCAGCUACCCAACCAAAGAAGGCUAAGCCACCUUAUGAUGAGCCUGGCCCUCCUCCUCCUCCUACACCAACCAAUGUGGAUCGAACCUCUGUCCAUCUCACUUGGUUACCUCCUGAUGAUGACGGUGGUUCCGAGGUUACAGGCUACAUCAUUGAAAAGAGGGAUAAAUCUCGCGAUAAGUGGGCUAAUGUCAACAAGGAACCUGUUCCUGAGACCAGCUUCACUGUUACAGGACUGACAGAAGAUGCCAUCUAUGAUUUCCGUGUCAGUGCUGUGAACAUAGCUGGUGUAGGACCACCAAGUCUGCCUUCUGAGACAAUCAAGUCCAAACUACCAUUUGAUGUUCCUGGAGCACCUAGUACACCUGUUCCAUCUGACAUUACCGAGACAUCAGUUCAUCUAGAAUGGGCACCUCCUUCCAGCAAUGGUGGUGCGGAAAUCACAGAGUACAUCAUUGAGCGGAAGGACCGCUUCUCUUCCCGUUGGACCAAGGCUGGCCAGACGCAAGGAGAUACUGUCACAAUCACUCUCAAAGACCUAAAGGAAGGGAAUGAAUAUCAGUUCAGAGUGAUUGCUGUCAAUCCAGCUGGGCCUGGGAGUCCCAGUGAUGCCUGUAAACCAUUUGUGGCCAAGCCUCCAUAUGAUGUUCCUGAUGCACCAGGUAAACCAACACCCUCUGACUUAUCUCCAACCUCUGUAACCUUAACCUGGACACCUCCGGCUUCUGAUGGUGGAAGCCCUAUCACAGGCUACACUGUGGAGAUGAAGGAUAAGUUCAGCUCCCGUUGGACAAAGGCCAUCAGAGAAUUGAUUUCAGAAACCACUGUAGUCAUCCCAAAUCUUAAAGAGAAAGAGGAGUAUCAGUUCCGAGUGAUUGCAGAGAAUAAGGCUGGACAAAGUAAACCAAGCCCAGAACUUCAGGUUACAGCCAAAUAUCCAUUUGAACCACCUCAAGCACCAACUAUACACAAUGUCACCAGAGAGUCUCCCAUUUCUGCUACCAUCAAGUGGUCCCCUCCCAAAUCAGAUGGAGGAUCUGAGAUCACCGGCUAUGUCUUGGAAAAGAAGGAAAAGAUGUCUCCACGUUGGUCUCCUGUGACCGAAUCUGAGACCGAGACGUCUUUCACGGUGAAAGGACUGCCAGAUGGUGAGAACGUGGAAUUCAGGGUCAGCGCUGUCAACAAAGCCGGCACUGGAAAACCAAGUCAGGUAGCAACAUUAGCUGCCAAGCCACCAAGUGCUCCUGAAGCACCCGAGAUCAGUGACAUUGACAAGACAUCAGCCUCGGUGACGUGGACAGCGCCCUCAUCUGAUGGAGGUAGCACAAUCACGGGUUACACCAUAGAGCGAAGGGAGAAAGGAAGAGAUCGCUGGGUGAGGGUCAACAAGAGCCCGGUGAAGGAUACUACCUUGAAAGUCAAUGAUCUUACAGAAAAGAACCAGUAUGAGUUCAGAGUCAUUGCUGAAAACAAAGUUGGUGCUGGCGAACCCAGCAGCCCAUCAUCAAGAUUUACGGCCAAGGCUCCAUUUGAUGAACCAGAGCCUCCUUACUCCCUUGCUGCAUCUGACAUCACUCCAACAUCUGCCACACUGUCUUGGUUACCACCUGACUCUGAUGGAGGCAGGCCUAUACUAGGCUACACCCUGGAGACCAAGGACAAGUUCAGCUCUCGCUGGACUAAAGUCAACAAGGACCUUCUCCCAGAUACCUCCUUCAGUGUGACCAACCUCCAGGAGAACAAUGAGUAUGUGUACCGUGUCAUCGCAGAGAACAAGGCUGGCCCAAGUAAACCAAGUCAUGAAUGCAAGUUCAUCGCCAAACACCAGUUUGAAACACCAGAAGCACCCGGAUAUGUUGUUGCUAAGGAUACUACCCCUACCUCUGCCAUCAUCACAUGGAAAGAGCCCUCGUAUGACGGCGGUAGUCCAAUUACGGGUUACACCGUCGAAAUGAAGGAGCCAUACAGCACAAGGUGGACCCCAGUCAACAGAGAACCGAUCAAUGAGACGGAACUACUAGUGAAGAAGUUGAAAGAGAAUGAGAACUACCAAUUCCGCGUGGUGGCCCAUAACCUCGCUGGGCCGGGCAAACCGAGUCAAUCGGUCAAUGUCACUGCAAAAUUCCCAUUUGAGGCUCCAAAACCGCCAGCUCCCCCAGAAGUAAAACGUCUCUCACCAACGUCCGUCCAACUCAAUUGGACAGCACCCACAUCCGAUGGUGGCUCAGAGGUCACUGGCUACAUCAUUGAAAAGAAGGACAAGACCGGUCGAUGGUCACCUGUGACAUCAGACUCCGUUGAAGACACAACCUUCACUGUCAAGGGAUUGAAAGAAGGAGAGGACGUGGAGUUCAGGGUCAGUGCCAUCAACAAGGCAGGUACUGGUAAACCCAGUGAAGUGACGGUUGUUGCAGCCAAGCCACCAAGUGCCCCUGGCAAGCCUGAAGUCUCUGAUAUCCAGAAGACAUCUGCUGUUGUCACAUGGACUGCACCUGAAAGUGAUGGUGGCAGUCCGGUGACAGGCUACAUCGUUGAAAAGAGAGAAAGGGGACGUGACCACUGGGUCCGAGUCAACAGAAAACCUGUUACCGAGAUCACCAUGAAGGUACCUGACCUUGUGGAAAGGAACAAUUAUGAGUUCAGAGUUAUUGCAGAAAACAGGGCAGGACCCGGAGAAGCAAGUGAUGCAUCUGCAAGCUUUUUAGCCAAGGCACCGUUUGAUGUACCAACUGCUCCUGGUCUACCAAAAGCCUCUAAUAUCAGUCCAAACUCUGUGACUCUCACCUGGACCGCUCCUGAUUCUGAUGGUGGCAGCCCAAUCACUGAAUACAUCCUCGAAUCCAAGGACAAGUACAGCACCAAGUUCAGUCCGGUAACUCGGGACACAAUCACUGAUCUCACCUUCACUUUGAAGAACCUGAAAGAGAAUGGAGAGUACCUGUUCAGGGUGAUUGCUCAGAACAAAGCUGGACCCGGUGAACCAAGCAGGGAGACAAAAGUUGUAGCCAAAUACGGCUUUGAGAUACCACAAGCACCAAGUGCUCCCGAAGUUAGGCGUCUUUCACCAACAUCUAUCCAACUUGAUUGGACCCCACCUUUCUCAGAUGGUGGAUCUGAUAUUACUGGUUACAUCAUUGAAAAGAAAGAUAAGUCUGGCCGCUGGACACCUGUGUCAUCUGACUCCAUUGAUGGUACCACUUUUACUGUUAAAGGUCUUCCAGAUGAUGAGGACGUCGAGUUCAGAAUCAGUGCUGUCAACAAGGCAGGUCAGAGCAAACCAAGUCAAGUGACCAUCCUGACUGCCAAGCCACCUAGUGCUCCUGGGAAACCCGAAGUCAGCGAUAUCAACAAGACUUCUGCAACUGUGACAUGGAAGGCACCUUCCUCAGAUGGUGGCAGCAGUAUUACUGGCUACAUUGUGGAGAAGAGAGAGAAAGGCAGAGACCGUUGGAUACGUGUCAACAGGAAACCUGUAGAUUCCCUCACUAUGAAGGUCACCGAUCUUACAGAAAAGACCGACUAUGAGUUCAGAGUGAUUGCAGAGAACAGGGUAGGACAGGGACAGCCUAGUGAACCAUCAGCAAAAUUCAUUGCAAAGUCUCCAUUUGAUGUGCCUACUGCACCCGGAGCCCCCAAAGGCUCGGAAAUCACUCCAACCAGCCUAACUCUUACCUGGACCCCACCAAAAGAUGAUGGUGGAAGCCCCAUAACUAAUUAUAUCAUCGAAUGGAAGGAUAAAUUUAGCACACGGUUCACCAUCCUUAAGAAAGACUUGUUCACUGAGCUCACAUUCAAGGUGACUGGUUUGAAAGACAAGACUGAGUAUACCUUUAGGAUCAUCGCAGAAAACAAAGAAGGCCAAAGUGAACCUAGCAAGGAGACUGAGGUCGUUGCUAAAUAUGGAUUCGACAUCCCUCAAGCACCUAGUGCUCCCGAAGUGAAGCGUAUUUCCCCAACAGAAGUUGAGCUCUCCUGGGACCCGCCAAGAUCUGAUGGUGGUGCUGACAUCACAGGCUACAUCUUGGAGAAGAAGGACAAGUCUGGUCGCUGGAUCCCUGUCACAGACUCCAUCGAUGGAACAUCUUUCAAUGUCAAGGGUCUGAAAGAAGGAGAGAACGCUGAAUUCCGCGUCAUUGCUGUCAAUAAAGCAGGGAAAGGCAAACCAAGUGAAGUGUCAUUGGUAGCUGUUAAGCCUCCAGGAGCACCUGGUAUGCCUGAGGUCAGUGACAUUGACAAGAAUUCUGUUACACUGAACUGGACACCACCUACCUCAGAUGGCGGAAGCACCAUCGUUGGAUAUACAGUGGAGAAACGAGAAAAGGGGAGGAGCUGGAUCAGGGUCAACAGAACUCUGGUCAAGGAAACUACAAUGACAGUAUCAGACCUUGUUGAGAAGAAUGACUACGAGUUUAGGGUCAUUGCUGAGAACAAGGUUGGCCCAGGAGAACCUAGUAAUCCUUCCAUCAAAUUUAUAGCCAAGGCUCCAUUUGAUGUUCCUGCUGCUCCUGAUGCUCCGGAACCAUCAAAUGUCACACCGACCACGGCUACCUUGACGUGGACUCCUCCAAAGCGAGAUGGAGGUAGCCCCAUCACCGGCUACAUCCUGGAGAUGAAGGACAGAUAUGCUACCCGAUGGACCCAAGUCAACAAGGAUUCAAUGACAGAGCUUACAUGUACCCUGACGACCCUCAAGGAAGGGACAGAGUAUCAAUUCAGGGUCAGUGCGGUAAACAAGGCAGGGCAGAGCAAACCCAGCAUGGAAACUGUUGUCAUUGCAAAGCAUCCAUUCGACGUCCCUGGGGCCCCCUCUGCCCCUAGCAUCACAAAAGCCACGCCCAGUAGUAUCCAUCUCGCAUGGCGCCCUCCAAAAUUAGACGGUGGCAGUCGUGUCACGGGAUACUACAUUGAGAUGAAGGAGGAAUACCGUCCACGGUGGUCACCAAUCAACAAAGUUGCUAUCAAAGACACUGAUUACAGGGUCACGGAGUUGACCAAGAAUGAAAUAUUUUACUUCCGAGUGAUAGCAGAAAACAAAGCAGGACAGGGCAAACCUAGUUUGGAUACAAAAGCGAUCACUAAGUAUCCAUUUGAUGUUCCUGAUGCUCCAACUAUUGAUGACGUGUCCCGAAUCUCUGAGACAUCAGCUAAGAUCAAGUGGACACCUCCAAGUAAUGAUGGGGGUGCAGAAAUCACUGGCUACAUUAUUGAGAAGAAGGACCAUCUGGCAGUUAAAUGGUCUCCCGUCAUUGAAGAUACCAUAGACAACACCUCCUUCACUGUUAAGAACUUGAGAGAAGGAGAAGAUGUUGAAUUCAGAGUCAGUGCCGUCAACAAGGCAGGUACUGGCAAGCCAAGUUCCAUUGCUACCCUUGCAGCCAAGCCACCCGGCCCACCAGGUGUCCCUGAGGCAAGCAAUAUCGACAAGACAUCAGCAACGCUCACCUGGACCCCACCUGAAUCAGACGGAGGCAGUAAGGUGACUGGAUAUAUUGUUGAGAGGAGGGAGAGAGGGCUGGAUCGCUGGAUAAAAGUAAACAGAGCUCCUGUGAAGGAUGUGACUCUGAGGGUGUCCGAUCUGACAGAAAAGAAAUACUAUGAGUUCAGGGUCACUGCUGAGAAUAAGGCUGGUCUAGGAGAGCCAAGUGAUUCUGUAUCCUUUGUUGCCAAACCACCUUUUGAUGUCCCAGGAGCACCAAGCACCCCUGUAGCAUCUGAUAUCACACCAACGUCUGUGAACCUCAGCUGGUCACCACCUUACUCAGAUGGUGGUAGUCCUAUCACGUCCUACAUCAUAGAGGUGAAGGACCGCUACAGCUCUCGAUGGACCAAGGCUAAGGACAUGGUGACUGAGCAAAGUUUCCAAUUGACAAACCUGAAGGAAAACAAUGAGUAUCAAUUCAGGGUGAUUGCUGAGAACAAGGCUGGACCGGGUGAACCUAGUCCCGCCAUCAAUGUCACAGCCAAGUACGAGUUUGAUACUCCACAGGCCCCUGCUGAACCAGAAGUGAGGCGCACUUCACCAACAUCUGUUGAGCUAUCAUGGGUAAAACCAAAAUCUGAUGGUGGCUCCAAGAUCAAGGGUUACAUAAUCGAGAAGAAGGUCAAAGGUGGACCCUGGACCCAGGUCACCACAGAUACUGUUGAUGGCACCUCAUUCACUGUCCGAGGCCUACCCGAGGAUGAGGAUGUGGAGUUCCGCAUCAGUGCUGUCAACAAGGCUGGUGUGGGAACACCAAGUAACACUGUCGUCAUUGCCUUUAAACCACCUGGACCUCCUGGAACACCUGAGAUCAGUGAUGUUGACAAGACAUCGGUAACGUUGACAUGGACACCUCCCAAGCAGGAUGGUGGAAGCAAGGUCACGGGCUACGUUGUUGAGAAAAGAGAAAAGGGUCGAGAUCGAUGGGUACGCAUCAAUAGGAGUCCUGUUGUGGAGGUCACCAUGUCAAUCACAGAUCUGACCGAGAAGAAUGAGUAUGAGUUCCGAGUUAUUGCCGAGAACAAGGUUGGACUUGGAGAGCCCAGCAGCCCUUCAGAAAAGAUUGUUGCCAAAGCACCAUUUGAUGUUCCUUCUCCACCAAAAUCCUUGAAGGCAACGGACCUGACACCAACUUCUGUAACCCUCAACUGGUCUGCUCCACUAUCAAAUGGAGGUAGCCAAAUUGUUGGAUAUACUGUUGAGAUGAAGGAUAAGUUCAGUACACGCUGGACCAAUGUCUCGGAACAUACAGUGACAACACUUUCUUUCACUGUGCCAAAUCUGAAAGAAAAGAAUGAUUACCAGUUCCGUGUCAUUGCCCACAACAAAGCCGGUCCAGGCCAACCUAGUGAGCCAAUCAGUGUUACUGCCAAGUUCCCAUUCAAUGCACCAGAAGCACCUUCAGCUCCGUCCAUAGAGCGCAUUUCACCUACGUCUGUCAAACUUUCAUGGAGUCCACCCUCUUCCGAUGGUGGGGACAAAGUUGCUGGUUACAUCAUUGAGAAGAAGGACCGUUUCUCCACGAGAUGGACACCAGUCACAAAAUACACCAUCGAUGACACAUCUUUCACCAUCAAAGGACUCAAGGAAGGCGAAGAAGCCGAGUUCAGGAUCGUUGCAGUCAACAAGGCAGGUUCUGGAAAACCAAGUCAGACCACUGUUCUUGCAGCAUCGCCACCAGGUCCCCCAGGAUCACCAUCCAUCAGUGAUGUCAAGCAGAUUUCCGUUACCCUGUCCUGGACACCUCCUGAAUCAGAUGGAGGUAGUAAAGUUAUUGGGUACAUUGUGGAGAAGAAGGAUAUGGGCCGCUGGGUGAAGGUCAACCGAUCCCCAGUCAGGGAAACCACCAUGGUGGUGCCCGAUUUGGUGGAGAAGAGUGAAUAUGAGUUCAGAGUCAUGGCUGAAAACAAGAUUGGAGUUGGUGAACCAAGUGCACCUUCAUCUAGAGUGGUGGCAAAAUUGCCUUUUGAUGUACCUGACAGGCCAGAUCAACCCGAUAUUACAGAUGUGGAUAAGAAUGAAAUGACUGUGAAAUGGUCGCCUCCUUAUAGUGAUGGAGGUUCCAAGAUAACAGGGUACAUCGUUGAGAUGAAAGAGCCUUACUCUUCUAGAUGGUCACAAAUCACAAAAACAACAGACCUAUCCUUCAAGGUUACUCGUCUGUCGGAGGGCAAAGAUUAUCAGUUCAGAAUAAUUGCCGAGAACAAGGCAGGCCAGAGUCAGCCCAGUGAACCAUCAAAGACAUUCACUGCCAAGUUACCUUUUGGUGUUCCUGGAGCUCCAGACACACCGGAACUGACUGACAUCAAUGACUUCUCACUCACUGUCAAAUGGUUAGCUCCUACAUCUGAUGGUGGCUCUCCCAUUAUUGGAUACUUUGUAGAGCAGAAAGACCGCUACAGCACCCGUUGGCAGCGUAUCAAGUCAUCCCCCAUACCAGAUUUGAAGUUCACUGUCACCAACGUACAGGAUGAUGCUGAGUGUGAAUUCCAUGUCAUUGCGAUCAACAAGGCAGGUGAAGGAAAGCCAUCACAAUCGGUCUCCCUGACCUUCAGACUCCCUGGACCUCCAGGAACCCCAGAGGUGUACAACCCCACUGACAGGUCUGUCGAUUUGAGGUGGACUCCUCCGACUGACCAAGGAGGAACCAGGAUCACUGGUUACUUCAUUGAGAAGUGUGAAGUCGGCAAAGACAACUGGGUGAGGAUCAACCGUUCAUCCAUCAGGGAGGCCAACUAUGUUGUUGGCGAUCUAACUCUGAACUGCAGGUUCAAGUUCCGUGUCUGUGCAGAGAACAGAGCUGGCGUUGGACCUCCAAGUGAUUAUUCUGAGUCAGUCCUCAUCAAACUACCCUAUGAUGUUCCUGAAGCUCCUGAUACUCCAAAGAUCUCUGAUGUCACCAACGAUUCCAUGGUAAUCAGCUGGCAACCACCCUACUCGGACGGAGGAAGUCAGAUCACUGACUACAUCAUCGAGAAGAAAGAACCAUAUAGCUCUAAGUGGGUUCCGGUCACCAAGACAAGAGAUCUCAGUUAUAAGAUCACUGGGCUGAAGGAGAAUGGGGACUAUGAGUUCAGAGUUGCUGCCGUGAAUAGGGCAGGGGCCAGUGAGUUUUCAGUACCAACACCAUCAACUAAAGCUAAACUCCCAUAUGAUGUACCAUCACAGCCACACUCAUUAAAGAUCACUGAUGUUGAACCAACAGCUGUUACUCUUGAAUGGAGUGAACCUGAUAGUGAUGGUGGUGAUAAUGUCUCUGCAUACAUUAUCGAGAAGAAAGACCGAUUCAGUCCUCGCUGGACACCUGUCAAUCAAACCGCUGUCACUGACACAAAGUUCAAAGUAACAGGACUCAAGGAUGGGCAGGACUGCGAGUUCCGAGUCGUUGCCAAGAAUAGAGCAGGAGCCAGCCAGCCAAGCAGUGUGGCCACAUUCUCUAUCAAGCCCCCUGAGGCCCCAUCACGACCGGAUAUCAAGAAGGUCACAGAGAACUCUGUCACCUUGUCCUGGUCACCACCAGAAUCGGAUGGAGGAAGCCCUGUGACUAACUAUAUCGUUGAGCGCCGUGAACCCGAUAGGGAUUACUGGGUCAAGGCCACAAGAUUCCCCAUCAGCGACACCAGCUUCACUGUCCAGGAUCUAACUCCCAAACACAAAUAUGAGUUCAGAGUAAUUGCUGAAAAUAAAGCCGGGCCAGGAGGAGCUAGUGAGGCCAGUAAAUCGGUCAUCGCUAAGCCCCCAUAUGAUGAACCGGAUGUUCCUGUUGACUUGGAGGUUACCAACAUCACAAAGAACAGUGCUGAACUCCUCUGGAAUCCACCCAUGGAUGAUGGAGGCAGCCCUAUCACAAACUACAUUGUUGAGAUGAAGGAUAAGUUUGGCGUCAGGUGGACACAGCUUGGCAAACCCACCAAGACGACCUUCAAGGUCACCAACUUAAGAACUGGAUCUGAAUAUGAGUUCCAGGUCCGAGCUGAGAACAAGGCCGGUGUUGGUGAACCAAGCCAAUCAACCAAGCCCAUUGUGGCAAAGGAUGCUUAUGACGUACCUGACGCACCUGGUAAACCAGAACCCAGCGGUCUAACAGAGACCUCUGUCACGCUCACUUGGACUCCACCACCUUCUGAUGGAGGUAGCCAAAUCACAGGCUACAUCGUGGAAAAGAAAGAAGACUUCAUGACCCGUUGGGUCAGUGCCACCCAAAGCCCUAUCCACAAAACAACUUUGACCCUGGAUGACCUUAAAGAAGGAUCAGAAUAUACCUUCCGGGUCAUUGCUGAGAAUAAGGCUGGCCAGAGUCAACCCAGUGAACCAUGCAGACCUUUCAAGGCUAAGAAACCAUAUGGCGUACCCGAUUCUCCAGGGUCACCGGAAGUAUCCAACAUCACUGAGACUUCCUCAACACUAAACUGGAAACCACCUAUAUCAGAUGGCGGCAGCCCAGUCACAAACUAUGUGAUUGAGAAGCGUGAAGGUGCCAGUGGACGCUGGACCACGUGCAAUAAAUUUGAUGUGAGCGAGACUUCAUUCACCAUCCGUGACCUGAGAUCGGGUCAUGAUUACUCUUUCCGCGUGACUGCAGUCAACAAGGCUGGAGCUGGCAAGCCAAGUGCUCCUUCGGAAAGCUUCAAGGCACAACCUCCCUAUGUUCCGCCUGAAGCACCAUCUGCACCCAUCAUCGAGGCAGUCACUGCCAUUUCUGUCUCAUUGUCAUGGGAACCGCCAAGAGUGGAUGGAGGAAGUCGAAUCAUUGACUACAUAGUGGAAAAGAAAGAUGCUUUCAGCAUCCGCUGGACUGAGGUCAACAGAACACCGGAGACCACCUUCACCGUGCCCAAGCUGAAAGAGGGUGACAAUGUCCAGUUCAGGGUGACAGCAGUGAACAAAGCUGGACCAGGAAAACCCAGUCAGUCUUCAGUUACUGUCACAUUGAAACCUGAAUUCACUGUUCCUGAUGCGCCCUCUCAGCCCACUGCCGUGGAGCUGGAUGCUGUAUCUAUCACCGUGAGGUGGUCAGCACCAAAGAGUGAUGGAGGAAGCCGAAUCACCAACUACAUCGUGGAAAUGAAGGAACAGUUUGCCUCUUUCUGGAAACGUGUAUCUACCAAGGAGAGUACUGAACUGACAUACCAGAGUUUAAAUUUAGGAAUGAAAUUUGAUACCAAAUUUAUGGAAAAGACGACUGGACUGAAGGAGAAUCAUAACUAUGAGUUCAGAGUGAUUGCAGUAAACAAAGCUGGAGAAGGCAAACCUAGCUCAGUUGGUGGACCUUUCAUGACCAAGGCAACCUACACUAUUCCAUCUGCUCCGGGCGUACCCGACGUCAGCAACGUGAAAUCCACAUCCAUGACCGUUACCUGGACACCUUCCACCUCAGAUGGAGGCAGCCCAAUCACAGGCUACACCCUGGAGAAGUGCGAUGUGAGCACAGGUCGUUGGGUACCUGUCAACCGUGUACCACUCAAAGAGACUAGUCUUGUCGUAGACCAGUUGAGGGAGAAGUCCGAGUACUGCUUCAGGGUUGUGGCGCACAAUGCUGCAGGGGAGAGCAAGCCAAGUGAGCCAUCAAAGGCACACAUUGCCAAGCCACCUUAUGGUCUUCCCGAUGCUCCAGCCAAGCCAGAUAUCACCAACAUCGAUUCCAAGCAGAUCACACUUGCCUGGUCUCCACCUUGGUCCGAUGGUGGUUCACCGAUCAUCGGCUACCACAUCGAGAAGAAGGACAGGUACUCAGUCCGUUGGACACGUGCCACCCGCGAGACUAUCCACGAUACGCAGUAUGUCAUGCGCGAGUUGACAGAAGGCGGGGAGUACGAGUUCAGAGUGGCAGCUGAAAAUAAGGCUGGGGUCGGACCAUUCAGCGAAACUACGGGAACUGUGAUUGCAAAGAGUCCAUUUGAUGUUCCAUCAGCGCCAGGAACACCAAAGAUCUCUGACAUCACUGGAACAACUUUGGUCCUCACCUGGACACCACCAUCCUCUGAUGGCGGUACAGAGAUCACCAACUACCUCAUAGAACUGCGUGAUCGGUAUGGUCGUUGGACCAGGGUCAAUCGCACGCAGGUUCUCAGUACCAAGUUCAAAGUGACGAAUCUAUCCGAAGGUGACAGCUAUGAGUUCCGAGUGACAGCAGAGAACACGAUUGGUGCUGGGAAACCAAGUGACUCAACCCAGAAGGUCACUGCUAAGCCACCAUACAACCAACCUGCAGCUCCAAACGAACCCGAGAUCACCAACGUCACGGCCGACUCCGUCACCUUGACCUGGUCUCCUCCCAGGGACGAUGGCGGAAGCUCUAUCACAGGAUACUUCAUCGAGAAGAAGGACAAGUUCAGCCCACGCUGGACCAGGGUCAACCACGAUGCAGUGACAGAUACCAAGUUCACUGUUCCAGGUCUCGUCCCUGGUGAAGAGUAUCAGUUCAGGGUGGUGGCACAGAACAAGGCCGGGGCUAGCAAACCAAGUGAACCUACACAAUCAACUGUGGCUAAAUCGCCAUUCAACGAACCCGGAGCACCGGGUGCCCCUGAGGCAAGCAAUAUUGCUGAGACAUCCUUGACCCUGACAUGGACCCCGCCAUUCUCUGAUGGUGGAAGCCGUAUCACCGGAUACUAUGUUGAGAUGAAGGACCGUAUGUCUCGCAGGUGGAGUCCGGUCAACUAUGAGUCCACGGAGGAUACCAAGCUCAAGGUAACGGGACUGACUGAAGGAACAGAGUACGAGUUCAGAGUUGUUGCAGAAAAUGAUGCUGGCCGUAGUAAACCAAGUCCAACCAGCUACCCAGUGAAGGCAAAAUCACCAUUCAAUGUACCAAGUGCUCCCGGCACCCCAUCCAUCUCAGACAUCUCCUCGACCAACAUGACUCUCCGCUGGGCCCCACCUGAAACUGAUGGAGGCUCAACAAUCAUCACCUACAUCGUGGAGCGUAGAGAGCAGUUCUCGACCCGAUGGGUCCAGAUUAGCCGCUAUGACUUCACAGAGACCACAUUUUCAGUGACAGGGCUCAAGGAUGGCAAUGACUACGAAUUCAGAGUAGCUGCUAAGAACAAGAUUGGAAUUGGUAAAUUCAGCGAGCCAACACGACCCACCAAAGCCAAGGAACCCUAUGAUGUCCCCGACUCACCCACAACCCCUGAUGUCAGCAACAUUACCGCAGACUCGAUGACCCUGACAUGGUCAGCCCCCAAAACCGAUGGAGGCAGUCCUAUCACAGGCUACAUCAUUGAAAAGAGAGAGCCUGGCCGGAGUGGAUGGACAGUGGUCAAUCGGUCACCCAUCACCAGUCUUUCCUGCGUGGUGCCUAACCUGAGACAGGGAGCAGAGUAUGAGUUUAGAGUGAUUGCAGAAAACAAAGCUGGCCUGGGACGCCCAAGCCAGGUUUCACAUCCUUUCACUGCUAAGCCACCUUACACUACUCCAGGCAUCCCCGAUGAACCUGAGGUGGAGUAUGUCACUGCAACCACCAUUACCAUCUCUUGGCGGCCACCAUCUUAUGAUGGUGGUAGCAAGAUUACCGGCUACACCAUUGAGUCCAAGAGUGAUGCAACCAUGCGAUGGGUGAAGAUCGAGAGCAGCGUACCGGAUACUACAUACACCGCUGACAGACUGAAGGAGUUCUCCGAGUACCAGUUCAGAGUUGCAGCCAUUAACAAGGCAGGACGUAGCGACUUCAGCAAACCGUCUCGCCCUGUUACAUGCAAGCCACCUUAUGACCCACCUCCUCCACCUGAUUCCCCAGACGUGUACAACAUCACUCCAAACAGUGCCACAUUGACCUGGUCAGCCCCACGUCAAGACGGGGGAUCACCCAUCACUGGUUAUGUGAUAGACAAGAAGGACAAAUAUUCUACUCGUUGGGUCAAGGUUGAGGAGGUGCCUGCUAAUACCACAGACUUCACCCUCAGAGGACUUCAGGAAGGUAACGACUAUGAGUUCAGGGUCAGCGCCGUCAACGCUGCAGGAGUUGGGAAGCCAAGUGCACCGUGUGAACGAUUCACUGCAAAGGCACAAUAUGGUGUACCUGAUGCACCAAGCCCACCCUCCAUCUCAGACAUCACACCUUCAUCCAUGACACUCUCAUGGGAGCCACCGGCAUCAGACGGUGGCAGCACCAUCACCGGUUACAUCGUGGAGAAGAGGGAAAGUCCAGUGGGUCGCUGGGUCCGUGUCAACCGUGCACCGGUCAAGGAGACAACCUUCAAGGUCAAUGACCUGACCGAGGAUAGAAAGUACGAGUUUAGGAUCACCGCAGAGAAUGCUGCAGGUGUUGGCAAACCAAGCGAGGUGUCUCUGCCACGAGUUGCCAAGUCACCAUAUGAUGCUCCCAGUGCACCUGGUCGUCCAACAGCAACCAACAUAGACUCCACAGAGCUGGUUCUUGAAUGGACCCCUCCUGUCAGUGAUGGAGGCAGUCCAAUCACCAACUACGUCAUCGAAGCCAGAGACAAGUUUGGACUCCGUUGGUCAAAGAUCAACCGCCAGACAGUCAGCAACACAAGUUUCAAGGUGACUGGGUUGAAGCCAAAUGAUGAGUAUCAGUUCAGGGUCAUUGCCGAGAACAAGGUUGGUCUUGGAAGACCAAGCGACAAUACCGAGCCCAUCAUAGCAAAGCCUCCUUUUGACACUCCUGAUUCACCAGAAAAUGUGCAAGUAACAGCAACUACAGCAUCCUCUGCCACUCUUGAAUGGAGUCCUCCCUUCUCUGAUGGUGGUUCUCCAGUUACCGGAUACAUUGUAGAACGCAAGGAUCAGUACAGUACCAGGUGGACACGUGUCAACAGAGUUCCAGUCACAGACCCAAAAAUGGUUGUCGGAGACCUCAAAGAAGGCCUACAGUACCAGUUCAGGGUCAGUGCUGAGAACAGAGCAGGUAUCGGUCGUGCAAGUGACUCAACCAAACCAACCAUCAUCAAGGAUCCAGUUGAUGCACCAUCUGCACCUCUUGAGCCAACCAUCACCAGUAUCACUGAGGACUCUGCUACUCUUACAUGGGCUGCACCUUCCCGAGACGGUGGUUCCGCCAUCACUGGGUACAUUGUAGAGCGCAAGGACCCCUACACUGCCCGAUGGACACCUGUAGAGAGGGUCACAGACACCACCUGCAAGAUCCCAGGCUUGAAGGAGGGUAAUGAAUACCAGUUCAGAGUCCUGGCUACCAAUAGAGCAGGCCAGAGUGUGCCAAGUAACCCCACCCAGCCAAAGGUGGCUAAGUCACCCUACGAUGUUCCUGAAGCCCCAAGCAAGCCACAGAUCACAGAAGUAAAGGCAACGUCAGUAACUCUGAAAUGGCGUCCUCCAAGCAGUGAUGGCGGUUCUCCUGUCACUGGAUACGUUGUCCAGAAGAAGGAGAGACUUGCACUCCGCUGGACCCCAGUAAACAAUACACCGGUAGGUGAUACCAUCUUCACGGUCACCGGACUCACCCAGAAAUCGGAGUAUGAAUUCAGAGUGGUAGCUGCGAACAAGAAGGGCUUUGGCCAGCCAAGUGAACCAACCAACUCUGUAGUUGUGAAACCUCCUUAUGAUGUUCCAGGAAAACCAUCACCACCAGUUAUCACUGAUUUUACCAAGACCACUGUGACACUUCAAUGGAACCCUCCAGAAUCAGAUGGAGGCAGCCACAUCACAGGAUUCGUACUGGAGAAGAAGGAUGCCUACUCCGUGCGAUGGUUGCCAUGUACUUCACAAUCCAUCCAACAUACAGAAUUCACUGUGAAAGACUUGAAAGAAGGAGCACAGUACGAGUUCAGAGUCAUGGCUAUGAACAAAGCAGGUCUUGGACCGCCCAGUGAUGGAUCUGAGUUAGCCACUGCCAAGUCAAAAUUCAGUGUACCAUCUCAACCUGGAGAGCCUACCAUCUCCAAUGUCACUGCCAAAUCUCUGACAUUGAACUGGUCUCCUCCGACUUCAGAUGGAGGAAGCCCAGUCACUGGAUACAUUGUAGAACGUGCUGAUCGUUUCAGCACGCGUUGGUUACCUGUCAACUCUCACCCUAUCCGGGAGACUAAAAUGGAUAUCCAUGACCUUCCGGUGACAGGUUCCUAUCAGUUCCGGGUUGUUGCGUGCAAUGCUGCAGGAACGAGCAAACCUACAAACCCAACUGAUUCUGUUGGCAUGGCUGUUGCACCAAAGCUGGAUACCUACAAGUACCAUGACACCAUGGUAGUUAGAGUAGGGACUACAUUCAACCUUGAUAUACCCUUCAAAGCUAGUCCUAGGCCUACUGUCAAGUGGACCAAAGAUGGCUCCACCCUUCAACCAUCCUCUCGUGUGAAGAUUGACACAACAGAAAGAGAUACCAUUGUCACUAUCAAAAACUGUGUGAGGGAAGAUGGAGGAUCAUUUACCCUGAAUGCUUCAAAUGCAGCUGGAAGUGAUUCCAUCACUAUCCGUGUCCAGGUCCUAGAUCGGCCAGAUCAACCACGCGGACCUCUAGUUGCUAAAGAUAUUGGAAGCACUGAUCUCUUCUUGUCCUGGAAAGAACCUACAGAUGAUGGUGGCUCCCCAAUCACACAUUACACUAUUGAAAGACGUGAGCAAGAUAGGACAAUGUGGACCAGACUAACUGCACAUGCCCUGGAUACUACCAUUAGGGUCACUGGCCUACAAGAGGGUGCAUCCUAUGUCUUCCGAGUGUUUGCCAUCAACAAGAUUGGUGAUAGUGAGCCACUUGAAUCAAAGGAAACUAUCAAACUGAAAAAGAAGUAUGAUGUUCCUGAUGCUCCAAGCAAGCCCCUUGUUACCAACGUCACCUCUGAUUCAGUGACACUUGAAUGGCAUCCACCUAAAUCCGAUGGUGGUGCUCCCGUCUCAGGGUACAUCAUCGAGAAGAAGGAAACAUCAAGCAACUAUUGGUCCAGGGUGACCAGUGUGUCAAGUGGUGUAACCUCUCACCGAGUCACUCGUCUCAUGCGUGGUGAAGAGUAUGAGUUCAGAGUCAGCGCUGAGAACAGAGCUGGGCCUGGUCCUGCAAGUGCUCCUUCAGCUCCUAUUAGGGCUGAGGAAACCACAGUUGUACCAAAGUUCAGUGGGCGCUUUGACGAACCAAUUAUGGCAAAGGUUGGAGAAUCCUUCCGAAUUGAGGUACCCUAUACUGGUAUCCCGACACCUGCUGUAUCAUGGUCAUUUGACGGCAGGCCUCUGAAACCAUCAGGUCACAUCAGGGUAGAUACAAGUAACCGUGCAUCAACAAUCACUGUGAAACAUGUAGAAAAGGCCAACGCAGGACGUUACACAAUCAACCUGAAGAACACCGCAGGUGUUGAUUCUUUGGAUGUUGAGGUGCGUGUCUUUGACCGCCCUGGUCCUCCACGUGGUCCACUCGAAAUUAGUAAUGUCUCAGAGAACAGUGUCACCCUAUCAUGGAGCCCGCCCUCAGAUGACGGUGGUAGUCGUAUCUUUACGUAUGUGGUGCAAAAGCGUGGUGAGAAUGAGACAAAGUGGAAGCAUGUGAACAAGGACUACAUCACAGAUUUAACGUACAAGGUGACAGGUCUAAAGGAGAAUAAGAAGUACCAGUUCCGUGUGCUGGCUGAGAACCAGUAUGGACAGAGCAAACCUCUUGAAGGUCAAAGCAUCACACCUCAGGGACAAUACGAUGUUCCUGACCCUCCAUCAGCUCCUAAGGUCACCAACAUUGUUGCAGACUCCGUCACGGUCACCUGGACUCCACCGUCCAAUGAUGGUGGUGCUCCUGUUACAGGGUACAUCGUCGAGAUUCGACAGACUACAAGUCCACGAUGGGUCAAGGCUACACUGACCCCGACCCCAGACACAACAUUCAAAGCGUCUCGGUUAAUCCGAGGCACAGAGUAUGAGUUCAGGAUUUGCGCUGUUAACCGCGCAGGAACAGGCCGUCCAAGUGAACCGUCCAACACUGUCCUGGUGGAAGAUCCACCUGUAAAACCAAAAUUCAACCUUGAUGCCCGCUUUGAGAAGGUAAUGACCAUCCGGGCAGGCCACACAUUCCGUAUUGACAUUCCCUACAAAGCCACUCCAACCCCAACUGUAACAUGGACCCAUAACAAUGACACCGUCCAACGAUCAACCCGUAUCACCAUCGACAGCAACAACUACGGUACCACUCUAACUGCAAGAACUGCCGAGAGGACAGAUAGCGGUGACUAUGUCAUCAAGGCUUCUAAUAAGGCAGGAGAGGACACUGUGACGGUGACCGUGAAUGUUGUAGAUAGUCCAUCACCACCUCAAGGUCCUCUUACAGUUGUCAAACUCGGUAGCAAUGAGGUGACCCUAUCAUGGAGUCCACCGCAUGAUGAUGGUGGUAGUCCAGUUACAGGAUACGUGUUGGAGAAGAGAGAGGGAGGAUAUGGAUCGUGGACCAACGUCUCAAGUAUGAUCCCUGAUACAAAGUUUAGAGUAACCAAACUCAUAGAGGAUAAAGAGUACCAAUUCCGUGUGAGGGCUGAGAAUAAGCUAGGAGUCAGUGAACCUCUCGAUGGCGAAAAGAUCAUUCCAAAGGGAGAUUAUGAUGUCCCAGAUCAGCCUGGCAAGAUCAAGGUUGAGAGCAUCCAACAAGACAGUGUCUCCUUGACCUGGUCCAAACCGCAGAGAGAUGGUGGUGCUCCCGUCACCGGGUACAUUGUGGAGAAGCGUGAAAAGGGCCAGCCAAAAGCUGGAUGGAGCAAAACAAGCUUCAAACCCAUCAUGGAUACGACUCUCAGGGUUCCACGCCUGUCUGAGGGCAAGGAAUAUGAGUUCCGUGUCAGCGCUGUCAACAAGGCUGGAAUGAGCACUCCUGCAGCUACCGCUGCUCCCGUCAUCGUAGAGAGACCUUCCUACGCGCCAAAGAUCGACCUUGGAUCCCACUUCCGUGACGUUGUUACUGUUCGUGCCGGUACCCUGUUCCAUCUUGACAUCCCAAUCUCAGGCACUCCUACACCUACAGUCGUGUGGCUGAAGGAUGACAAGCAGGUAGAUGACGGAAGACGCAUCAAGGCUUCUACGACUACAUACAGUGCUGUCUUGACCAACAAGGAGGCCCAUCGAUCAGAUAGUGGUUCAUACACCAUCAAGAUUAGCAACAAAGCUGGCUCUGAUACAGCAACCAUCCGAGUUGCAGUUCUUGACAAACCCUCACCACCUGAAGGUCCUAUCAAGGUCACAAGCAUCACUCGUGACUCGGUCACUCUGGCAUGGGAACCACCUAAGGAUGACGGUGGUGCUGAUAUCACUGGAUAUAUCUUGGAAAAACGAGAACCAGACCAGUUCCGCUGGAGUAGAGUCACGUCCACACUGUCUAGUCCCCGGUACGCUGUUACAGGACUGAAGGAUGGAAGGAGCUAUUUGUUCCGUGUCCGAGCUGUUAGCAAGUAUGGUGAGAGUGAACCACUUGAGACAGAGGCAGCCAUCUUGAUCAAGAGUGCCUUCGAUAAACCACAAGCUCCUGGAGUUCCUAAGGCCUCCAACAUCAUGGAUGACAGUAUCACACUAUCAUGGCAACCACCUAAGAGUGAUGGAGGAGCUGAGAUAUUCAACUACGUCCUGGAGAUCAAAGAGACCAGAGGAACAAGGUGGUUGAGAGCUACCAGGAAACAACUGAAGAAACCCAACUUCAGAGUUACUGGACUAUCCAAAGGAAGGGAGUACGAGUUCAGGGUGGCGGCUGAAAACGAGGCAGGACUAGGUGCCUUCAGUAAAACAUCUGCACCCAUCGUUUCCAAGGCCCCAGUUGAACUUGCUGAGUUCAUUGAGCCCCUCAAGGAUGUCUCCACCAAGGCUGGCAAGACAGUGACUUUGGAAUGCCGCAUCUCCAACCCCAAGGCAGAGGUCAAGUGGAUGAAGGAUGGUUUCCAACUCUUUGGUUACGACCGCGUCAAUGAGAUCAAGGAAGGCCAACGUCGAGCCCUCACUCUCCGCAAUGUAGGAGAAAGAGAUACAGGAAAAUACACAUGCGAGUGUGGAAAGCAAUCAACCUCUUGCUGGCUCUCUGUGAAAGAACCACCUACAAUCGAUGUCAAAGCAUACAAGGAUGUUGUCAUCGUCAAAACCGGCAACACUCUACGCCUCCUUGUGCCGUACACCGGAUGCCCCACGCCAAAGGUUGAAUGGCAUCGCCAUGAUACCCGUAUUAGUGAGGACACCAGGACACACAUAGAGACAAGGGACAACCGCACUCAGCUGGUCAUCAGGAACUGUGUCCGUGGCGACACUGGCAAGUACAGCAUUACAAUGACCAAUGAUGCUGGACAUGAGACAGCAGUCAUCCGCGUGAAUGUCAUUGAUGUACCUGGCCCACCAACUGGCCCACUCAAGAUCACCGAUGUUGGCCGACACUCUGUGAGCUUAUCCUGGGAACCUCCAAAGGAUGAUGGCGGCUCGCCCAUUCAGUCCUAUACCGUUGAACAGCGUGAGGCUAACCGUAGAAUGUGGACUUCGGUCUCCAACUAUGUGUCUCAUGUUCCGUUCACGGUCUCAGGGCUGAGCGAGAAGGUGGAGUAUGAAUUCCGUGUUUGCGCUGAGAACAUCAAUGGGGUUGGACCACCUCUUCACGGCAUUGAACCAGUGGUCAUCGUUGCUCCAUUCUCUGUGCCCACACCACCCGGCAAGCCAGAAAUCAGCAAUGUCCAGCGUGACCGCAUGACAUUGACCUGGUCAGAACCCAGCCAUGAUGGUGGUAAGCCCAUCCAAGGCUACAUCAUCGAACGCCGGGAGAACUUCGGCAACCAGUGGAACAGAGUCAACCGUGAUCUCAUCAAGGAUACCACUUUCACAAUCAAGGGUCUGACAGAAGGCAAUAACUAUGAGUUCCGUAUCAGUGCGGUCAAUGACACAGGCAUUGGUAACCCAAGUGAAAUCUCUGCUCCUCCUAGACUUGCAAGAUCCCCAGCAGGCCGACCCACACCACCUGGACCUCCCAUCAUCGGUGACAUCAGUGCUACCUCAGUCAGCCUCUCCUGGUCGCUGCCAUCGACUGAUGGUGGUAGCGAGAUCACCCACUACACCGUCGAGCGCAGGCUAAGAGGUUCCUACAUGUGGACCGACAGGACAGUGGUUCAUAACACAAGCUGUUCCGUCAACGACCUCGUGGAGGAUAAGGAGUAUACGUUCAGGGUGAGGGCUGUUAAUGCUGCUGGCAAUGAGAGUGAUCCAAGCAGGGCGUCGGAGUCAUUCGUGGCUGAAUCACAGCUGCCUGGAGCAGCCCCGUCAAUCCAGAUGGAGAUUCAGAACACCAUGGUACCAGAGGGACAGACUGGCAUGUUCAGCUGCAAGAUCUCUGGCUCUCCAAAGCCAAAGGUUUCCUGGGUCCAUCAUGGCAGGGAGCUGAUGACAGGUCGAAAGUACAACAUCACUGAAGAGAAUGAUGUCUACAGGAUAAUUGUCACCUCUGUCACUGACUACGAAACUGGCAUGUACACCAUCAUUGCCAAGAACAAACAUGGCUCAGUCAGAUCAUCUGCAGAGUUGCUCAUCCAGAGACCACCUCAACUUAGCAUUGACCGUCAUCUCCAAGAUCUAUCAGUCAGAGCUGGACAGGAAAUCCACAUUCCGGUCACACUGACCUAUGGAACACCCAAACCAACAUUCACAUGGCGCAGACAAGAUGGCGAAGUUCUUGACACACGUGGACGCUACAGCACGAAAGAGAAAGGACAUGUUCAUGACUUUGAGCUUCCAGAUCUGGGAGAGGAUAAAUAUCCUCUCUCAGGAUUCUACACGCUCAAGACAGAGAAGCUGAUAAGAGAGCCCGGAUGUGGGACAGUUUGGGCCAACUCUAACUUACUCUCAUCAAAGAAACUGAGGGUAAAUGUGGUUGGAGGAAUUGCUGAGUUAUAUGUCAAGGAUGCAGAGAGAGAGGACUCCGGUACUUACACACUGGAAGCAAUUAAUGACCUUGGAAGACACUCCAUUACAGCGAGGGUCAAUGUACUAGAUCGACCUGGACCUCCACAGGGACCAAUCUCGAUCCAGUCUAUCACCAAGAACUCUGCCUCCUUCACCUGGACCCCGCCCCGUGACGAUGGUGGUGCACCCAUCCAACGUUACCAAGUCUCCAUCCGAGAGUCAAAUCGUGCGCACUGGCAGCCUCUCGGCACUUCAUUGCUGCCGAACUUCACAGCCAAGAGCCUGAAGGACAAUACCCAUUACGUACUGAGAGUGACGGCUGAGAACCAGUAUGGCACUAGCAUGCCUCUUGAGAUCAGGGAAGCUAUCCUUGUCAAGAGUCCAUUCGACCCACCAAGUGCUCCAGGCAGGCCAACCAUCAGCAACAUCCAACGUGACUCUGUCCAUGUCUCCUGGACCGCUCCAUCAUCUGAUGGAGGUUCUCCAAUCACAAGCUACAUCAUUGAGAGACGUGAUACCACCAGUCAGCGAUGGAUCCAGGCCAAUCACGAGCCUGUCACAACCACCAGUCAUACUCUUAUCAACCUCAGGGAAGAUACAGAGUACGAGUUCAGGGUCAUGGCUGAGAACAGCAUGGGAGCUAGUGUGCCUUCAACUGUGUCUCAGAGGGUGAUCGUCAGAGAUCCAAUCGAUACAGUACCUCCACAGUUUGUCAGCAAACCUCAGAAUGCUCAUAUUGCCGAGGGCAAGAGCGUGACUGUGACAUGUCAAGUCAGUGGUUACCCAGCUCCAGAGGUAAGAUGGUACCGCCUGGGUCGUGAGAUCGUCCAUGGUCGCAAGUUCCAGAUUGGUGGGGAUGGUAACAUCCACACCCUUACUGCUAACCAACUCUUCUCAGAAGAUGUGGGAGAGAUCUCAGUCACUGCUACCAACAAGGGUGGAACCAUCACUGCUGCCUUUGGACUCAAUGUGCUUGUCAUGCCCAAGCUUAGCCUACCACCCAGACUCCGCACACCGAUCCACUGUCUCCUUGGCGAAUACAUCAUGCUCAAGGUACCCUUCAGUGGCGUGCCCAGACCGAGCCUCAGGUGGGACAGAGAUGGUGUGGAUGUGGUGGACGGAGGUCGCUUUGAGAUCAAGAAUACACCUCAUGAUACCACACUCAUCAUACGUGGAAUCACCAAGGAAGAUGCUGGAAAGUACAGCGUGGUGGCUUCUAAUGAACUGGGUCAUGAUACCUGCUCCAUUCAAGUCAAUAUUCUAAGACACCCUGAUCCUCCUCGCAACCUUGAGUGCCUGGAGAUCACCUCAGAAGCCAUCCGCCUGUCCUGGAACCCACCCAUCUACGAUGGAGGUUCGAACAUCACUACGUACAUGGUGGAGAAACGAGAGGUCGGUGUCCUCACCUGGGCCAGGGUCAUCAGCUCCAAGAACACCCAGCACACUGUUAUCAACCUCCGUCCAGAUACACAGUAUCAGUUCAGGAUUACUGCCUUCAACAUGUAUGGAGCCAGCGAGCCUUGUGAAGCUACCGCUGUAGUCUGCACAAAAUCAUCCAAGCCUGGAAGACCGCAGUUCGAGGACUAUGAAGGAAAGCGUCGCUUCUAUGACUCACUUGUUGACUUUGACAGAGGUCCUCAUCCGUUUGUCAACAGGACAGGUUCCAUUUAUGAUUACUACCAGAUUCUGGAAGAACUUGGAAGAGGAUCAUAUGGUAUUGUCUACCGAGCCAUUGAGAAAAAGACCCAGAAGACAUGGGCAGCCAAAUUCAUGCGUUGCUAUGGCAAAGAGCGUGAUCUGGUCAGGCGAGAGAUUGAGGUCAUGAAGAAACUCCACCAUCGUCGUCUUCUCAACCUUCAUGAGGUCUUUGAGACCAACGAAGAGAUCAUCAUGAUCCUUGAAUUUUUGUCUGGAGGAGAACUGUUUGACCGUCUGGUUGAUGAGAACCACAUUCUUACAGAACCUGAAGUAGUCUUCUACAUGAAACAGAUCUGUGAGGGUGUGAAACACAUGCAUGAGAGGCACAUGGUCCAUCUAGAUCUCAAGCCUGAGAACGUCAUGUUGUGCGCUCGGAAUAGCGACGACAUCAAGAUCAUUGAUUUCGGCCUAACCAUGGAGCUUGACCCAGACAAACCUGUCAAGGUCAUGUUCGGCACCCCUGAUUUUAUCGCGCCUGAGGUCGUGACCCAUGAACCCAUUGGACUCCCGACAGACAUGUGGGCGCUGGGUGUGAUGGCAUACCUUAUGUUGAGUGGUAUAUCACCGUUUGAGGGAGAGACAGAUCGUGAGACCCUUAAGAACGUCGCCAUAGGAGAAUGGGAAUUUGACGAGGAAGCAUUCGCUGACAUCACAGAUGAAGGUCUAGACUGGAUCGAGAGGAUCAUCAUCAAGGAUAAAGAAGGAAGAAUGACCAUUCAAGAAGCUCUUGACCAUCCAUGGCUCCAGAUGGAGACAGAUGAAAUGGCUAGACGUCGUGCUCGUCGUCUUGACAACAGCAGACUCCGCAGGUACCAUGACAAAAAUAAGCCAAAGGGUGCUGGUAAAACUAUCAAUGCCAUUGGACAUCUUGCCCAUGGUGGCGCUCUUCGUGAGAUGCACAAGAUGUACCGUGGGAAACCUCUGAUGGAAAGAGAAUGCUACAUGGAUGUCCGAGAUGCGGCACCAAAGUUCAUCAAACCCUUGGAAGACACCAUGGCGAUCGAAGGUAAUGCUGGUCGCUUUGACUGUGAGGUCUCUGCCCUCUCUGAACCUCUCAUCACCUGGUUCAAAGGCAAGAAGGAAAUCACUAUCAGUAUCAAGUACAAGAUGCUCUAUGAUGACCGCAAGUACACCCUCAUUGUUCAAGAUUCCGAGUUUGAUGAUAUUGCGGAGUACACGUGCAAAGCAGUCAACUCUUACGGACAUGCCAGCUCAUCAGCUGAUCUUGAUGUGCAGUUGCUUGAUGCACAAGAGCUGGACAAGAGAGGAGAACGUAGAGGUCUCGACAUGAAGAGAAAGAAGAUACCUCUUGGUGAACGUGCCAAGAAGCUGAGAGCAGCCCAAGCUGCUGCACCAGGAAGUGACAAGGCUCCACAGUUGAUCAGACCUCUUGAAGACCAAGAAUGUGGCUUUGACUUCAUCAUGCCCCUGUCUUUCCAAGUCGCCGAAAUCCCAGGUGUGCCUGAACCCAAGGUUAAGUGGUAUCACGAUGACAAGCCAUUAAAGGCCGGUCCACACUACCACUUUUACGAGGAGGAUGGAGUCCACACACUGGAGAUUGACGGAACUACUGAGAAAGAUAAGGGUCAGUACACUGCAGAGAUCACCAACCAGUAUGGAAGUAUCGCCACCAAGUGCAGACUGGACGUGAAUGAACAAUUCUUGACAAAGUUCAAGGACUAUCGCCGACCUCAUUUCAACCUCCAUCUAAGAGAUAUCUUCAUUGUUGAAGGUAGUGCUGCAAGACUUGACUGCAAGGUGACCGGGGUACCUGAACCCAACAUCAGAUGGUUCAAGGACCACAAGGAGAUCUUUGAUGGCCAGCAUUACUCCAUCGAGUUUGGUGAGGAUGAUGAAACAUGUAGCCUCAUCAUCCAAGAGGCAUUCCUUCAAGAUGCUGGAACCUACACCUGUCUUGCCUCCAAUCUCCUUGGAAGAAUCUCAUGUGACUCCUAUGUCAGGGUUGAACGCCUUGGGGUGGACAGUGAGGGAGGAUCCGCACUCUCAAUUUUGCAUGCAAAGCAGUUGUAUAAGAGAAAGUAUUACAGGGAGUCUAGUGAAGACGAGCGUGUCGUAUCCCGUGCUAAGAUUGAACCAGUUCACAGUCGUCGCCUCGUACAACAACCGUUCUUCAGUCUCCCGCUCCGCCGAAAGGUCGUAUACAACGGCGAACCGGCGCGCAUCAGCUGCAAUGUGCAAGGGACACCAAAGCCGAAGAUCGCUUGGAGCAAGAACGGUAUACCAAUCUACGAUGGGGCAUACUACAGUAUCACCUAUCGAUGGGGCGUGGCCAUGGUGGAGAUCCGAAGCGCCAGCAGGAGCGACACCGGGACUUUCAGGUGCACCGCAACUAACCCAGAAGGUGAAGCGACAUCUGCUUGCGAGCUGGUUGUCGAAGAAAGACUUCCUCACAACGAAACGGAGGAUUACAUCCGGCCAUCAUUCGCCAAGCCGCUGCGGAGAUUCCGUGCUAAAGAAGGCAGGAAGGUCCGACUUGAGAUCCAAGUCAUGGGAUGGCCGGAACCAAAGGUCACCUGGAUGAAGGACAGCGUUGAAAUUGUGCAAUCUGACCACAUGUACGUCGAAAGGGCCCCUAACGGAUUACAAUCCUUGGUCAUCUACCGUGUCGUACCAACCGACGCAGGCCGCUAUCAAGCGAUUGCUUCGUCACCAGCUGGCAAGGCCACCUGCUCUGCCGAGGUUGACGUGAUUCCAGGGGAAGCCUUACUAGAUAGAGGUGCAGAUGUUGGGCGUGGUCGUCAUAAGACCCGAAAGGCGCCGCGGACACCUCGCAGUUACCUCGAUGUUCAAACCGAGAGUAGCCGCACUCAUCAAAAGCGUUCAAAGCACAUACGCGACCCAUCAAGCCUUUCACCGACUUACUCCUACGAAUCAAAGCGCACACAACGCAAGGAUUAUUACACACCAAGAACCGACGUUCUUGCGCCGUCACGCAGCCGUUCUUACAGUCCCACGUCACCAACGGGGCUAUCACCGUCGUCGCGCUAUUCGCCAUCACGCCCGUAUUCAACAUCGACCUACCGCCCGUCGUCACCAAUGGGAACUUACAGACCAUCCUCCCCGACGUACCGUUCACCGUCACCAGCCUACCGCCCUGAAUCACCAACAUACAGACCGUCGUCUCCAUACCACAGCUACGCAACAUCAAAACGUCUUUCUAGCAGACGUGGAGUAGAAGACUCUGGUGUAGAAUACUAUCAAGCUCGGUCUGACAGACCCUUGAAAUAUUCAGAAAUUCAGGAAACAAGAAGAACAACGCGGGAUGCUGGUCCUGGUUAUUUGGAUGUUACUCGCACAUCGGCAACCUUCACGCGAUCGGGUGGCAGACCUCUUCCCAAGCUGACCUCUUUCUCCGCUUGGCAAGAUAGCUUGCGUGUACCAAGCCGCGAUCGACCAUCGACGCCAACAACAAUUGAUCGCACACCAUACACUGAGCCUUACCGCCCUGUGAUGCGAGAUCGACCCGUUACGGGUCCGACGAGGAUACCGCGUCGUGUCUACCGUGAUGAUGAAGACUAUUACUCGGCACGAUUGGAAACUAGUCCAUAUAAAAUGGAUGAGAGGUACAGCAGGGAGUAUGGUGGUUACGAGGUCGACGAUGAUGAAUUUGCAAUACGUACAUACGCACCUAGCGCCCCGGGUGUUAGACCUGACGAUGAGGAGGAGGAACCAGAAUUUGUUCCACCAGAAGAACCAGAGGAGGCCGGACCACCAACCUUUGUCAGGAAGUUUCAAGACAUGUCUAUUCGUGAUGGAGAACGGGUUGUCCUGGAGGCGGAGAUUACCGGCUCUCGUCCAAUGGACGUCGGCUGGCUCCGAAAUGGACAGGACAUUGUGGACUGCAAGGAGUUCCGUUAUGUGAGCCGUGGCAACAUUUACCAACUAGAGAUUGCAGAAAUCUUCCCCGAAGACGGUGGAAAGUACACAUGUGAAGCCCUGAAUGACCACGGAGAAGCUGAAUGCAGUGCCAUGCUUACUGUCAAUGAGGAGCCAAGUGUGAGCAUCAGUAUCUCACAGAGCAUGGAUGUAAGUCUGAGUACAGACAUCCCCUGCACAGCCACCAUUGACGAGGAUCACAUCCCACCAGAGUUCUUUGAAGAACCCCAGUCACAGAUGGUUGAGGAAGGCACAACUGCAAUCUUCACAUGUGAUGUUGACGGUGACCCAGUUCCUUCAGUGACAUGGUCAAAGGAUGGUCGCCCGAUCUCUGAUGGUGGUCGCUUCUCGAUCAGAAGUGACAAAUUCACACACACCAUUGAGAUCCAGAAUGCACGCUCAACCGAUGCUGGCCCAUACACCUGCACAGCCAAGAACAGUGAAGGCGAGGUGGUUUGUGAGUUCACACUCGAUAUCCUACCUACUGGUGCUGGUGAUAAGGGCAUCACUGCUUCUGAUGUCAGUAGUGCUGCAGCACGAGAUUCUGCUGAGUCCACUAAGUCAGCUUCUGCACCUUCUGGUGAACCUUCAUCUUCAACCGCACCUCAAGGCUCUGCUGGCAAGGGACCUAAAGACGGUGAAUCAACUCCGGGUGUUUCUGGAUCAGACACCGAUUCACAAGAAGGAAGUCCACCAAAGUUCAUCAGAGGUCUUCAAGAAGAGGUCGCCUGGGAAGAGGACAAAGUCGUCCUUGAAUGCCAUGUCCAAGGUGUUCCCUUGCCAACAGUCAAGUGGUUCGUCCACAACAAGGAAAUUGAGUCAGACAAGUUUGUGGUUAUCACAACUGACAACAAUGGUACCUGCUGUCUCACCAUCUCUGAGGCUUUCCCCGAGGACUCUGGUAUCUACCGCUGUGAGGCAACCAACUCUUCAGGAACGGCUGCAACAUCAGGAGAACUCAUGGUUGCAGCUAAAGUGGUCGUUCCCAAGGCACCUGCUGGUAAACCUAAAGUGGAACAAGCGUCCAAGUCCUCUUUCAAGAUCACGUGGGAAACACCAGCAGAAGAUGGGGGAAGUCCCAUUUAUAACUACAAGGUUGAUGCCCGCAAAGCUGGCGAAACAGCUUGGACUGAAGUCGGCAAUGUUGGUAAAACGUCCUUUGAAGUCAAGGGCGUAAAAACCGGCGUUCAGUACGUUUACCGUGUCUCGGCUGAAAACGAAGCCGGCUGGUCCCCUCCAACUCAAAUCUCAGAUCCCGCCGUUAUAACAGAGUCAGAGUCCCCGCCAGAACCGUCCUCUAGCACCGACAAACCGCCAGUUGUGAAGGACAGUGCGCCCAGCAAAGAUCAAGCAGGAAAAGGCCCCACCCCUAAACCAUCAGCCGCUCCUAAACCAUCAGUAGCCCCUCCCCCUAAAAAAGGAGGCAGUUCAUUGGCUGACCGGAUGGCCAAAUUCUCAAAGUAGAGUAUAAUUCUUGUAGAUUUAGUGUAGCCUUCUACUUCACUUUUACUAAAAAUUCAUCCGAAAAUUCAAAAAUAAAAAUUCUAAAACCUUCCAAAAAUGAUAUUUAAAAAAACUUGUAAGAUAAUUCUCAAUUUCUUUCUCCUAGCACUGCAUGAUUUUAGAUAAAUUAUGAUUUCUUUCAUACCUGUAUGAUUCUUUGAUAUGUACAUAAUAAAUCUCUAUUUUGGAAUGUUUUACUUCACAAAUAAAUCUGAGAAUUCUCCUGCUUGACGUUGGAAAUGAUGGUGCCGGACAAAGAAAAUCUAGUAAUACAUUGAUAAAAUAUUACAUGGUGACUUUGUAUUCUAAGAAGUCAAUAUAGAAACUUAAGUGUACAAAGCUACAUGUAGAAGAUUACCUAUCAUUGUUAUGAACAAUGCGUACGUAUGAUGUUAAGUUGCUUUUGCUACAUCAUCAAGCAAAACAAAGACCAACAUUUUCAAACUGGGAGAAUGUAACAACUUUUAUAUAAAUCAAGCGUAACUAAGUAAAAAACUUCAAAGCAACUCAAAUUGCACAUUAAUUAAUGUCAGCAAGAUGGUCAUGUAAUGUCAUAUUUAUCAUGAAUCACGCCACUUUACCUGCGGGUGAUGAUGAUUUGUAACCGACAUGGAUGUAAAUAAUUCCGCUUAUUUUUGUUCUCCUUCCUAAGGUCGGUGUUAGAUGAGUUUUUUGUAAAGCUCAUGUUUUUUUUCAGCUGGAAUAAAGUCUGUCGAUAAUUGUAUAUGAUAUAAAGAGGAAGACCCAGAUAGGAACAAAAAUGGAAAGUACUUGAUACUCAAUAUGAUGUAUAAAGAUACUUGAUGAUUCAAUCAUCAAUGUUCCUUUAUAAACCAUAAGUCUGUAUUUAUGUCUUGAUGACAAAAAUGAUAUGAGAGCUAUAUGACAAUUCAAGUCGGGUGACUAAAGUCAUGUGACUAUAUGUGAAAUAAGUCUUCCAUUUUGUAAGAAGCAGUAUCAUGCAAAGAAAACGUGCCUUUUUGGUGCUAUAUAUUGAAAGAAAUUUUCUUUCCGAAUAUACCACCUUUUUUAUCGCGAAUCCAGGACUAUAUGCAAUUUUUUAUGCUGGUGAAUGACAGAGUUGUGACUAUUUUGAAUGAAUAGUCAAGUCUUGUAUGGAAUCAGAUUUGGUUUCAAGUUCAGAGAAGAAAUCAAACUUUUUAAAAGUUGAACCUAAGUAAAAUCCAUGGGACUGUUUCAUGAAGCUGUUUAUAAGUUAUUCAUGACUUUACGCCCAACUAGUAACAUGUUCUUGAGCUAAUGAUAUACUCCUUUGUAGCUAUCUAGGCUCUUAAAGACAUGUUCCAGCUGAGCGUAAAAUCAUGCAUAACUUACGAUCAGCUUUAUGAGACCUAACCCAGUUGUCAUUGGUAUGAGAUGACUAAGAGUUUACUUUUUAUGAGUAAUUUCCAAGUGACUGCAAGAGGCAUAAUCUGCAUAUGUGUUAUCUAAAUUCCAAUGAACAUUUAUGAUAAAAAAUAAACUGGAAUUAUGUGACUGUGGUGGACACAUGAAUUCCGUUUGCGAUGUGGUGGAAAUUAUACAUCAAUUGUUCAUUUGGAUUUUGAUAACACACAUUUGGGGCAUCUGUCUUGAUAUUGUUUUCAGAAUCAAAUAAUUGUGGUGGUUAUUUGAUAGAGAAACAUCAAAACAUGUCCUUGCACUCACUUGGAAUACAUAUUUUGAUGUAAAGUUGAAUGUUUGGCUUAUUUCUCUUUCACAAAACAGGUUAAUCAACCGAACAUUCAACCUUCACUCAUGAUAUUUUACACGAUUGAUGACAACGAAAAAGAAAUUGAAUGAAAAGUUUAAAGAAUGUAAUAGUAUUUUUUAGAAGAAAAAAAGAAACCAUUGGAACUGCUUGUAGUGCUUCUUGUAGAAAUUUUAAGUUGCUUAAGAUUUUUUUUCGCUAAACGUUUGGCCAGCCAAGCGUGCCUUUUAUGUGUUUUUUUUUAAUUUGUAGUUUUGUCUUAUUCAUAGGUCUUUGCUUGUAAAAUCAUUUUUGUAGAUGCGUUUUGUCAAGUAUAACCCUUGUACUUGUUAUUCAAUACUUUUACUUUUCUAUUUUUCCCUCUUGCAAAUUCUAAAACUGCAUUUCUAGCUUUGCUUUACCUCCAACUUGUAGUACUCGUGCAGUGGCGUUGACUAGAAAUAUGAAAUGGAUUUAAAACAGAUUGUUUUUGCUCUUUAUCUCUCCUAUGCAGUAUGUAUAGUUUGUAAUAUCAAUGUAGAAAGAGACUAUAGAAGGGAUGAAUCCUUCAGAAUCUAUUUCUUUUUCCGUUCUGUAAUUACUCCAUUAAAAGGUUUUUGUUAUUUAUUUAUUGUAUGUAUUGAUUGUAUAUCAAGUGCCAAAAGCAUUUAUCAAUAAGGUCUAAAAAUAGAAAACUAAUAUAUUAAUUUCAGGCAUUAUAUUGCACUUUUCUAUGCAGAAUGUUAUAUUAUCACAAUGCGAAACAAAUCAGAAAACGCAACUCAUGUAAUUAUGCAAAAUUUGGGGGCAAAUGUGUCAAUGUUUUGAUAUCUAUCUGCUCAACGCUUCGCGUGUACCCAUUUUUUUUUUCAAGAAGAAAUUUAGCAUCCUUAAUUACCGUUGAAUAAAUGUGCAAUUGUAUCUCUAGAA